AUGGCGGACCUCGAAGCAGUGCUCGCCGAUGUCAGUUAUUUGAUGGCGAUGGAGAAGAGCAAAUCUACUCCAGCGGCCCGGGCGAGUAAGAAAAUCAUCUUGCCUGAGCCCAGGUAGGCACGGGAACACAAAGCCUUCAUGUUUGUGCUCUUUUCCUGCUUAAAUGCGUGAAUCUUUUGUCAGUGUCAUUGCAGCGAUGUAUAGAGAUGGAGGCGUGCUGCCUCAUAAACCUGUGACUUACUGUAGCUGCGCAGACAAACAGGAGUGUGAAGCUUGUGAAAUAAAAAAACACGCACAUUUUAGCACCCUAAAAUCAUCAAGUGAUGCAGAAAAUAUAACGAGACUACAGCAGUAGGUUAUGCUGCAGCUGCUCGCAGAACAGGGCCAAUGAUAAUGUCAUUUCUUCAGACAAUACCAAGUGUUGAUGGACUUCUCUUUCGCUCCUUGUGCCAAAUUAUUCUGUCAAACACUCUAUUUGCUCCCAGGGCCGCCUCACUGACAGUCACAUAACAAAUGUGUUUCAUUUUACACAAGCAGCACGUCUAUUGAAGCUGUCAGUGCUGGUGUAUACUGUAGAGAAAUAGAACUGGAGCUUUCAGCAAACAUGCAGCUGCUCAGCAGCUUGACAUUAUCACCCAAACCAGCGACGCAAUACAUGAAUUUACACGCCAUGUAUCACCUACAGCAAGGAUUCAGGAUUUCUAUCAGCUGAACAUCCUCACAGGUUGAUGGUUUAUUUCUAUUCUGUGCUGUUGUGUAAACCCCUCAAUGCGGUACGUGCAGCUCUCCUGCUCAUCCAUGCUGUUUGCACGCUGUUUAGGCCCUCAGAUGAGGCAUCAGCUGAGAUCAGAUUUAAAUAAUACAACCCCCCCCCCCCCCCCAACCAUCCACACAUAAUUGCACAUCCUUUUGUCCCUGCUGUGCAGCUCACCAGGCCUCUGAAUGUGUCUCUUCAGACCAGGUUUCAGGCGUGUAGCGUGUAACGUGCAGCUUCAUAGAGGAGGAUGUGGUUGGGAUUUGGUUAUUGAGAUAGUUGCAUUUCAGACCAGGUUUAUAAAUGUCACAGUUUGAGUUUAGUCAAAUGAAAACCACUGAGUAUGAGAGCUGUGGUACAGUCAGUGUAGUCAGGUCUUAUUUAAUUCUCAUCAUGUUUACAGAUAGAAAGCUUGUACUUGGUGUGUAUUAAUCACAAACUUGUUUCUGACACACCCACUCAUGUGUAGAGAGGCUCUGCGAGUGUGGAUGUGGGUUAAAACAGCCGUUAUAUUUCAAACCGGAGUGAUUUUCGGAGGAGGUUGGCUAUUCAUUCACUCACUGGCUUGUCUUGGCAGAUCAGCAGAAAUCAGUCAUCCGCACAGUGUGCUGCUACACACGCAGUAAUGAAUUUCAAGCCUGUUGAUUGUUCCACCUAAAGUGAUUAAAUAAAGGGACAUUAUAUAAUAGCUUGCAUCGAUCCCCGUUUACAUCAGGCUUUAAUAUGAGAUGAAACGGAUUACGGGCUCGGGUAUCUCUUGGAUCCAUGAGUCAGUCCUAAAAAGCAGGAAAGUCUGAUUCUCUCCACGUGUUCAUGAUGAUCAUUUCACCUUCAGUGCGCAGGUGAAAAGGCCCCCAGGGUUUGUAAUGAAUUCUCCCUUUUGGCACUUCUUGACAACAGCUUAUUAUGUUGCUCUGCUGACAAACGUCAAUAAUAACUGACGUGGGUUAAAGGGUAAUUCUGCUGUUUUUAAACCUGGGGCAUGCUUUGGACAUGACUGGGGGGGUGUCUAAAUGACUCCUAAGACUUCACUUUACUUCUUCAGCCCACAGCCAUGAAACCGGCUGUCGAGGGGAAAGGCUCCCCAAAAAAGUGAUGUCAUUGGCAGCAUAUGAAACCAUCUUUGUUUGGGGUGUCCAGAUCCUGUUUGGACUUUUAGAUUGAAGCUGAUCCUGACGUGUUUCAGCAGAUGGAGGAUCAACAUCAUCUCGCCCUGAUCUUUGAGUGUAAUUCGAUGGUUUCAUGAGGCGAUAGCUGCCGAGUGUUGAUGAACCAUGACCCCAAUUUUCCCCGCAUUUUGAACGGCCCCGAUCCGGAACAACAGCAGUUUUUGCCGUCCGCCAUUUCCUACCGGAUCCGUUUGUGAGGUGAAUUUCGUGGUGGAUUAUGGACAGCAGGAAUCGCGUAAACUCACAAGAACCCGCAGAUUCACGUGCAAUCGCGGGAUAACAAGUUGUCUCUUAGCCACAUAGGCUAAGCAUAUAAGCAGUAGAUUGUGUCCUUCCAGAGGAGGAAAUCUACUUCUAGACUUCUAGAAUCAGCAUCUCCUUAUCCAUGGUGUCAUCGGUUGAAAUGACGUCUAAAAAAAUUUCACUUGUUCAUCCCCGCCCCUUUGCAUGGUGUGAAAUACGAUCCUCCUGAAACACGGAGUGUUUUAUUUUGAAAAGAAGACGGAUGUUUUCUUUUGUGUCUGUGCCCGACUUCCUUUCCAGCACGGGUUAAUCAGUGCUGAAUUAAUCCAGCAUGCUGCGGCAUUUGGAAAAAAUAGAACUCUUGCGAUCAGCUGCGGAGUCUGGGGAUCUGCAGUGGAACGGAAAAAAGCCGGUGGAAUUGACACAUUAUUGACAUAUAAUUGACGCAUUAACUUACGGAGGGUACGGCCUUUUCGUAGCCAUUCAGGAAGUGGUGGAAAUUGGGGGUCACUUUGUCUUUAUCAUGUUGAAGUUGUCUGGGAUUUAGGGAAACAACUAACACUCCUCCGUGUGAUGAGAAAAUAAAGUUUACCUGCUUUGAGGUGUUUUAGAUAGAGAUUCUACUUUAAAAGGGAAAUGAAUGAAUUCAGUUUGAGCACAUUUGACUCUGAAGAUUAGCAACCAGUCCAAAAACCGGCAGGUGGCCCUGUUUGGGACCAGACAUUUAGCUAAGGAAAGGCCAGUCUAAUGGGAUCGGGGGCCAAAAACGCUGAUUUGGACAUCUGAAAUCUCUCUCCAGAGGAACUGAACCUCACUGACAGAAACUGGAGUUGCUGGUCUACGGCUGCCUCCAUCGGUCUGUUUGUGUUACUGUGGGGCCUCUGUGAGUUUGGCAGAGCAACAACUCCAGAAACCUGCAUACAACCUUUGUUUCUGUCUGUGAAGUCGGGUGGGUUAAAAAUCAGAGCUCUGAACCCAGUUCAACUCAGCUGGUGGACUGGGCGCCCCAUGUUCUGAGGCAGCAGUCCUGGUUGUGGGAUCAGUUCUCAGUCCUGACUGGAGGUAUGGCGCUCGUCAUCGUCUACCCUUCACCUUUAGUCCCGUCACUCUCAAACGGUCUUAUCAGACGUGGGCAGGGUUACAUAGCAGCCAUUACCGUAACACAAGUAAUAGAAGAAGAGGACAGUUUUGUCCCCAUCAGUCUUGUAGACCCAGGAGCUGAACCAGGUUUAAAAACUCCAGACUCCCCUUAAACAUCACAUGACCUUUUUUCGCCUCGUCUUAGAGGAAAGUUUAACAGCCAGCAGGAUCUUCUCGUUACAUCAGCUCGACAUGUUGGUUCGUCAUCUGCGUUUAUCUUCACUAACACAGUUUCGCUCGCUCAGGGUUUUCUGGUUGUUUCAGGUCAGUUUUUUGUUUCUAAAUCAUUUCUCAGAGAGUCAUUUCAGGCGGCUAAUCCAUCCCGGUGAACUUGUCACUCUUCAUUUUUAUGGCAGACUCAGACUCGUGUCAAUGUGUGUAAUAACGCAGUUGUGGCCCCGGCAUUACAGUCCGGCAUGUUCUGGAGCCGGAUAGUAAGUUUGACCCUCGGUCUGCCUUCAGUUGAACGACAAAGAGAGCAGUCUGACAGUUUGGAGAAAGAGGCCAACUGAGGUCUGGUAGUCGAUGUUUUUCAACCCACAAGUGACAGAGUGAUUUCAGUGCAGGGCCAAGGUGGCUGCUCCGAUCACUCAAACAAAUGUGCAGGAAAAAAAACAAAAGAAACAGUCACUUAAUGGCCUGUUUUAUUCAUAAAAGAGAACUGUCCGCUCUCUGCUGCUGGUUUUCAUGACUGUUUUUUCAGUUACAGACGCACUAAGCUUCAUAUUUCUGAUCUCCUGUAUUCCAUCAUAAGGAAGGAUCCAUUAGUGUGCUGCUGUGUGCGCCUGAAAUACAGUUUUAUUUUUUAAAUAUGGGUCACUGUCAGCAUGAAUGAAACUGCUUUGACCACAUCUCAACACGAUUUCACUAAUUGAACCUUUCAACGCCAUCAGGUACCCAUAUAUGGAAUUAAACAAAGGUUUUGAAGGCAGAAUCUAGAGCCAGUAAUCUGCAGGGAUGCUUUCAUGUGUGUAGGGCUGGGCGAUAUAGGAAAAAGUUUAUCAGGAUAUAUUUUUUUCAUAUUAGUCAAUAUUAAUAUAUAUUACGAUAUAAAAAAUGACAUUUAACAGUGUUUAUUAGUCGCAUGUCUUUUACAAUACAAUAAGCAGCUGCAUCUGUGAGGUCUUUGUGUCGCUUCGAUGUUUUGUCGUAAGGCGUUGCUCAAGAGAAAGCAGACUGAAUGGUUGACUGUUUCGGCUGCACAGGCACCAUGGGCUCCUUGGUCCGCUCGGGGUUUGUAACCUUUUGCGUUGUGCAUGCUCUGCCACGUGGCGCUGCUUCAGGUGGUGAAAAAGAUAUGAGGUAUUCACUGACUUUGCGAGAACAUGAUUUACAGUUCACAUUACUCUGCUUCACGUCCGACCUCAAAAUAUUAAAAUACCUCCACACCCCCGACGUUUUCGUGCCAGUGUUGUCGACAAUGUCGUCAUCUGUUGAGCCUUCAUGGUCAUUUCUGUCGGGGGUAGCACUCAUGUUCUUUUUUUCUCACCAACAGUGCUGUCGGCUUCACCUGUUAAAGUGCUAUGGUUGUGUGUAGCUGCUGUCUGCUACAACACAGUUGUUUGCUACUUGGUUCUAGGGCCCAACCGAUAUGGAUUUUUUGGGGACGAUGCCAUUACCAAUUAUUAGGGGGGGAAAAAUCAGUUUACAGAUUAAAUGGCAGAUUUUUCUAAUUUUUUAUGAAGUUAUAAAAAUAUAUUUAUAUAUAUAUAUAUAUAUAUUGAUACUAUUGGUUACUGCUCUUCACGCCGACAGGAAGACCAACUGAUCAUCUCAGUAAUAUUCCAUAUUAUCAUGAAUCAAACUCAGACCAGAAAAGCGUUUUCAAGUGGACCCGGAGCAACUCCCCUCUUCAUUGGCUCUUCGAAUAGUCUACCAAAACAUGGCAGAGUGACGACUAUAAAAAAUCAUAUCGACCAUGUUUCAUAUUGAUAUUGAGGGAAAUUGAUUUUGGAUAUGUAUCUUUAUCGUUUUAUCGCCCAGCCCUAAUGUGUUGCUACCUUGAUGAAGUAUUUUCUGGGGACUACUUUCAUCGGCGGAUGAAUCUACAUUUGUGGAUUCGUGGGCAUGUUUUUGGACUGCAGAAGGACAUUAGAGUUUGGAGGAAAUUCUCUGGUACUGUAUCAAAAAUAUUGUCAGCCUUAUCUGUGAAGUCAAGACUUUAUCAACACACGGGUGGAGCGGAAAGGCUCGCUGCUUCACCUUUUAACUCUCCGAGUCAACUGUUUGUGUCUGAUCAAGUUAUCGGCUUGAAUCCAAUCUAUAAAUGGGUUUGCAUGAUGGUUUUUCUUUAAUAAUCAAGUUGAAAGCCAGUCUUACAGUAUUGAUCAGCUGAUCCAUCUCCCUCGGUGUGUGUGUGUGUGUGUGUGAGUGUGAGUGAGUGUGUGUGUUUGUCCUCCUACAGUGUAAAUUUGUUGGUAUUUAGAGACUCGGUGUGUUUUUAGCCUCUGAGAACCUAAUCAGGAUCAUCUUGUUGGGCUGUAAAGCUUUCUGCCACGUUUCUAAUUGAGUUCAGCGCUCUUCAUUAGAUGUUCACACACAAAUCCAGGUUGAUGCUGGCAGUUAAUCCGAGGAUUGGCACCCUUGCGCCGCUGACAACAUUGACUUUAAUUCCACCUGAAGAAAACACAGGUUAUCUGGAUGACAAUCUGCGGCUGGCAGAUGAACAGCCCGAUAGGAGGAGGUCAUGUGGUGAUGUCCUCUCGGCUCUGGAAACGGGUGAACAGUGAAGGUGUUUCCAUCAGGAUCCAUGAAAACAAGCAGCAGAAUGAAGUGGUCUCAUGGUGGAUAUAUAAGCUUUUUCAUUUAGUGCUGCAGAGAUAAAAGCUCCAGCUAAUGGACGUGAAACAGCGCUAAUACACUGUUGGGUAAACCAGUCAGCAGAGCGGGACUCUGACUAAUGAGGAGAUGAUAUGAAUCAUGCCAGUUAGCUUAUUAUUUUUAUUAUUACAAUAACGCAUUACCCAGGUUUGAUUCUCCCAUAUGUUUUUCAUGCUACAGAGUAAGGAGCUGCAGGGUGGUUCAGGAUAACUUUGGGAUAUGUUUGGGUUAUAGAUGUGAAACUAGUCUCAGAAAAAAAAGCUGCUGAGGUUGUGUGUAAACUGGCAAACUUUAAUGCAUGCAGAGUUUCAGCAGCCGUGCAUGUGGGAAGGUUCAAGCCGUGCAUGUUCGUCGGGGGAGCAGUUAAAUGUGGCACAUUGGAGAUAGCGUGGUGCUGCCACAUUCUCGGCGGGCCAAGGCUGUGUCCUCUGGCAGAGAGGUGAGACUUUGACAGCAACACUGGAGGCUGUUGGGAUGAGAGGCGUGGGGGAGGGCGAGAGGAGGACCCGCUGUUACAGAGAUGUGACCAGACGGAGUUCUCCGGGAGGUGGAGAUACAAGUGAACCCGGAGACUCUGUGAGUUUGAGCCCCAGAUGGCUCCAGUCUUCGUGGAAGAUUUGAAACUGUGUCUUUAGGAGCUGGGCUUUAAGACAAAACGUUAGUACCGUAUAUACCACAAUACAUUUAUCAUAAAUCUAUAUGACCAAUACUCGAGUGUCAAGUACAACAUGUCCACUUUUGCAUUCGUCUCUCCUUUAAUCAGCGUUAGAUCGCCAUCUGCUGACGGUCAUGUGCAGAUUAGGGGUGUACCGAUCACAAUUUUCUGGCUAAUCACUGAACUUUAAUAAGCUGGACCUGCCGAUACUGAUUUUGGCUGAUACCAAUUUUUUUUUUGGUGACAACAUACACCUUCGAUGCUUCAAUCUUGUUUUAAUGGAAAACAUUGAACAAUACUGAUGGGACAAUACAAACCUUUGUGUGUUUGUUUUAACUGCACAAGAGGUAGUUCUCUCAAAUAUAAAUGAAAAGUUUAGAAAACUACUAAAUUAUAUCAGUUCCUUUAGUCUUUUAUUUUCCACAUUUUAAAAAUUAACAAUACUUACCCAACAGGUCAGACUGCAGGCCUUUUUUGAGCCUCUUAUUAAAACAAAGUGCACAGCAAUAUUUUACUUUUACAAAUAAAGGAAAUCACAAGGUUUGAGGAAGUUGGAAAAAUAAUAAUCUACAGGACAAACUAACAACACAACUAACAAUUAACAACUAACAACAGUUAACUGUCCUGAGUUUUAGGUUUCCUUGUAGUUGGUUCAACAUGCUUAGUUGAUCAUGCUCCGGAUGACUGUUGUGUGUGCCGCUGACGCAUCAAGCUUGCACAUGUGACCUAGUGGGCGGACCUGUCAUUCUAGCAAAGCAAAAAGCUACAACAGCUGACUUUCAGACCUUUGCUGAGGUAGAUAAGAUUGGUGGAUAAAAUGUGUUUUAUGUGUAAGGAUUAGCCGAUCACCAAACCCCCAAAAUUGAGGAUAUCGGCGCCGAUCGAUCAGUCGGCUGAGUUAUUGGUGCAUGUUUAGUGCAGAUGGUUGCUGUCGUUGUAAUCCUUCAUGCUCACUUUGGACUCAGCUCUCGUUCAGAUGUGCCAGUCAUGUCAAUGUGAAGCUGAGUGAGACAUGUCGGAAACACGAUUUGUGGUUGACGGCUGGAUUUACUCUCACACGCUCCAGCUGAUGGUAAAUCUGCUGGUAUGUGAGUUACCCUUUUGACCACCUUUCUGGUACUGGUACAGCUGUAAUAUCUGUAAAGCACACUUUUUAAAAUAUUAAUUUAUGUUUAACAAACAUUACAGAACAUGGGUAUUCUGGCAUCUAUGCAUGUUAAUCAAUACUUUUGUAUAUUGAUCAAUGUUAAAUCAAACCGUGAGGGGAUCGUUCAAAGAUAAACCAGUUUAACAGGAGAAUCACUUAGUUCAUUGAUAAGCAGCCCCUCAGUGUGGGGGAAGACCAUGGUUCUGCAGGACUGGGUUUGAAUCAGUACUGGGUCGGUGUCUCUUCUGCUGAUUUCUAAUAUUUAUUGUUUAAAUUCAAUAUUGCCCAUCCCAACAUAAUAGCUCUUAAAUGAGGGUGUCUGGUAUCAGUACAAGUCAAUGCACAGACCCAAUAGCAGAAUACAUUAGCCAGGCCAAAAAUCAAUAGGUUUGAAGUCCACUCUAAUGUAAUGAUCAUGAACAGCGGUGGUGCCUGCAGGCUACCAAGUGAAAAUGUUACUUUCUACGAUCACAGUCACAUCGGCCCGGUCUCGAACUCCAACUCUGAUUUCUUCAUGGUGGGUGAAAACAAAUGAGUCCAAUAUUUGAUCAGCUUUUUCAUUUGGGUUUGUUGCACUCACAGGAUGUUCAGACGCAGCAGUGACUCACUCGUUAAAGACCACCGGGCCCCUCUGACCCCGGGAUGAUCAUCAUGCCUCAGACCGUGAAGGCGGCGCAGACAGAGUCGUGCAAACAAAAGCAUCAUUAGAAAGAAAUCCUGGGGACUUGUCAGGUGAUACCUGCGCUCUGGAGGUUCGCACAGGUUUCAUCAUGAGGUUCAGUCUGUGUAAUCUUGCUGUAGUCACACCAGGUGCUGCUGUUUCCAGACAAAGGUGACGUAGCUUCUCCAGAGAGCUUUGUUUUAGCUUCUCAAAGGAAAACACAGGAGUGUAUCGGGUUCCUGAGGUUGAGUCUUGUGUUGUCAAACAGAGAAGGUCCUUAAAAAGUUUGUGUUUUUGCCCGAAAGGCUCCAAUUAUUACUCUGAGUGUCUGACUACAUGACAGCGUGAUCGCUCUGACAGUUUCCUUCAGUGUUACAUCAUUCUUACUCUCGCUCCUUUUGCAAAUAUGAAGCAGGUCUUUAGAUGGUUCUGGUUAACCUUCUCAAACAGUUUAGCAGACCAGUGACUCCGCCAGUCCUCAGAGCAGAGUCGUAGUUUUUGUCGGGGAAGUCUGGUGGUUUUGAAGCCUCUGAAGAAUCCUCUUUGUAGUGCCACCUUCUGUAAUGUUGAAUAGGAGUCUGAUUAUGUCAGGGCCAUGCUUUGAUUAUGAUGCAAUCAUCACAUCCUGCCUGCUUAAACAAUACUCUGGAGCACUUCCAGACUCGGCAUACGAGUGGUCCCAAACACAAACAAAAAGAGGACUCGGGUUUGAAAACACUGGAGCUCCUUUUUUUCCCCUCUUUUCCUCUUUGUAAAUCAUAAAGAAAUGACGGCUUAUUUGGAAAUUUGCUCAACUCGUCUGAAGUGGCUCCAUUCACACCCCCCUAAUCCUCCGCCUGUUGGAGCAGCACAGUAAGCAGUAGCUGGAAAAACUGGUUCUGGAGUCUGACUUGUUUCCCAGGUAAUUGCAUGUCUGUAGGCUUAAAUGAGCUCAAAUAAAUGCUCUUUCCCUCUGCUCAAAAUAUGUUUGUAUACUUGAGCUGCAGCUCCUGGUGAGAAAGACAGAAGUUGGAAAUCAAUAAAGCAAGGAUUUAAGAGGAGUCUCCCACAAAUUUCAGGGGGUCAGGACCUUGGCUCUCGGCGCUGUGUGUUGUCUUAUCAACACAGUUCAAUUACAUGCCCACAGACCCAGCCUCAGAAAUGUCAGAGACAUCCUGUUAAUAUGUUAAAUAUUGACACAUCAGCAUACUUCCUGCAGCGUUAAAUAGUCUCCAGUACAAUGUUGUUCUAGUGUCAGUGAUCGGGGAUCAGCAGCCCAUGAAAGCUGAGUGUGUGUGUGUGUGUGUGUGUGUGUGUGUGUGUGUGUGUUCACACCUGAGGCUCCUGUUUGGAAAGUUGUAAUGAAUCAGGCUAAACACAGAGCUCAGACCAAAGCCUAUAAUUAACGAUUAUUGAUUUAUGAUUGAAACCAAGAGGCAGGUGAUCUGAGCAGACCUGAUUCUGGAGGCUCGGACGACUGCAAACUACAUUACUCAAAUAAACCUUAGCUCUGGGAAAAACUGACGAAUCCAGGAGAUAUGAAGCCCACCUGACGCUCAGUGUUCACGACUAAAUCUGCUGUAACUAGAGUGAGUUUAUGUUAUUAGGAUGGACGACCGCGACAGGUAAAAAACUGUCCCGGACACAAUUUCAAAAUAAAAGCAGAAACAAAGGAAGUCUCUGUCAGAGCUGAGAUAAAUCCAGUACAGUCAAGUGGGUUUAUCAAGGCUUGGCCGGGGGAGAAGGUACGAGGUAUACUUCUCCGCAAACUAAAACAAUCAAGUAUAAGAUUUCAGCUCUAAGGUCUGAGAAAAGGUCGGGAAACUGUCGCUGUAUGUGUCAUGACAAACCAACAAACCGCCGCUCCCUUAAAGGCUACCUAUCAGAUAGGGCUGCACAAUUAAUUGAUUUUAAUUCGUAAUCAGAUUAUUUGAUUAUGACGAUGUUAAGAAUUAAAAUGGAUUUUCCUCUCUAUCAUGUCUCACACCUCCAGGCCACUGUAGGCUCCGCCUUCCUGUGAUUGCGCUCCCCAGUUCCCACACACACCAGUGUAAACAAACAUGGCGUUUGCAAAAGAAGGCGAUAAUUUCGUGGCUAAAUAGGACAAGAGCGAGUCAGUGGUGUGGAAUUAGAAUUCAUCCAAACUAAGGCUGCACGAUAUUGGAAAAAAAUAAUAUUGCGAUUUUUUCAACCCUGCGAUAUAUAUUGCGAUAUUAAAAAUACAGUAUUUUCACCAGAUGACCUGAAUAGCACUUAAUGUUAUGCUGCACUGCUGAAAUCUUGAGGACAGUUAAUCUGUUCUGAUCUUACCUCUUUUUGUGAAUGUUAGUAGAACGGCUUCUGUCUGUCUCAGAGAUAUUUUUAGCUUUUAUUGUGCUGGGACGUUAUUGUGGCAACAGAUGAACACAGAAGACGUGUUUUGGUCGACAUCAUCCUUCUUUUAACCGAAAUAAUUCCAGAUAACUGACUUUCCUUUUCUUUUUGGCAACAAAUCUUCAUUUUCGGUGGUUUUCGCUUGUUCGUUGUUCAUUUUGCGAUCGUUGUUGUUGUUGUUAGCGGUGUUGUGCCGAGAAACGCAUGUCCUCCGAGAAUUGCAUGCACCUCGCAAAACGCGCACUGCUUAUAGUAGAGUGGUCCACGGAAAUGUACAAUUUAAAACCCAUACAGUUCUUAUUUGUUGGGCUUAAUAGUCAUGAGUAAAGUUCCGAAAGUACACGUACACGACACACGUCUCCCUCCAUGUGCAGAACAUGUGCAGGGGUGGGUUUUCUCCUCCCUGAUUUUGAUUGACAGCUGGCAGGGUAGUCUGAUUGGCAACUGAGAAGUGAGUCUGAUUGGCAACUGAGUUAAGGACGAAGGCGAUUGGUGGAUCGCUGCACAGCACAUGCACAGCACAUGCAGAGUCACAUGGAGUGUAUCUCAGUCGGUUACCCUUGAAAUUAAAUGAGUUCAUUCACCUCCAAUAUCGCAGGCUCUGCGAUGUGACUAUCGCACACACGUACAUCGCGAUGACGAUAGUCAAACGAUAUAUCGUUCAGGCCUAAUCCAAACGGAAAUGGCGUUUCGGUUGACUGUAAAUCCGUUAACGGCUACCAUUUCAUGUCUGUGUGGAUGUCUAUCUGCGUCUCUGGAAAUGAUCAUGUGACACACAGCGUAAUUCUUAUAUGGCGCCUAAACAACCUUUAUACACAUGGGGCCGUAUGCACGUUGCUUGGCAAAACGUGUUUAGCCCGCUAAACGCGUUUAACUCCUAAGCGCCAAAAAUGUCGGUAUGCACGUCACUUCGUAUAGCCGUUCCUAUACGGAUUUUCGCGUUUAAAGUUAUCGCACCUCUGGGGGUCCAAUAGCGGGUCUAAACGCGUUUAAAUACGGCGGCACUCUCGUUGUUCCAAGGAAGACAGCGGCGACAAUUGCGUCGAAACAGGAUUUUUCGUGACAGAAAACACCCCUUCGACACGUAUGACGACCACGAAGUGUUCCGUAAGUUUAGAUUUCGACGGCACCAUAUUCUCGACCUCACACAGGAGAUUUCCGCUGAAAUUGAACUUUCGAACCGAGGAUUCACCCUCACUCCACUACAACAAGUCCUCGUAACCUUACGGUACUACGCCACUUCUUCUUUCCAAGACGUGUGUGGGGAGUUGGUAGGAGUGGAUCAGUCGACAGUCAGUCGAACCGUCACUCGAGCGUCACUCGACCCGUUUAAGACACAGUAAACGCGGUUAGCUAUACGGUUCCGUUUACAGCAUUGUGCAUACCAUAAUCGUAUAGGAACUAAAUGCGUUUAAGGCCCGUAUAACUAAACGCGUUUAAGCCCUAAUCGCGUUUACGCUAAACGCUUUCGGUUACGGGCCAUGCUCUGUACUCUUCUUCUGUCUUUUGUGCAUUUCCUGUACAGCGUUACAGCGCCACUUACUGGCUUGGCAUAUGCACUAAAUCGUUUUCAGUUGUUUGGUUUUGAGAGAGGAUAGAAAAACUUUUUAUUUACCAUAUUUUUCGCACUAUAAGGCACACCUGAUUAUAAGUCGCACGAUCAGUGAACGCGUCUUUUCGCGUCUAUUUUCAUACAUAAGGCGUACCGGAUUAUAAAGCGCAUUAAGCCAAACAAAGUGCUCCGAAAAGCCAUCAGGCUGUGCGGCUUUCUAGCUUACCGAAGUUGUAAUAAACAUUUUGACAGAUUUUUGAGUGCUGUGUACCACAUAAAAUCGGUUCAAGGUCAGUAAGCACAACCAGAAUUCAUACAUAAGGCGCACCUGAUUAUAAGGCGAUUUUUGAGAAAAUCGAAGGAUUUUAAGUGCGCCAUAUAGUUCGAAAAAUACGGUAUUAAAGUGUAGUUUGGUGAAGUUGUCGCUGAAUAAAAAAUCUAAAUCAAAGAUAGAGUUUUCAGAGAAAAAAAUCGAGAUUUCAUUUUUGGCCAAAUCAUGCAGCCCUACUAUCAGGCUCAUUGAUUAGGUAACAACCUAAGGCUUCAGCUUAUUAUUAAUUAUAUACAAUUACAUUAUUUUUGUGUGUAUUUUGGUGGAGAUAUGUGUGACAAGUCCAGUUGUGAUCCGCUCACAUGCAGACUGCAGUGAAAACCAAGCCGCUCUGCAGUUCCAGUCGUGCAGCUGACACAUUUCCUGUCUGAAGCACCCAAGGGUGCCUUUGGCUGUGGAUACGCAAGCAAGACCAGGGUUUACUGAACCCGCCUGAACAAAACCGGACCACUUAUUCUCAAAGUCAACAACAACUCCUUCAAACUGCACUGAUAAAACCCAGAACACAUCAGGUGCUGGUCUAGUGUGUCCUGGAUGAGUUGAGGGUUCUGAGUCUGUCAUGUCAAUAAAUCAGAUGAUGACAGCAGAGGUGGAUCAGCAUCUGUAUUUCUGCGGUUGGGCUGUGUUGCAGUCAGAAAAGAAUCUUCUGGAAGAAUCCAGAGAGACUUUCUACCUUUUGUCCUUUUUUAUUCCUAAGUGUGUAAAAAAACAGACCCCCGUGUGAGAGGCAGCAGAGUCCCCGUAGGUAACCCUGAUUCAGAACUGUAAGUGGGUCAGGGUCCCCCACAUCAGAGUGUUGUCCUCACAGUUUUCGCUUUGGGGGGUUUGAGAAAGGUCAAUAAGAUCGGGGAGGAGCAGCAAACUCACGUGGAGCGCUUUUGGCCCCGAGUUGUUUGUUUAGAGGUGAGCUCUCUCUCUCUCUCUCUCUUUCUCUCUCUUUCUCUCUCUUUCUCUCUUUCUCUCUCUCUCUCCUAACUGUGCUAACAGCUGGUCCAGGCUGAAGCAGAUGUAAUGGAGGCAGAAUUAUGUAACUGCAGCCCAAAGGAAGGCGCAGAGAUGGUUUCUUCUGGACUCUGUGGGUCCGAGCUCCCAGCUGGUACCUGCUCAGGAUGAUGUCGUGUCUCUUUGUUCCUCACCUCAGACAGAAAUCUUCAGGAUUUCUGUCUUUCUUUCCUCCAUCCUGCCCCCUGCAGCCCCCUAAUGACCACCAGCACUCCCACCCAGCAGGCAGAUUGAACAGAUCACAUGUGCCUGUAUUUCACCAUCUGUUUAUGUUGACAAGUUAGAGCCUUCUUCCUCAGUUCAUCCUCCGUCUUUAAAGUAGUGCAGCUGUGCGCUCUGACCGCGUUACAACAGGUUUUUUACUCUGCAGAUUUCUUCUUGAUAACAGUCACUGAGUUUACGUCCUGCUGGAGAAAGAAGUGCUGAAAAAUGGAGAGAAGGGAGAGGAGAGCAGGGAGAGAGGAGGAAAGAGAGGAGAGCAGGUGUGAGCUCAUAAAUGCAGAUGUUGGUUAAUUUCUUUUAUUUUGAAAUGACUUAAAUUAAACUGAUUACAAAGUUGUAUUUCUGGACAUUUUGUCUUUAUUUGACAGAAAACCUUUAGGAGCAGAGAGCGAGGAAGACGAUCAGUUUAAGGUUUUGGAAUCGAGUGAAAGUGUAAUAUGCCGGAGUGCUCAGACUACCAGUUAGGGCUGGGCGAUAUACUGAAAAUUUACAGAUACCAAAAUUUAUGACAAUAACCGAUGUCAUUUUGCCCAUAUCAGUAUAUUCUGUGUCAAAAAAUUCAAUAAAAGUUGGUUUUGGAUGUGUGUAGGUAGGCUAUGGUCUCAUGUUCCUUUAAGACACUGUCCUACCUCAGAGGCGUGACUCCACCCAAUCCAGUCUGUAACAAAGAGGGAAAGACAGGUGAGGAGAUGGAGGACGGUUCAAAAGUUGUAGCGGCUGAAGUAGCCGAAGUUAAAGGGAUAUUCCGGCAUAAAAUAAAGUUAGGGUCAAACACACCGUAACACUGAGUUAGACACCCCCUCCAGAGAUGAAUGUUGCCGACAGCUUGCUUCUCUAGUUAUACCAACUUUAGUAAUGACUGCAGAUAGCAAUACAGAGAGCCACAUGCUCAGCCAAAAUGCCACAAUCAUUUUUUCAUGGAAAUACAAUCAGACUGAGACACUAAGGCAGAAGAACUACUGCGUCUGCAGUACAAAAUGAUUAAUAAGGUGAUUAUUACUUAAAGGAAAUAAUAAAAUAAUGACCAUAAGUGUUCUUCCUUGAACUGCGUAACCCCACUGCUGUCUGUAAUGGACUGUUUCUGAGGUCUCGCUACAAACAAGAGGCUGCUGGAAAAGAGAGGGUGAGUUGUGUUUAGUCUCUUUGCAAAAGAAAUUAGUCAAAGUUAAAAAGUUGUUUGGUGGCUAGUACUAUGGCUAGGACCCUAUACUGUUAAUGAAGUUGGGUGCUGUUCUGAGCAUUAUUUGUGGCUAUAGAGUGGCGUUUUGGUUGAGGUUUGUUUAUGGCUCCUCAAACCGCUGUGUAUUGCUAUCCUGCGGUCGUUACUAAAGUUGGUAUAACUAGAGAACGAGCUGUCUGCAACAUUAUCUCUUGAGGGGGUGUCUAACUCGGUGUUAGUGUGUGUUUGACCCUAAAUUAAUUGCAGGAAUAUCCCUUUAAUGUCCCAUUAGUUUGUGGAGUAGUUAUCGUCCAUUUAUCGUUAUGGAGGUGAACUGAUCAAUAUAUCGAGUAGGCCUGUCGCGAUAAUCAAUAAAUCGCCUUAUCGCUCGGUAAAUAAAAACGAGGUCGGUCAUUUUGCCAGCCUCGAUAAUUGACGUGCGUUUGUUUUCCUCCUCUCUCGCUACCAAACACGCUGGAUGAGAGAAGAGGUCUCACUCUGCGCAUUUUUCUCGGCACCUGGGGGCGUUGGCUCUAUAGCGGAAUGAACGGAGUUAGUGAACCCUCCUGUCAGUCAUUCAGUGUCUUUGUCACGAGGGGGCUGGCGCGCACAGGCACACAGACACAGACUUUUGGAUACAGUGCUGCAAGUGAGCGUCGUGAGUGAAAAGCAAGCAAACAGAAUGAACACGACAGCUUUGGUGUCUAAACCGAACGCAACAGCCCAAGUGUGCGAAUAUUUCGGCUUUAAACCAGUUUUGUUUUCGUCAACCACAAAACUCCACGUGUGUGUGCGCGUGCGCAUCUGUGUGUUGGAGGAGCACAGCAGGCUGAUGAGAGCUGUCAGAGCGGACUGAAGCUGCUCCUAUAUGUUUAGCGUUUAACUGACUGAGUUUUGCAACUCUGUUCGUCAUUUUCGUCUCGUCCCAUCAACGUAAACGCACUUUCGUCUCGUCACAUUUUAGUCAUCUCCGACUCAUGUUUAGCUCAUCAACGUUACGUCUUCGUCGUGGGUGAAAUUAAAGUUUAUCACUUUUGACACGGUGUAUUCGCAUUAUUAUGCCAUUUAAUAUCAUUAUCUAUAAUUUAAAAAACGGUGUCAAUAAUAUCGUUUAUCGGCAAUAAUUUGUGGCACAAUUAUCGUCCAGCAAAAUUUGUUAUCGUUACAGGCCUAAUAUCGAGGUAUUGAUUUGAGGCUGUAUCGCCCAGCCCUAGUACCAGUGCUCUUUUAGUCCUAAUAGAAUCUAUCAUAGAUUCCCCUCUGAACAAAAACCUCCAAUGGAGAUGAGUUGACAGCAGUCCUACUGUUUAAUGUUGAGUGUUUUAAAUUUGUGGACAGUGUUCGUUUCUUUUAUAGCGAACAUUAGCAGAGACUGUUGGUCACAUUAAACAUGUUUGAUGACAUACGCCUGGACGGACUGAAGACAAACCAGCGCUGUGUGUGUGUGUGCCACCAUGACUCUACCACGGUCUGAGCCCAAGUUUUUAUGACGGUGAAAUCGCUUCAAAGUGGUUUGGUUUAAGAGAGCAGCUCUAGCUGAGGGUGAGAGUAGCCGGCAGGCAUGGGACACAUGAUAUUGGGACACAUUACAGUGGCAGCAUGUGACGCGUACAUCACAACAGGACAGGAAUAUACUGACAUUUAUAAACGGGCUGUUGUACAUCGAGUGUGGCCACAUAUUUACACGCUCUUUAGCCUCUGAUGUUAGGAAAAGACUGCUUGAGCUGAGGGAUGGCGUGCUCUCACAGAUCGAACUGGAGUGUUUUCUUGUGCACUUAUUUCAGACGUAUCUGGAGUGCACGUGGAGUUGAAACCCUGCUGCGAUGGUGAAGCUGGUCUGUUUUUUUUGUAGAUUGUGUCUUCUCUUUGAAAUCCUCUCAAACUGAGGGUGGUUCACACUACAGCAAUUCCAGCUCCGUUUAUCCACAGCCCACCACAUUCCCGGCGUCAUGGCAAUCCCCUGUAGAUAAUCUUGCCUUAUUUAUCACUGUGAGCCAGCAGUCAUUCUGUCACUCAAAGUGCAUUGUCACAGCAGGAGCCUCUUUGUUUUCUGCGGCGCUGCGGUCAUCUGCUCCUAUAAGCUAACGAUGUGUGAAGCCACCGCCGCUGCUGCUGCUAUUGGAGGUUUUCUUUUAAAGUAGUCAAAGCUGUUCCCGACAAGAGCCCUGGAUUACCGAGAACAACUGAGGCUUUGUUUUUAGACAGACAUGCGGCUGUCAAGGCGUUAAAUAUAUUUCAGUUCAAUUAAAAAUACACUUCUGUGAAGGUGUUGAUUGGCUUCACAUGAACACUUACAAAUACGACUUGGCUGAUUGUUUACAGGUUUGUUUAAUCAGAAACAGCUGUUAUAUAGACACCUUUAAGUCCAACCUCACAGUGGUCAGCAAGCCGUUUUCACACAUGCUCUAAGCUCAUGACAAACUGAAAUUUUCUGCACGUUUGAACGCGAGCAGCACAACUUACACCCCGACUUUACUCAGACUUUUUCUCUCCACCUUCAGGUUAUAAUAUCUGCAGAAGUUAGGGUAAGGAAGCAGCAGGAAGUCUGCAAUAAAAUUAGCUGCGAGCAGGCAGGCGGGGCUGAUGAAGUUUGUGUAAUGCAACGAUGCGGACUGACGUGGAAGAGGAAGAAUAAAAUCAUGUGUUGAGGAAAUGUUGAGGAAAGAGGUUAAGUUUGAACCUUUAACAUUGAUAUGUCAAAACAGUCAGACACUCUGCAGCUCUGCCACAGCAGGAGGGUUAGAGUCAUACCAUCACUGAGUAAGUAGACAGGUGCCCCAAAAUGGAAGACCACGCCAGGGAAGUGUACCGACAGGAAGCUUUCGUCAUUUUUUGAAGGAAGAGCCCCCCAGUGAAUUUAAGGACAUUUUCAGCAGCGCUUCCAUAAAAAUCAAAUGUUUCUACUCGACAUAAAGGUCCGCCUCUGCAGGGAUCCUCUCUUGAGUUGAAAAUGCUUUACUGGUCCAAGUUUGAUCAGCCGGUCUUCCUGUCGGUGUGAAGAGCAAUAGCCUACAGUAUAUCUACAGUAUAUAGGUAUAUAGUAUAUUGUAGAUAUCUACAGUAUAUAUACACUAUAGGCCAAAAGUUUGGAAGCAAGAUCAGAUUUGUACAAAAAAAGAUCAUAGUUUCAUAUGUAUAAUUUGCAACACAAUAAACAUUACUAUUGUGUAAAGAGUAACUUAUCAGAAGACAUUUUGACUGUAAUUAUUAGGUAUUUGAGUUAUUAUUGCUUAGACUUUGCUUUCUUUAAAGUAACCUCCUCUGGCUUUAAAAACAGCUUGGCAUAUAAGUUUUCUAAGGUAUGUUCCAGGGAUUGCAUUCCAAGCUUUCUUAAGUUCAUUCAAACGAGACUGCUGAUUCGUGGGACGCGUUUUUCUGACCGAUCGAUCCAAUUCAUCCCGCACAAGCUUAAUUGGAGAAAGGUCUGGAGACUGAGGGGGCCAAACCAUCUUUUGAAGAACACCUUCCUCUUCUUUUUUGUCUAGGUAACCCUGACAGAGCUUGGCAGAGUGCUUAGGGUCAUUGUCUUGCUGCAAAACAAACUUAUGAGCCACAAGUCUGAGUCCAGAUGGAGCAGCAUAGUGCUGGAGGAUGGAGUGGUACUGUUCCUUCUUCAUGACACCCUUUACGUCAAACAAAUCUUCUACUCCAUCACCUGCAAAACAUCCCCAUACCAUGGAACUACCACCUCCAUGCUGAAUUUUGGGUGUAACACAUGGUACUUUCAGAUGUUCACCAGUUUGUCAGCGGACAUAGACUCUGCGUUUUGAACCAAACAGUUCAAACUCUUUUCUAGUCAUCAUUAGUCCAAUUUUUGUGAGCUUUUGCCCACUCAUAUGUCUUUUUCUUGUUCUGUGGACGAAGCAGAGUUUUUUUGCAGCCACACAACCCUUCAGACCAGCCUUUCUCAAACAUCAUUUUACGGUUGUCAGAGAUAUGGGUUUCAACCUUGUCAUGUUGAUUUCCUCCCUUAUUUUUGGUGCUGUCUUUCACCGAUCUCUCUGACUGGUGACAAUGCUCUGUUUAUCCUCUGCUUUUGUAGUAACUCUCUUUGUUUCUUUACUCAGUUGCUUCUUUCUAGCCAUUUUUGGGGUAGUUUGAACGCAGUUGAGAUUUAUUAGGAUUUUGUCUGCAAACUCUCAAAAGCCAAAAAAUUGAGGUGAAUAAUCGAACUGUGAUUUGUUUUUUUUUUUGCUUUUGCACUUAAGUUGUGACUCUUGCAAAUGUUUUCAACCCUAAAACUAAGCCCUUAUUAUCUUUUGCUGACAUAUACUUAGCAAUGGUCUGUUAACAUCGAUGUAUAUCUAAAGGUAAAUGGAGUAAAAUGGUGCAUUUCCAUGAAAGCAACAUCUGAUCAUGGAGUAAAUACAUCCCAAAAUACAUAAAACUCAUGCUGGAUUUUUAAAAAAAGCAUUGUGAACAAAAACUUGAAGUUACUUCCAACUUUUUGGCCUAUAAUGGCCUUGCUUCCAAACUUUUGGCCUGUAGUGUAUAAAUUUUUAUAACUUCAUAAAAAAAUUUAAAAAACUGGCCGAUUAAUAGGUAAUCAGACCCCCCCCCCCCCAUUAAUAAUCGGUAUCGCCAUCGGCCCCCAAAAAUCCAUAUCGGUCGGGCCUUAAUAAGAAGAACCAGUUUUAUCCUGUUUGGUUCUCAGUGUUUGACAAAGCUCAACUUUGACAUUUAAACUUUUGUCUUUUGUUGUUGUGUGAAGUGGUUUCAUACAAAUAAUCUGAGUCAGCUGCUAAUGAUUCAGAGGGACACACACAACAGGCGUCCUCUGAAAGAGGAAGUGUUGACUUCCUAAAGCGUCUUGUUCCUGUAGCAGCAGCAGCUGAAAUGUUGAAAUGCUGCAUCCAUUGAUCAUUUCCACUCUCCCAUAAAAUCCGCCUGCACUGGCCCAGGUUACUCUCACACUAGCAGCCAGCUGGAAUCCUCUGAGAGGAGUUCUGGGUGGCACGGAGCAGCGCCAGUUUUGGCCCGGGGAGCUGGAGAAGUUGGUUUUAAUGCAGGUUGCUGUGUCGUGAUGUUUUUAUUGGCUGUUGAUGGUCUAUGACCCGCAGUAACAACAUGAGCUCGUCUUUCAAAGAGGGAAGAAGGUUAACUUUGCUUUUAUUAGUGUCAACCCUGUAGACAAACAGUCACACCCUCACUCUGUUUUUUUUCUCUCUCUCUCUUUACAACCACAAAAGUGUCCACACUGAACAUACAUCAGUUUAUUUACACUGAGCUGCAGACAUCUGAAUGUAGAGCUACUUUAAUUUAAAAAAACACAUUUACACUUUGAGUACACGCCUCUAACUUUAAUAUCACAGAGACUUUAGAAAUGUCAGAGCAGGUAGAAGUCUCACUGUCACAUUUACCUUUCAAAAUGAUUCAUUAUUGAGUUUUAGAGACUGAUUCCAGGUCAGCUACUGAUUUAACUGAAACCUACAAACAGUUGCGCAGUUUGAGGACGUCUUCACGCAUCGAUCAGAAAAGUGUUUUCAGGUUUCCUUCCUCCUCUAAGUGACAUUAAACAACAUCAACAAAAAAAAACAACAGACGUUUAAGGAUAUAGAAAACCUUGAUCAGCAUCUGUAAAAAAAUCGAUUUUUGAACAAAAAAAAUUUAAAUAAAAAAAAUCAGGAUACUUAAGUGAAUGAUUUUUUCCCUGCACCCCUACUUUUUAUCCCUCUGAAAGCUGCCUUGAAAACAGAUCUGUACUCCUUUUGCAAGAGACACAUCUGUACUGCAGUGGGUGACAGCGCUCAUGGUAAAUACGGUCUUCAUAUGAAAGAUCUCCCAGUACCUUCACAGACCAGUCAAGGUGCUGGUCAGAGGAAUAGUUGUAUUUGUAUUCACGGUUGUGGACAGAAGACAUCCACAGCUGCUGGUAUGAACUGAGUGUUUUCUGCAGAAAGGCCUGUGGUAGUCCUUUAAAGCUAACUGCAGUCAAAGCUGAGCACCUGUUAGCAUGUAAAAGAAGUCAGUGAUACUAUAUGAUUUUUCACCGCCUGUUUGACUCUGAAUUAUCCCUUUUAAUAUUACAUACAGUUUGACACAUAGCUGCCACGCAUUGAAGAGCUUUAAAUGAGUAAUGGAGAGGUAUGAUACUGAAGAGCGGUGAUCAAAACAAGGUCAGCCAGUGUAACCCUAAAUACACACUCAUAAAACACACACACACACACACACACACACACACUCAUAUACACACACUCGGUUCAGGAAAUUCUUCAGAGUUUUUUAACCUUUUCUUUGGAGCUGAUCCUAGAAGCUAAAGGUUAUUUAUGAUUGGCUUGUUUGUCUUCACUGGAACAAAAACAGCAUGUGAGCAAACUCGGAACAGAAAAGAGCAAAUGCUAUCAAAACCUCUGAACCCCGUCAGAAGGAGCCUGUGGUUGGUCUUUGCACGCGCUCAGUGAGUGCCUCCCUGCUGAGGUGUGUGCAGGUGAAGCCUGGUCAUUCCUCGGGGGGGUCUGCUGUGGUGUUAAUGGGCCCGUGGGGGGAGGUGCUAAUUGAUUCAUUCUCCCUGCUCACCUUCUCAUUAACACCAGCUCCCAGGGUAGCAUGUAUCUCUCCAGGUUUACUCCCCUGUGUCCCUUUGCCCUGCAGCUUGACUGUCAGGAGGCAGGCUGCAGGGAGAGCCCUAAACCCAGACUGGGAUCACUCAGUGCGAUAACAUGCACAGCUUCAUUGGGCUAAGCUCGUAAUUUGUUUUUUUUUUCCGAAAUGGACUUCUCUCUCUGUCUGCGUAUACAUGCAGCUGUGAAGAUUGAAUUAUUGACAAGAACGUCAACUAGGGGGCAAUAUGGGUCUUUUCAGCGGCGCUGUUUCCAACCUCAUACAACCGUCAACAACAACAGCAGGUCUGUACCAGGGGCCUGUUCUACGAAGCAAGUUCAACCUAGCGAGGUAGCCUUGGAGCUACCUCGCUCAACUUAGCGCGGUAGCCAGCGUUCUCGCUAAACGGUCUUACGACACUGGGUAUCAACCUCGUAAGUAGAUCCAGCUUUGCUAUGAGCGCGUGCAUGCAUAUAAGUCAGAGCCCGCCGCAUCUGACCAAUGGUGAACCAGGGUUUUUCCUGGCUCAAAUUGAGGCAGAGGUGGCACCAUCCCGACCAUGCACCAUGACGUGCAUGUAUUUGUAAAUUCAACUGACUCACUUUCUUUCACAGGCAACAUACUUUAAGUUAAGAGUUCAAAAAAGAGUGUGACCAUUAUCAUGUUAAAGCAUUCAUUUAUUAAAACUAUUUACAUACACAAAUCAGCUGGCAACUUUAAAUUGAAAGUACACUUCAUCCACACAUCUCACAACCAGACAGAACAUUUCAGCCUCCUCUUUUUCAUUCUGUAGAACCUCCUCAUGCACUCCUUGUAGUCCAAGGCCUCCUGGUCUGGUCCAUCAACGGCCACCUUACAACAGACAUCCAAGUGCCUCUCCUUCAGUCUGUUCCACAGAGGUGUCUUCACCUUAAACAAAACAAUUCAUCAUGCAUUAAGUAUUUUUGUUUUUAUUCUGAUACAGACAUAAAGAGUGAUAGUGUUUUCAAUCAUAUAUUAUAUAUAUGUAUACGCUGCAGUGUCCUCCCUAAAGAAAAAACGACAACCAAUUAUUUCUUAAACUAUCUAAACUAUGUUAUUUUAGUUUUUGUAACUUUAUUAGUUGAGUGUUUUUAGGUACUACCAUCUUUAAUAUACUUCUCCUUCUCUUCUGCUGCUUUGUGAAUGGCUGUCACCUCAUGUCUUUUUAAUGUGUCCAGCCUGUAGUUGGUUGAUGGCUGUCUCACUAAGGAGGCACAGUGUUGGGGCACAGUGCUUUUGGCAUAAAUAGCAGUGCAUGCCUUCCUCAGUAUGCCUGAGCCAGGUAAAUUGAUUGAGCCACUGCUUGUCAAAGCCACUGGCUCUGUGUUUUUGAGAAGAUCUGGAAAGAGGAAUAAAAACUACGUACCCGUUGGCUUUGCGUUGUUAUGCUCCUAAUUGGAAACUAAUUAAUUAAUUACCCUCGCCUCGCCGACUCGUCCUGUCCUGCAUUCUGACCCUCGCGAUCACCAGUCCCUUGUGAAGUACUUUCAGACCUGACACAAAUUUCCACGUUGUCACCACCAUGAAUUAUAGCAUUUUAACUGCCUGUUACGUUUUUUCUCUGCUGUGUUUCAUCUGGACUCUUGACUUUCCUCCUCGCGAGGUCGCUUUUUAAAGUACUGGCUGAUUUUGCCUGUCAUAACUGCAACGCUAAAAACGGAGGAAACUUUUUGUUUUAAUAAACACGGCAUGCUUGGAUGCAAAACAGAGAAGCAGUAUUUACCUGUUUGUACCAUCCGCCAGGGAAAAUCAGGACGCCGAUAGCACCAACUAGCGGGGAAAAAAAACUUGAAAAAACAUGAUUCGAUCCGUUUCUUCUUCGGUAGAUGCUUCAGGUCUUUCCGGUGCACUGCUGUUGAUAUAGCGCCUCUAUAGUGGCGCAACGCUGCAACUGCAGUUAGAAUACGUUGCUGCUGCAGAGGGACAUCAAUCGCUCAAUCAACACAGCUGGAGCUUUACGCUGUGUUGAGCGAAAUCAAUCGCUCUGGCUGGGGGCGGCACAAAAUUAGGUGGAGGCGGCCGCCACGCAAUUUUGAACGCAGGAAAAACCCUGUGAACAUGGACCAGUCUGGAGCGUCAGAGCAGGCCGGAGACCGAAGGACUGCAGACUUUACAAACGAGGAGCAGGAAACGAUCAUGAGAAAGUAUGGCGAAUUCAAAUGUAUCAUAAACCUCAAAAGCAAUACCGUCGCCACUGCAAAAGCACGGAAGGAAUGCUGGCAGAAAAUUGCCGACAGUCUCAAUGCGUAAAUAAAGUGCGCAAAAAAUCUUUGAUGCCAUUAUUACCCUGAAAUAGUGCUGUUCAACGUGCGCUUUUAACAUGCACCAGACAUGUCUAAUUCAUUUCCAAGAUGAAUUCAUUCAUUUGUUCAUUCCUAUCGUGUUUACAUUUUUUGUGUGAUAUGUCGGCCAUAUAAGCCUUUCAUAAAGGUGGUCAUCUGGAAAAGUAAGUGGGUCCUUGCGGUCCCUGAAAACAGGACAAUGCGAGCACCGAGGUCUAUAGGAUCCUACAAGAACGGACAAGCCAUUUUUCGAUUCCAUUUUUCGCUCAUUGGUCAGUGGGCGGGGUUUUUAUACUCGGUGAGUUCAAUCUGGAACCUAACCUGCCCCGGAGCAGGUUAGCCGUUCAGCGUAUGUUGCCAUGAAGACUCGCCUCGCUAAGAAGUGAACCCACAUCAUAGAACAGGAAACCUCGAACUUAACCUCGAAGUUACCCCGCUAAACAGUAAUCCUGCUUUGUAGAAUAGGCCCCAGUUGUCAGAAGUGUCUACAACUGCUGCUGGGGGGCUUUGGAGCAAGAAGAUGGCGCGUCGUACAGAGUUGUUUUUCUCAUAUAUGAUAUACACGCUACUUUUUUUGCAGAUGAGAUGCACGCUACUCUUCUUAAUCAUGGUUUUUGUUAUGGGGUUAUGGGGAGUGACGCACAUGCAUUGUCCAAUCAUACUCCGACUAUGCUGGUUAUAUGGUAGAGAAAAUUAAAUUCCAAUCGCAUUAUCUGGGUGUCUUAAUCGGAUUUUUCCGACUCCAAUUGGAGUUCUCAAACUCCAAUCAUAGUUGGACAGAGGUGUUUACAUGCACUUCGGUUGUCUAGUCUUAAGGUCCUUACACACCGGGACUAAUGCAAAUAUAUGACGCGAAAUUCCGAAAAUUUCCGGAGGCGAAUUUUGACGCGCCUGACUGUACACAUCAAGCCCGGUGCGAUUUUGCGACUUUCAGGGGGAAAAAAGACGCAUCCCGGGUGGAAGCGAGCAGUGAAAGCACUGAGUGUUUUUCAGUUCUGAUUAGACACUAGUGUUGAGAUGUCUGUCUGUCAUGAUAGCAUGUACUGAGUCGGGGCCAGUACCAGAUGCACAUUAAAUUAUAAUCCAUAAAUGUAAGGUAACAACUGAGACCUUAUGGUGCUGUUACAGCAACGCUGUGAUUGAGUUUGAGACAGUGAAAAUACAUAUGGUAUGUUGUAUCUGAACAGGUUAGUUUACGAGCUAAAGUUACUUAACACAGAAGAAAGUUAAAACUAAUACAUUUAGCAAAGUGUUAAAGCACACAAACUUUCCUUCAGGUUGUUAUCUUUGCAAUGUUUGUGUUUUUUAUCAAAAAGCACUCUGUUCUCCAACAUGUAAACAAUCAGCCGGUCGGCCAUGUUGGAUAUACCGGUGAAUCAGACGUCGCAACCACAUGCAAUCUGAUUGGUCAGAAGUUGACACACAGUAUGCGAAACUUUAGAAAAAUCGACGUGAUCCAGUUGUCCUUUCCAUGCGGUGAUUUUCACUCCAGAGUUACUUCAGUUACCCUUGAAGUAAGGCAAUAAUUCUGUUUUCUCAAGUGUCAUGUAAACGUACUGACUGUGACUGUUGUUGACUUGUUAAAACGGUCUUAAUGUUGUGUGUACUGAUUUAGACCUUCUCCUCCGUCCACAGUAUUCGCAGUGUGAUGCAGAAGUAUCUGGAGGAGCGAGAUGAGCUGACGUUCGACAAAAUAUUCAACCAGAAGAUCGGUAAGUCCGCCAUUCAUGAAAAAGGUUACAGGAAACAAGAUCUGCGUUUCAUGGAUGUGAUUACUUAGUUCAGGCUCCUCUGAAGACAUGCAGGAACACUUUAUAUCUUCAGGUUUUUGUAUUAGCGUUGACUAAUAGUUAAUAAGCCCACAUAAGAGCUUGGAACGUAAAUGAUACUAAUAAAAAAUAAUCACACAUUCACUGUUUCCUUUAAGACACUUACAGGCUCAAGUUCAACAGAAACAUGAACUAGACUUAAUGAGGGUUGAUAACGGAUGACUUGUUGAACACUUGCUCCCGUCAUUCAUGGUCCCCUCAGGAUGAAUCAGACAGAUCGGCUCUCAGCAUGCAGAUCAAACCUGUUUUGUUAGAGACCUGGUUGUUUUCACCCCAACCUUCAGCUCAUUGAUUCUGCUUUUUAGUCACAAGAGGUCAAAGGUGCAUCGACCGACAUCGACUGGGUCAUCAAGUGUUUCAAUAAUAAGGGACUGAGAGCCAACGCAGGAAUCUGGUUGUCCACUGAACCUCUAAGGAGAUCUUUAAUGAACCAGGUUUCUGCAUACAGGUUAGAAAAAUCCGCUCUGAGUAGGGCUGGGCAAUGUGGGAAAAAGUUAAUCACGAUGUAUUUUUUCCAUAUCAGGCGAUAUCGAUAUAUAUCACGAUAUAAAAAAUGAAGUUUAACAGUGUUUAUUGGUAGCAUAUCUUUUGCAAUACAAUAAUCUACUGCAUUUGUGAGGUCUGUAUGUCACUUCGACUUUUUGUCAUAAGGCGUUGCGCUAGAGAAAGCAGACUGAAUGGUCGGCUGUUUCGGCCGCACAGGCGCCAUGGGUUCCUUGCUCCACUCAGGGUUUGUAACCUUUUGCGUUGCGCAUGCUUUGCGGCAUGGCGCUGCUUCAAGUGGUAUUCCCCGACUUGGUGAGAACAUGUACUCGACAAAUUUACUCUGCUUCAGGUCCGACCUCAAAAAACCAAAAUACCUCCACACCACCGACGUUCUCCUGCCAGUGUUGUCGACAAUGUUGUCAUCUGUUGAGCCUUCGUCGUUAUUUCUGUUGGGGAUCGCACUCAUUUUCUUUUUUUCUCACCAACAGUGCUGUCGGCUUCAUUUGUUAAAGUGCUAUAGUUGCAUGUAGCUGCUGUCUGCUACUACGCAGUUGUUUGAUACUUGGUUCUAAUUCAGCACAUGAUUGGUUCAGCACAAAGUGGACCGGGAGCAACUCCCUUUUUCACUGGCUAUUGGUAUAGUCUACCAAAACAUGGCAGAAUGGCAAUUAUCGAGAAGCAUAUUGACUAUGUUUUAUAUUGAUAUUGAGGGAAAUUGAUUUUCGAUAUACAUGGUUAUCAUUUUAUCACCCAGCCCUAUCUCUGACUGUCCUGGAUUAUUCAAAGCUUCAGUUUCAGCUGAAGUCCUGAUGUAUUCAUAGACUUGAUAUUAGAUUUUACUCUUUUGUGUCGAGUGUGUUGGCUCGGCCCUUAUUGUCCUCCAUUUUGGCUCCUGGUUCUGAAACAGUGACCCUGAACCCAUCAGUCUUUCUAUCUGUGCACCAAACCACAAAAGCACCCCACUGACCUCCUGACGCAGCUUUUUUUUUUUUUAACCUCCGUGGCACUAAAAUAGUCCUAAUUAAGGAGGGAAUGGAUGUUAUGUUAUAGACAGAAAUGUCCUUAUUGAUCCUGUUUAUCGGCCCCAUUCCUCAUCAAUACUCUUAUUGAUUCAUCCUCAGUUUUCUGUGGGGGGGUGGUGAUGGAGGUGGGCGCUCUCUGGUUUUUCAGCAUCGAUGAAACUGUUUUUAUGGAUUCAUUGAGGAGAGCAGACUUCUUAACGUCUCUGAAGCACCUGCACGAGGUUAAAGGUCAGACUGUCUCUGAGAAUAUUGGCCAUGUUGAGGAUGUUUCACCGCAGAGCUUCGUCCAAUCAGGCAGGGGUUUAGAUUCCUGUAGAUCAGAGUUCUCCUCUAAAUCCAGAUUUGGAUUUUCUGAGUCUCUGAGCUUCUGUGAUGUCUAGAUCUAUGUUAUUUCUCGUAACCAUGAGGAGGUUUUGAUUUCGCUUCGUUGAUGCGGCGGUUAAUACCGAGCGACACGUUUCCUGCUUCCUCCUGCCCAGCUGUCUGCUGCCCCACCUGCCCGUGUGGCGCCUCCUCCUCUGAGUCCGGGUCCUCCGAGUGUUUGCGCUCCUGCAGACGAGCGGUGUGCUGCUGGUUGUGGCGUAUCAGGGGACCACAGCCGCCCUGCAGGCUUCUACUUGGUUUACUUACUGUUCUAGGUCUCAGCCCCCCUGUGAGAAGAGAGCGCGUUAAUUCAGCCUGCCUCCUUCUCCACAUCCUCCUCGGCUCUCUCUCUCUCUCUCGCUUUUCACACCUGUGUCUUCUCUUAGAUCUCUCUCUCUCUCUCUCUCUCUCUCUCUCCUCUCAGUUUCAGAUCAAGUGCUGUGACUGUUUCAGUACAAAAAUGUCUACAGGCUCCCGCCUGGAGACCGCUGUCGUUGAGUGUCCCCAUAAACUUGAACCUCUUUGGGGUUUUGGAUUGAAGCCGGGACAGAGGAUAGUGAUCUGAUAAUGUCACCUCCAUCUCAGAGGAACCGUGAAUGUCAUUUUUCACUUUUCUCUGACAUUUCACAGAACAAAGAGUUAAACUGUUAAUGAGGGGAAACAGUCAAUUAACAGAACGUGGGGUAGAUUCAGUCUCAGGGCGGAUACUGGAGUCAGAGCUCUGCUUUUGGUCCCAUGAAAGAGCUUCUCCUCUGCUCUAAACAGCGGAUAUUUUCAUGAUUAUCUGGUUAAAUUUGUUGAAAUAGUUGAAGGCUGCAGAGAUGCCCACACAGAGCGAUACGUUCACCUUUGUCUGACCGAGGUGAUCCUAUAAAUAACCCUGAGGUUUUCUCAUAAUGACUAAUAUUUUAUUUUGAAACACUCUGAUGUGCUCGCAGACUUUCAGACAUGUAGCUCUGCACACUUCCUCCUCUCUGCUGCAGCGUGUUACAGGAAAGUCUGGACAAACUUUACAUUGACAGUGGCGUACGCUGAGACUCCAGGUCUUCAGUCAAACUCCUGGAAUAAUCCUCGAGUUUAUCUCAAGGCGGACUGUCACCCUGACCUCAUCAGUCCCCUCCUCUCUCCUCUCCUGACCUCCUCUCCUCCCCUCCGUCCUCUCCUGCCUCCUCACAUCACAGCCAGCUGUGUCCUCUGGUUGCUGCUGGUCAUUAGUCCAGCUCUCAGAUCUCAUUAGUCAAACUUGUAGGAAACACUCGUUAGCAGGCGGGUCGAUGUUGCUCUGCCUCUGGGACUUUGACAUUCCAGGUAAUCAACAGGCAGCCGUCCCCGCCUCAUUCCUCGGUUGCUCUGGUCUCCACUCAUGCACAUCUCUUACAGCGGUGAGCUGAGCACCGAACGAGGACUUCCUCAUGCCUCGGUACGGUCUGAGGUGUCACUAAAACACCAGUCAGCGGGGACGGACGUGUCAUUACUACCAAGAUCACUUCAGUCGUGUAGGAGCUCUGUGUUUGGAAAGGUCCGCAGAAAAGGUCUUGAGUUGUGAAUGAAAACAACAACAUGAUGGAAAAAAGUCAACAUGUGCAACAAAAUCGAGAAAUCAGCAUUGGUUCUGAGAGGGGAUACUGACACCCAAUUUUCACAGCUUCUGGAACGGAAGCGAUUUUCACCAUCCGCCAAUUCCUACCAGAUCCGUUGGUGAGACGAAUUUUGUGGCAGAUUACUGACAGCGGUAAUCGCGAGAACUCAAAAGAACCUGCGGAUUCAUGUGCAAUCGCGCGCUAUUGAGUUGUCUCUAUAAAGACAGCCACAUAGACAUAUAAGCAGUAGAUUGUGUCCUUCCAGAGGAGGAAAUCUACUUCUAGACUUCUAGAAUCAUCAUCUCCUCAUCCAUGGUGUCAUCAGGGUGAAAUGACGUCUGUAAACCUUUCGCUUGUUCAUCUCCGCCCCUUUGCAUGGUGUGAAAUAUGAUCCACCUGAAACACGGGGUGUUUUAUUUUGAAAAGAAGCCGGAUGUUUUAUUUUGUGUCUGUGCCCGACUUCCUUUCCAGCAUGGGUUAAUCUGUGCUGAAUUUAUGCGGCAUGCUCCAGCGUCCGGAAAAAAUAGAACUCUUGCGAUCAGCUGUGGAGUCCAGCGAUCCGCAGCAGAAUGGAAAGAAGCGGUGGAAAUUGACGCAUUAACUUGAAUGGUUACGAUCAGCUAUGAUCGGGGGAUAUGGCCUUUUCGCAGCUGUUACGGAUGUGGUGGAAAUUGGGGGUUAGAGUCCUGUUGGGGGCGUUGGUUCAGCUUGGUGGUUAAAUCUUUUUUAGAGGCCACAGUCCUAAAGUAUUGACCUCGGGUUGACACGUCAUCCCUCACUUCCUGUUCCCUAAUCUUCAGUCUAUCCACCGUCCUGUCCUUUUAAUAAAGGCACGACAACCCAAAAAGUCCAGAAGACCCCCAAGAGAAACUGUGAGAACUCUGAGAAAUGAUACUCAAGCAGACUGGGGUAAUUCAGGCAGAUGAACUCGGCAAGUGGGAACAUCUGAGGAACCUCUGUAAGAAUUCUAGCCGGAGAUCUGAGGGAGGGUUCUUGGUCCAGCCUAACAGGACUGGUGGCUCUAUCAGGAUUUAGUAACUGAUACUGAUGUUCAAAAUACUCAAUCAGUGUUGUUGUGCUCACACAGUGUGAGUAGAAUCAUUAGUGGUGCAUUGAUAUUGAUGAUCAUGUGAAAUUUCAGUGCAACAGAAGAGGACGCAGAUCCAGUCUGUGCGUUACAUGUUCUCUCUGCCCGGUCUUAUUAAGGGAACAACAGGCAGAUCUGAAAGCAGUGAGGAGCACAGACGGCUGUGAGUCUGAGAGCAGCACAAAGUGUGUGCGGCGUCCACAUUUGAAUGGGAAAUGUUCAACUUUGCAUGUCAGAGGACAUAGCGGUCUAAUGUGGCAACAGGAAAUGGUUACAGCAAUACGAACAGUAACCACAGGCCUAAACCUGCAGACUCUCUCAGAUGGAUAAGUAUACAAACGAUCUGACUGCACUUCUGUUCAUCACUCUGAAUGUGAACGUACUGAGAGUUCAUGUUAAAAGCACGAAGGACAGGUUUAAAGCUCACGUCCUUCAUGUUUAUAGUUUGAUUUGUUUUCGAUCUUCAUGGACGACAAAAAGACAAAGGCUCAUUCACACUGAAAUAACUGCCCCGCCUCCAUCACUGUAAAGAUAAAGGAGGGAGACCUUGACCAACCUGACUUAUUGGAGCCAGAAUGACUAUCUUUGUCAGUGAGGAUCGAUUUUUUUAAGUUUCUGUAAAUGGAAGGAAACAAUAUUCUUCAAAACUGUCGCCUGGCCUCUGGGUUUAUCCUACAAAACGACUUUAUUUGUGUGAAAUUUGUAGAAAAGUUCAGCAGUUAUUCUUUCAUAAUUCUAGAGGGGACACACAGACCUGAAUCUCAGACCUGAACUUCACUGAAGCUGUGAUCAGACCAGAAGAGGAGAAACUGUAGUCCUGUUGAAGUUCAAACACAAUAUCAUUCAUGCUCAAAACGUCCAUGUCAGAAAUGUUAAAAACCUGAUAAACCACAGACUCACUCAGCUGGGUUAGUCUCCCCUCCUCCUCUAUGACCGUAUUUAGAUCAAAUUAAAACCACAACCCAGUUUAAGGGCUUGUGAUCUGGACCAUGUUUCCUCUGACAGACACCUUCUACCAGGGUUCUGCUUCAGCGUCAGAGCAAUUCUCAGUUAGCCUGCAUGAGGUCUCAGUUUCACUGUAUCUGAUUCCACAGUCUCAGUUUUGCUGUAUCUGAAUCCAUUAAGUCUCAGUUUUACUAUAUCUGCCUCCCCUGAGUCUCAGUUUUACUGUAUCUGACUCCAUUAAGUCUCAGUUGUACUGUAUUUGCCUACCCUGAGUCUCAGGUUUACUGUAUCUGACUCCAUUAAGUCUCAGCUGUACUGUAUUUGCCUACCCUGAGUCUCAGUUUUACUGUAUCUGACUCCAUUAGCUUCAGUUUUACUGUAUCUGCCUCCUCUGUCUCAGUUUUACGGUAUCUGACUUCACACAGUCUCAGUUUUACUGUAUCUGACUCUUUUGAGUCAUGGCUUUACUGUAUCUGACUCAUCUGAGACCCAUUUUUACUGUAUCUGAUUCCACAGAGUCUCAGUUUUACUGUAUCUGACUCCACACAGUUUCAGUUUUACCUUAUCUGACUCUUUUGAGUCAUGGUUUUACUGUAUCUGACCCCACAGAGUCUCAGUGUCACAGUUUCUUCUCCACUAAAACUUGUUUUCCUAUUUAAUAGUCCUAGUUAGACCGUUUCAGCCAGAUUAUAAAUGGUGUGUGUUUGAUGUUAUUGACACUGACUUUGUUCCAGAGCUCAAAUGUUGUAGAUUUUGGCCUUGAUGCUUGCUCUUACUCAUGGUUUAGAGUGUUUCUGUUUGCGUGUCCUGCUCACCAGUGUCCCCAUAACCCUCUUUUCUGUCUGAAGAACAUCUCUGUGUUCACCUGCAGCUGAAUCUUCUAGUUAAUGAGCAACAGGACAGAAAUGCUGCAGUCUGAACCUCUGCGGUUCAAUUUGAGGACAAAGCGUCAGGCGACUCUUGUGUGAUGUAGAAAGAUCUGCCUUUCUUGGACAGCAGAUUUCAGACACUCGGAGCUGAAUUUGUCCCUCUGACCUGUACAGUCAUUUUAUUUCAUAUCUUGUGUGUUUUGGCCUCAUGUCUUCGGACUCUGGUAGAAAACCUGUUUUUGUGAAGCACACAAAAGUUUUUCAGAAAUCUCUUUUUCUGAAGCUUCACCUGUAUCAGAUCUCAUUUAUUAUUCAUCUGUUUUUGGAUCUUGUCAUGAGUCUUUUCCUGCCAACUCGCUCUCUUUUGGAGGUUCAUUCCAUUCAACAGCUGCAGGAGCCGGGCUGUGAGUUUGCCUCUGAUUUCAGUCAUCUCUUCAGGCUCCAUCCUUGAGCUCGACGAGCCUUGUUGUUGACUGUCAUGACAACCAAGGACGGGACCAAGACUCUGCUGCUGGAAUGUCUUUUCACCUUGAGGGGCGAGCUGCAGUGUGUGCAGGUCGGUUUUAACACGCAGAAAUCACUUUUACACAUUAUUCAUGUCUUCAGAGAUGCAGCAAACAUGGACCGGGUCAGGUGUGUCUGCAUCGUCUCAGCUUUUUAUGAAUUCAUUAGGAGUGUGUCCUUCGCAGUCUUUGGCUCUCUGUGAACUCCACAGUCCUGAGGGGGUGUGAGUCUGCGUCCUAUUUUUAUUUCUUGUUACACAGCUGAAGAAAGCUGCGCUCAGGAGACCCACCUGCCCUCUCAGCAGCCCGGCCUGAGAAUGAGUCCAGUCCACAGAUCCAGUAAAAUCAGGGUCAGGCACAAUGACCAUUAUUAAUGGAUGCUCUCUGAACACUAAAUUUAGCGUUCACGCUGGACAACACUUUUUCUUGAAAAGGUUCAUCAAAUAUGAAAAUGAAGUAUAAAAACUGGAGUCACAGAUGAACACCGGUCUUCACGGUCUGCUGGAGUCUCUUCAGUCCAGGAUGAGGUCUGACUGUGAAGGAUUCUUGAUCUUCAGCCCAAGGAAGAUCCCAGUCAGGUCUUUCUGGGUCUUUCUUUUGGAUUGGGAGUCUGCAGAGUCAGAUUUCACGUGCAUGAUCGUGAAGAAAGGAAUCUUUAAGGAAAUCAUUAAGAUAAAAUGUAAACGAUGUUGAUGGAUUGAACCAUUUCGAACCGGUUCUCAACAAGAACCGGUUCUCGAUUCCCAUCCCUACACACACACGCACACACAGCUGUUCUGUCCUGUUUGCUUCACCGGCUCAUACCUCAGGACUGCAGCCCCUAAAGGGACCCUGUUUUGAUAUAUCUUGGAUUAAAUCUGGUGUUUAAGGCUAUGUUCACACUGCAGGUCAAUUCCAAUUUUUCAACUGAUAUCUGAUUUUUUCAUGUAAGUGUGAACAGUGCAAUUCAGAUUUUUUCAAAUCUGACCCAGGCCUCUUUUGUAUAUGGAUAUGAAUCGGAUAUGUAUCUGAUGUGACUGCAGUGUGGACGCUCAGGUCACGUUCAUCCGACCUAUACGUCAUCAAUAUGCGACAAACGUCACCAUUGUUCGACAACACAAACGGGCGCAGAAAGCAAUUUGUGCUUUGUGCACAUGCGGGUCACUUCACGGAUGCAUUCCGUGCACAUUAGAUGCCGCAUUCAUUGUUGUAAUGUGAACAACCGCACAAAAAGAUCGGAUUUAACGAAAAAUGCGACUUGUGCAUCAUAACCUGCAGUCUGAACGUAGCCUUAAUUCUGACUCUUUUCUGUCACAUGUUCUUUUGAAAGUCUGUGUGACCUCAGCGGGUGUGUGGGUGCAAAUAUUGACCAUGGCAUGAGUUUUUUUUCUCCUUUUCUCUGUGAGUGUUUCUGCAGCGCCUGCUUCAGAGAUGUUUGAUUAGUAAUGCCUGCUAAGAGCCACAGUGUUAUGACGCCAGUCCAGAGCGACACGUGCCCCUUAACAGGCAUCACGAAUCGAGCGCUGUUUUGUUCAGUCCAACUUUUACAUAAAUGAUCAGAUCUCAGCCUAAUGCUCUAAACUCUCAGUGCAGAUAUUUUCUUCUUAGUUUGGUCCUUACUCUCUGUGACAGAGAGUCAGAGGAGAGAUGAAAACACACAGAAAAUGUCAAGAGUGACGACGAUGAUGAUGUAAAUGUGGAUGCAGCGGCGGUGCAGACGGGCAUGGCUGACAGACUUUGAUUGGCUCUGCUUCAAAAAGUGACACAUUGGCUGUAAGGAAUCAGCGUUUACUGAGCAGCUGAGAUCUGGUUCUUCUUCAUUUUUGGUGGACGCUGCUGAAGUUUCGGCGGUGAAAAAACACCAAACUCUCCCUUUAACUUCUAAACUUUGGGAUUUGACCUCCAACAUCAGACUUGAAUCAUGAAAUCAGGAAAGGUAAAACUCAAAAAUCAGCUUCAGUGCUUUAGCAGUGAACAUGUAGAUCUUGAAGCUUCAGAAGUUCCUUUCAGUCACUUUCUGUAGUGAUUGAACCACAGUGUGUGCAGGUCCAGCCAUCUGCGAGUACGUCAUUGUUUUGAGUCAGUGAUGUGCAGGAGGUCAGAUCUUCGGAACGUGUGGACGUCUCCAUGAUUCAGAAAAAACAAAAUGAGUUCAUGACGGAGGUGAGCGAGUGAAAGAUGAGGCUGAGGACUGAUGGAGACCAGGAGAAACACAGGAGAGGGGAAUCGAGGUACUCAAUAUAGGCGCUGUGUUUAAUUUGGAUGGCAUCUUCUCCUCCUCACUGCCACUCUGCUCCUCCUCCUCCUCCUCCUCCUCCUCCUCUCACGCUACAUCCAUCUCUUCUCCUUCUCUUUUUCUCUUUUAUUCCUCUUUGCUUCCUCCUUCUCCCCGUUCCCCUUCUCCUUCUCACCCUCUCUUCUUAUUUUUCCCCUUUCUCCCUCUUUCCUCCCUCUCCUCCUUUUUUCUUCUCUUCUCCUCUUCCUCUCUUCUUCCCUCGAUUUCCCCCCCUUCCUCCCCUCUCUCUCCUUCUCCCUUGUUUCUCUCACUCUCGCCUUGGCAUCCUCUGUCUCCAUCUGUCAGACUUCUGGAAUGGAUGAUGGAGAGUCGCCCGUUGCCUAGCAACUGAGGUUGCCAUGGUAACGCGCUGCAGAACUGCUGCAUUUGCUCGUCGACGGGGAGAAAUGAAAUUGAUUAAAGGAGGAAUAAAAUAGGUGAUGAGGACUGGAGAGAGAGAGAUGAGGACGGUGAUAAAAGGAGGGCAGUAAACGCAACCGACCCAGAGCGGUUUCUUUUCCGAUUUUACCCAGAAUGCAACGUUUUCCUGCAGGCCAGGAUGCGUAUGUCAACAGACUGUCCCCGCCUCCGGUCCUUCUCACGUCUGUCCUUUUAUUCAUCCAUCAUGAUUCACACAAUCUGCACUUCAGAGGAAUCAGAGCUCUGCCGGUUUGACUCCUCACAUGAUUUCUCAUAAAGAAAAGAGCGCUCUCAUGUUUAAUACAGUCAACAAGUGCAGCUGCUGCAGACGCCGCCGCCGCUGCAGUAUGAGGGUGAGGAUGCUGCUGCUGCAGAGAUGGUGCGCUGACCACACCAACCCCAAAUAACCUCUGUAUUCACCGCCUCCUAAUGUGGGGCUGGAGCAGGAAAAAUGCAGUGUGCCAUGACAGGGUUCAGAGUGUGAUUAUAAUCCAACAUUAAAGAGAGAAUAUGAGCUUGGACUGUUUCUGGAUCUACCUGCUGUUUCACUCAGUACCUUCUUGGGCUGGGCGAUAAACCAAAAAUAUACCGAUACCAAAAUUUACGACAAUAACUAACGUCAUUUUUCCCACAUCAGUAUAUUCUGUGUCAAAAAAAUAAAUAAAUCAAAGUUGGUUUUGGAUGUGUGUAGGUAGGCUAUGGUCUCAUGUCCCUUUAAGACGCUAUCCUACAUCAGGAGAUGGAGGACGGUUCAAAAGUUGUAGCGGCUGGAGCAGCGGCUGAAGUAGAAAAAGUUAAUGUAGGAGGGGGUGAGCAGCUUGUAGAGUAGUUAUCGUCCAUUUAUUGUUAUCCAGGUGAACUGAUCAAUAUAUCGUGAGAUUGAUUUGAGGCCAUAUCGCUGAGCCCUAGUACCUUCCUGUGUUUGCAGCAUGUCCCUCCUGAAUCCAAAAUAACUGCUGAUGUUUGUCACUGUUAAGUUGGCAUCAAUUAAUCUAAGAGUAUUCGGGCUUCAUGUGACAGAAAACAUGGCUGUAAUAAUCCAGCCUCAGUCUGACAGGUUUAAUGUUCACACUCUGAGUAAAAAAGCAGUGAUUUUCUACCUCAUGUAGUUCUAGUUUCAUGGCUUAUCAGGGCUCGACAGUGCGACUGUUUCACUCACAUUUGCGACUAAAAAUAGAUGUGUGAAUUGGGAAAUGUAUUUAGGGGUAUGUGUUAGGGCCCGACCGAUAUGGAUAUUUUGGGGCUGAUGCCGAUACCAAUUGUAAGGGGGGAAAAAAAUCAGAUUACCAAUUAAUCGGAUGAUUUUUUAAAAUUUUUUAUUAAGUUAUACAAAAUAUAUAUUUACUGUAGAGAUCUACAGUAUACUUCAUACUGUAGAUAUACUUCAGGCUAGGCCUGCACGAUAUAUCGUUUGAGCAUCGUCAUCGCGAUGUACGUGUGCGCAAUAGUCACAUCGCUGAGCCUGCGAUGUUGGAGGUGAAUGAACUCAUCUAAUUUCAAGGGUAACUGACUGAGAUACACUGCAUGUGACUCUGCAUGUGCUUUGCAGCGAUUCAACAAUUACCUUCGUUCUUUACUCAGUUGCCAAUCAGACUACCCUGCCAGCUGUCAAUCAAAAUCAGAGAGGAGGAAACCCACCCCUGCACAUGGAGUGAGUCACUGGCGCUGCCGGAGUUGAGCCAAGAAACACAUGUCCGCUGAGAAUUACUUUCGGAACAUUACUCAUCACUGUUUAGCCCAACAAACAAGAACUGUAUGGGUUUUAAAUUGUACAUUUCCAUGGACCACUCUACUACAAGCAGUGCGCGUUUUGUGAGGUGCAUGCAAAUCUCGGAGGACAUGCGUUUCUCAGCACAACCCCGUUAACAACAACAACGAUUGCAAACUGAGCAACAAACAGAGAAGACCACCAAAGAUGAAGACUUGGCAUGGCUUUGGUCUCUCACUGUUUUCAUCUGUUGCCACAAUAACGCCCCAGAACAAUAAAAGCUAAAAUAUCUCUGAGACAGAAGCCAAUCUACUAACAUUCACAAAAAGAGGUAAGAUCAGUGCAGGUUUACUGUCCUCAAAAUUUCAGCAGAAAGUGAUAUUCAGGUCAUCUGGUGAAAAUUCCUGUAUUUUUUAAUAUCGCAAUAUAUAUGGCAGGGUUGAAAAAAUUUUUUUCCAGUAUCGUGCAGCCUUACUUCAGGCUACUGCUCUUCACGCCGACAGGAAGAUCGACUGAUGAAACUCCGACCAGAAAAGCGUUUUCAACUCGCCGAUAAAUCGGUCGGACCCUAGUGUGUGUGCACAUAAAAAAAAUCAGCCGAGGUGACAAAUGUUUUUUCCUGUAAAUACCGCAGUGAGGUUAGUUUUAGGAAUAACAACAGCAGCGUGGUUAAAUGUACUUGGCACCCUCGCUGUCAACAUUGUGUGUUGAAUAAGGGACCAUCAAUAAAUUACUGGUUGAUGUUCUCACAAAAGGCUGUUUUCCUUCAAUAGCUUCCAUGUCAUGUGACCAAUUGACCUAAAAUUGAUUAAAAAAAAACGUACUAAGGUCUGACAAUAAGACACACCUCUUUAUUUCCCUAAUUUGUCCUCUAAAAUAUUUGUGUUAAAUUUAAAGGAAAAUUUUGCACAUCUUCUUCCAUAGCUUCCAUGUCAUGUGACCAAAAGACCUAAAAUUGAUUUCAAAUAAUAGUACUUACGUCGCCCAAUUAGACACACAUUAUCUGAUCAAUUUUCAUUGUGCCCCUAAAGUUCUUUGUGUGCUCCUUACUUUUUCAACUUAGAAGCAAAUGGUAGUGUCAAGCUAAUACAGGUAACUCAGAGUGCGUCUAAAAAGUCACAGGACAGGAUGAGCGUGAUGAGAGAGGCUGUGGCCAUCAGGAGGGUCAACCAACAACUGCAAAGUUAACUUUGGUAUCAUACAAAACUCACAACUAAAGAAGAAAACAUGAAUCAGCGGAUGAUAGCAAUAACCACAGUAUUACUCCACCUGAGUCUCACGCUAACGCUAAAGGAUGCGUACGUGAGUUUUUUGCACAGAUUUUCUGCAGUAGAUCCACAAAGAUGCUGACGUAUGACUGCAGGUUUGCUUCUCACACUGAACCGAACAACACCUGCAUUUUGUUGCUUCAGUGUGUGAUUUCAGACGGCACAGAGGCGCCAGGUAGCAAACAGAUGACGUAGGAAACCAUGUUAGCCUAAUGUAAAACACACGCUUCAGGCGGGGACACUCGUUUGGUCCCACGCAUCAAGGAGGUUCGUCUCAUCUUCUCUUUUUCAAACUUGUUAUUAAGUGUGAGUGAUCGCUUUCUCUAAAACAUGAACUGACACCGCUGACCAAUCAGAGCGUCCGCCUGUCCCCGCCUGUUUUAAACGCUCUGAAGACAGUAGCACCUUAUUCUCCUCCUCCUCCUUCUCCAGCUCCACAGAGACAGAUGUCAGCUUUUCGCUUUGUUGCCCACUUUCCAUUUUCCCCCUGACCCAAACUGCCCCCCCCCCCCCCCCUUCUAGAUUUUGGCUGCAGGCUUGUGUGUGUGUGUGUGUGUGCGCGCGCAUAUGUGUGUGUGAUCUCUUAGCUCACCAUGUGUCCCUCAGUCUGUUUGUCUUUGUCCGUAAUUGUCCGCCCUGAGCUGCCUCAGCAUGGCUUUGGUCUCUCACUGUUUUAAAGAUGGAAACCGGUGGCUCACAUUAAAGAAAUACAGAGAGUGGUUUUGACCCGGGUUUUUACACACUUUAGGGUUUGAGCAGCUAAUAGGCCUAAAAGUUUAGUAAUUGCACUUGCAGAUCGCUUGAGCCAGCAUCUGCAAGUUUGGCAGUAAGUUAAUCCCCUGAUCCACUUCUCUAAGUUCUUGUUUUUGUCUCUGACAGACUCAGAUUGUUUUCACGUUAAAGAAAAGAGUCCUGUAGAAACGGACCUCUGCGGCCCUUAAUCUGUUUGUGUUUACCUGGACUUGAGUGUUUUAUCCUGGUUUGGAUCAGAACAAGCUUUUACAUGCACACACUUCAGAUAAACUCGUUUUACUGCGUCUUAUUUACUCAUUUUUACGACACUAGCCACAGAAAAGGAAAUUAGAUCACUGAAGGUUCAGCAACUUUGAAUAACAGUAAUCUGUGGGACUGCAGUGAUCGAUUAUUACAAUGAUCAAGUAUACAAUAGGGCCCGACCGAUUUAUUGGUGAGCCGAUUAAAUCGGCCAAUUUUAGCCUGUUUGAGACUAAUCGGUUGAGAAUGCUUUUCUGGUCCGAGUUUGAUCAGUCGGUCUUCCUGUCAGCGUGAGGAGCAGUAGCCUACAGUACAUCUACAGUAUAUAGUAUACUGUAGAUAUUUACAGUAUAUAUAUAUAUUUUUUAUAACUUCAUAAAAAUGUAAAAAAAUUAGCCGAUUAAUUGGUAAUCGGAUUCCCCCCCCCUAAUAAUCGGUAUCUACAUCUGCCCCAAAAACAGUAAUUAUUGCCAUUAUUCUGGCAAUUGAUCAAAUAAUCGGAUCAGAAAUGCUGCAAAUAAAAAUAAAAAUAAAAAUAAAAUAAAAUAAAACUAAGAGGUGACGAAGCAGAGCAGAAACUUGAGUCCCAUAAAAUCUGUGAAAAGGCGACUCUUGUACCUGCAGGAUGGGGCUUACAGGAGGAUUGUUGGAUGAGAAGAUUUCACGUGGAAUUUAGGGUUAAAACAACAACAGUAAUGGAAAAAAACGUCUUUUCUUUAGAUAUAGAGGACGACAGAUGCAUGUAAUGAAUAAAGUAUACAGGAAAAUGAUCAGGCAUGUCUGUGAGAUUCUAACCACACUAACAGUGACCCCUCACACAGAUUUUAAGGAAAGCUAGAUUUUGUUUCAUUAACAGAUAUUUUUCUUUCAUUUUAACUUGUAUUCAAUUUUUAACCACAACAAUACAAUGUAUACAUCUCAAUAUCAAUCAAUACAAUACAUUUCUUUUCAAUUUUCCAGCUGUAUGUGUAUUUUUACAAACAUCCACAGAUGAUGUAGGAUUAAAUCAUAGAAAUUAAUCAUAGUAAUCAUCACUAAUAAACAAUGUCCACCCCCAAGUACAGAUUUAUAGGCACAGAUUCUAGUCAGAGGCAGGAUGACAGUAUUUUGAUAUGGAUAGGAAGUACUUAUACCAUUAACAUAAACUGUCAUUGCAUCGUAAAGGUACCAAAAGUUCCCAUCUUUCAAUAAAGGAGGCCCUCCGACGCCUUAGUUAAAAUGUGAUCUGCUCCAUUUGAUAAAUAUCCCAGACUUUUGGAAUCCAGAUAUUGUGUGAGGGAGGUUCUGAUGGUUAUAGACUUCAAGGCUGCAGUCAGUAAUACGUUUAAGAUGUAUUUUUCUGACCUCUUGUCUAAACCUUUAGGCAUUACUCCCAGUAUUACAACAUUAGAGUCUUGCGGGAUGUCUUAAAAACCUCCUUCAGGGUGUUGAAAACCUCCAUCCAAAACACACUUAAUUUAGGGCAUAGCCAAAAUAUGUGGCUGUGAUUAGUUAUAUUAACAGAGUUAUUUUCAUGUUAUCUGAGGUUCAGUUUGAGCCUGAGUGGUGUUACAGAUAGAGUUUAUCCACAUGUUAAUAUUUUGACUCCUCUUUCCAUCCUGACCUCAUUUGCUUGGCUGUACGUCUUUGUAAACUGGCAUCCUGUUUCCUGUUUACCACGCUCUGAAAGGUCAGCAUUUGGAUGCUCUCUACCCCCUAAACUUCCACUUAUAUUUACGUCUCAAAAACACAAUUCUUUGUUGCUUCAGGAGUAGGAUGCUCUCUUGGUUCAGACUUUGGUUUUCCAUGGAUGCCAGUGGAAGCUCUCAGGAUGAAGAUAUACCCUUUUCAUCACUCUCUGACUGUCAGACUAUCAUAUUCGUUUUGCUAAUCGCCUGCGCAGACUGUCUCUCCAUCUUCUUGUCCUCUUCAUUCUUGGGUCCUAUUCGAUCUCAGCCCAGAAGUCUAGAUCCUGUUCUUGCGUCGCCUCUCCUCUGCAGCGUGGGAACUCUGCUGUCUUUAAAAACUGUAGCCUCCCAGUGUUCAUAGUCUGAUCGGUGUUGUUGCAGAGGACAGAGUGUUCAAAUAUUCAGACAAAGCUGCAGUGUUGGUGAGUAUAUUUUAAUGCAGCCGGCACUGUAAACAGUCAGACGUGCACCAGGACGAGACAUCCGCUCUGUAAUUUGUUUUAAGUUUAAGAGUAAACAGUCCUGUAGUGAUAAAGGGAGAAGCUGUCAUAAAAACACUAGGCCUGCUCCAGCUGUAGGGCCCGCAGUUUCACGUGUCGGCCCUUUAAAAUGAUCUAUUACCACCUGAUUGAUAAGAAGAGUGUUUAUAAGAGGAGCAGACGGCUGACAAGUCUGUAAAGUGAAAAUUAAACCCACCAACGUGCGGCACAUUGCCCUGCCUUUGCCGUGUCCUAUCUGGAGGUUAGCGCAUAUUCAUUUGAGACCUCAUGUUUCCUGUUGCUCUUUGGUAAUAAGAUAAAAAUGAGGCGAUAAUAAAAAAACUCCAACGGCUGAAAUGGGAUUUGCUCGGCUGAUCAAAGCUUAAUGGCGUCUGAUAAAUAUUUGAUCAGAGAUUGUUAUAUUCCGCUCCGAUCUCAUGUUCCCGCUGCUCUCCAAGGUUUUCAUCACCAUCAGCACAUGGAGACUAUUUUCUUUUCUGUCUUUUAACUUAAACAUCAGUGCGCUCAGGAGGACUGACUGUGAGGAGUCGGAGUUGAUUCAUCUGAAGAACUUCAGCUGAAAGACUAUAUACAAUUUUAAAUGAUCCUGUAACAUUUAACCUGAGACCAACUCCCACACCCAAACCGAAAAUUUACAGAUACCGAAAUUUACAACAAUAACCAAAGUCAUUUGUGUAGGUAGGCUAUGGUCUCAUGUCCCUUUGGAGGGAUAUUCCAGCGUAAAAUUUAUUUAGGGUCAAACACACAGUAACACAGAGUUAGACACCCCCUCCAGAGAUGAAUGUUGCAGACCGCUUGCUUCUCUAGUUAUACCAACUUGCAUUUCCAUGAAGAAAUGGAGACGUGACUCCACCCCAUACAGUCUGUAACGAAGAGGGAAAGACAGGUGAGGAGAUGGAGGACAGUUCAAAAGUUCUAGCAGUUGAAGUAGACGAAGUAAACGUAGGAGGGGGUGAGCAGCUUGUGGAGUAGUUAUCGUCCAUUUAUGGUUAUCGAGGUGAACUGAUCAAUAUAUUGUGAAAUUGAUCUGAGGCCAUAUCGCCCAGCCCUACUCUCCAGUUCAGGCUUUGAGACCCCUGAACACGACCAUGUCAUCAUGAGGUUGUUGGUAACCAGCAUGUUACUAACGAAACUGCGUGCUAGCUUGUAGUGAUCCAAACCCCUCCAAAGUGCAGAACAGGAACAGCUUUAUUCCAAAGAUGUCAAAGGUGAACAAAUGUAGAAGAAGAUGAUGAAGACGAUGAUGCAGGAAAAAAAACUCAGACAUCUUAAGUAGCUGGUCCAAAUCCCCACUCAGGAUUCUGCUCACUUUCUUAAAGUGACAGUCGUUUCUAACAUAGAAAUUAAAUCAAUCAAACAUACUAAAACCACAAAAAAGUCAAAUUUAUUAAUAACAGCAGAAACCUCUCAGUCCAUUAUGGACUGAUUCAUGAAUUGGUGCCCGUUUAGAGUCUGAACCCACGUUAUGAAAUUACGAUUCACAGCAAACAGUCGGCCCUCAGUGAUUAGCAUUUCCGCGGCUAAUAUUAGCAGCCUUUAGCCUGCACUCAUGGUCGCUAAUCACCAUCAGACAGCACAGAGUGGCGAGGCUGUGAGAAUACUUAACAUUGUUUGCUCCUUCUGAUGCUGCACUUGAAUGAAUAUCUCAAACACACUCACACACACACUGUGGUCUGUUGGUGCUGACUCUCCUCCACCAGUAAAGGUCAUUGUAUGUAUAAUUCAGCACAGUCCCCCUGUCUCAAAUGAGCCCUCAAUAAAACACUUUUUUUUUUCCUCUUUUUUUUUCCCAUAAAUUGAGUUGCAGUGAAAUGGUGUUUUUUGAGCCUCUUCAGCUCCACAUGAGCCGCAGCCGACUGAUUUCUGUCUGUUCACUCAAACUAAACCUGCACUAAAGUCGUUUUUCUGUUUUAGCUGAAUCAUCCGAACCUCAGCUAUUUGUUUAUUCGUGAACAAGGUCUUUGACUAAACUGAUCAAAGAGCUUUAAAUGAGGGUAAAUGAGUCGUUGUUGAAAAGCUAAAGGUGGGUUAGGCAGGAAUACGUUAAAGAAGCAUCUUUUUUGUGGUGUAUUUACAAAAAAGCUUUUAAUAUCAGUCAGUAGUUAUUAGUUAUUGAUGAGAUUUGGUAAUAUAAUGAUAUCUCUGUGUUCUCUUAUGUCUGUGUUGUCAACAUUUUAAAUAUUUUGAGUGGCCCGCUCUUUCUGACUGUAAACAAAGACAUUCUCCACCUCUCCAUCCUGAUAGGCUGUGAGGCAGACGCUGCUUCCCCGUGUCAUUAAGGAGCCCAAACAAAGUUAGCGUGCUACAAUAUCGGACAGUAGAAACCAACCAGAAAGUACAGAAAAUUGUUUGAAUCCUCCUUUGGCCACGACUGCCAACACAAGCAAGAAAACAAAAUACUGGAGACUGUGGCGGAAUAAAAAGAAGGUAAACCGGACAAGAGCUAAAAAGCCAAGUCAACAUAAACGAUGGGGGACGCUUCUGGAUCUUGGUGACCCUGUAACCUCUCUGCUGGACAGGUGAACCACUUUAACAAAGUAAGCCAAGUGUCCGUAACAGAAGUGUUUUUUGUUAAAGAGGACCUGCUCUAGCGUGUUGUAGCGCCGCUAAACUGUUGACUUUGGGUCCUGGACUAUGUCACUUUAUCCUAGUUGUAGAAGUCCUGCAAACGUGUUUGCUGGUAGUCUGUUGGCAUCUACAGUAGCACCAAUGCUUUUUACUUUCAUGUUGACUGGGCCCCAUUUGCAAUUAUCUGAAGUAUUUAUCUACAUUAUAUCCGAAUUAAUUGGAACGAUACGAGCGAGCAGGAGCGUCUGUUUGUGGGCGGGGCUUGCUGGAGCAGAGAGGGAGGGGAGAGGAGGAGCUGAGGGGAAAACUGGUUGGGAGGGGUAGAGUUUACAUUUAAGAUUUCUCCUAAAAACUGGAACUUCAUCAGAUCCUGUCUACCCCACCUUUAAAAAGCACAUCCUGACUGAUAACGUCGAUCAGAGAAGACAGGAAGUAACGCUGAUCUGAACACUCUUAGAUAAACAUGAUGAUUCUGUUGAUUUCAGACAUUUUCGAGAUAAACUUUGUUGUUGUUGUUUUAUGUUUCCACACAAUGAUGAAACAUUUCUGCAAAGUGAUCUGGUUUUGGUAGACCCUGAUCUUGAUUUUGACAACCUCAAAACAGCUCUGAUUUUUGGCGAGUUUGGCGACACAUCAGAUCGUGAGACAUGCAGGUUCAGGGCUGUGUCCGCUCUGUAUCAACUGAAUUUACCCAGGUGCGUCCCAGACUAUUUUUCCUGUGCUGAUCAGGUUCCAGAAAGUAUUUUGUCUUUUGCCAUCUCUCUCCCCCUUUCUCUCUCUCUCUCUCUCUCUUUGCAGUCAUCCCUGCACCCCUCUCUCUGCUCAGCUGCUGUCUCCUCAGAUAAGAACCAAAAAUGGGUUUGGGGUAAGACCAGGUCAGGACAGAUCGAAUCCCCCUCCUCUUUUUCUGUCACUAUAGUUCACGAUUGGAUUGUGCUUAAAAAGAGAGGUCAGUUAUUUGGGCACCUUUCCCAACUGUUGAUGACAGAAACACCAAUUAUUGCUCAGCAUACCAGACCCCAGAAGAGUUUGACACCGCAGGGAGAAAGAUUUACUGGUACCAGUUUGCAAACAAGUCCGAGUUUCCCUCUUUCUGUGCAAAUAUAAAAAAAAGUAUGUAACUCACCAACACCAGUGCUGACAGUCUGACACUUUCUGCCGAGAGACGGUGGGACUGUGUGACUGGAGUAUUUAUCUGAGAUUUCAAGUGAAACUUUCAAGUGACCACGAUAGCAAUCCGACCUCUGCGUGACCUUUAAAUGGUCGGACCAAGGGUCGUCACAGGAUCAGAUUUUCCUCCUGCAAUUAUGAAGGCCAAGAAAAGUCUAUAUCACAGUAUUUAUGUGAGAUUUAAGGAGGACAGUGAAUAAAAGGGAGGAAUUCAGUCAAAUAAAGGAACGACAAGUUUAAAACCUUUACUAACUUUCUUAUCAGUCACCUGUUUCCAAAAACGUUUAAAGUGAUAUUUUAAUCCAUGUCACCAACCCUGAAACUUAAACAAGAAAAGCUUACCGUAUUUUUAGCACUAUAAGGCGCACUUAAAAUCCUUUUGGCUUGUCGGAGCACUGCAGCUACCGUAGCCUUGCGGAAUUAUUGAAUGAGUUAAACAAAGUUUGACUUCUCUGACUGUUUUGUUUGGGCUAAUGCGCUUUAUAAUCCGGUGCGCUUUAUAUUUCGGUGCGCCUAAUGUAUGAAAAUAGACGUGAAUAGACGCGUUUGUUGAUGGUGCGCCUUAUAGUGCGAAAAAUAUGGUACUGUUUUCUUUUUAUAUCAAAUCAAAACACAGUGAAAAUGACGAGAAAACUUUAGUUUAUUUCACGAUGUCAUCUCCUCUCACCUGAUUGGCCCUCCACACUCUGCUGUGGUAACUUUUAGAGAAAAGAUUCCCUCAUAUUCAUCAUGACGCUUUUAUUGUCUAAAAUAAAAUCUAUUGUCUUUUUAUGUCUAAACAUGCUUUUAUUUUGAAACAGCCUUUACAUUACUUCCAGGCGAUUGUAAUUUCAAGAGCUGAAUGAAAACAGUUAAAAGACUGUAGAGUAAGGACAAAAAGUUUAUAUUAUUUUCAUCUUGUUUUAGUAUUUUGCUCUAAAUCGACACAGUUUUAAAAAGUGUCUGACCGUCAUUUGGCGAGCUAAAACUUUUGAGUCUUUUCUCCAUUUAAGAAAACCACACCUAACUGUCGAACAACCAGUAAUGUGAUAUUUUGGUACACUUAUUUUCGACACAAUUUCAACAUUUCAUUGUUAUCGUCAAUAACAUCAAUCUGUGUUAACGGGACUAUAAAGUGAGCGUCUCUACAGUGGUUAGGGUUAACUCAGUCUGCACAUUUAUGAAUAAGGAAGAAACUUGGACAUGACACAUCUCUGAUGAACCAGUUCACUCAAACUGGGAACUUUGGUCAACUCUCCAUCCAGCCCAUCAUGAUUAUGUCAGGAGGAGAGUGCACAGCGCACCUCAGUGCAGCAUAGAGAGGAGAUGCUGACAGCUCAACAAGAGCAAACUGCAGAGCUUUGUGGGUGUGUUUACACGUGUGCGUGUGUGCAUACAUGCAUGCGUGUGUGUGUGUGCUUUGUGUUUUUUUGUAUCUUGAGACCUCGAGCAUGACUCUCUGUGUGUCGAGGUUUGAGGUAUUCGCUGUGCUCUCCAUGAGCUUAUAGUGGAGAUGUAGAUGGAUAUUCAGGAGGUUUGGACUUCUCUCUUAAACAUUUAACUUAAUUUAUAACGCCAUGUCCGAGGUUCUGGUUCUGGUCCUUGUUUAGAACCUCUUCUGGAUCCUGGGCUCCACACGCUGAAGCCAACUGUUGCCCGAGCGCCUGCUGAUGAUGAAAGACGCGGCUGCUCUGUAUUUUUAGAAAGUUCAGGUGAUCUCGCUAAUGAGACGAAGCUCAGAGGAACUCGUGUCUGAUUUGAGCCGUGUGUAUGUGUGUGUACAAGUGUGUGUGUGUGUGAGCGCGCGUGUCUGUCUGCUGUGGAAGAGGCCAUUUGUUGAAUUAGCUGGGCAGUGUUGAAGUGUUUGGCGAUUAAGGUUAAUCCUUGAGUCUUGGUGAUGUAAGAACAGUCGUUUUUCCUCCUCUAAAACCUCGCUGGCACGUUCAGUCCUCACUGUUGAAAGCCUGUGUGUGUGUAUUUGUGUGUGUGUGUGUAUGUGUGUGUGUGGUCUUUGUGGUUGUCAGUAGCACCCAUUCUGCAAACAAGGAUGCUGUGUGGAUGCAUGUGAGCGGCUUUUAUUUGUGUGAGCCGGAGUGUCAGCGUGGCAGUGGAGGGGAAAUGAUGCAUCACAUCUGCAGCGGAGAUAAAGCAGAGAGGAAGACGUGAGGAUGGAUGAUAGGCAGCACCAGGCCCAAAAAAUGGCAGCUGCUGCUGUGAGCGAGUGGCAAAGCGGUGUCUGAGUUUAGCUGGUUUAGUGGUGGAUUUCUGAUCAGAAAAAUGGACUCAGACAGACGCUCUGAGUUUGAUCUGAAAAUUUCCCUCUUCAUCUCUGAUAACCUCACUCCUCCUUCAUGUUAAACACUGGAAUAAUAAUAAUAAUGAUCCAUCUCUCUAUCAGAACAUAUCCGAGCCAUGAUUAAGAGUCAGGACGUUUUUUUAUUUCUAUAGCUGCAAAUGUUAAAAACUACAAAUCAAUAUUUUUUAAUGGCAUAACUAUGAGUUUGUAUCAUUCAAGUAGGACUGGGUGAUUUGGCCAAAAAAACCACCACGAUAUACUUUGUCAUAUUGUUUGAUCUCGAUUAUUAUCACAAUUUCUACCAGAUCUACCAGAGAUUAUUAUAACAUUUUAUUAACAUAAAAAGUAAAUAACAAAGCAAAUUGAAUAAGAUAAACUUAGAAAAAUAUAAAAAACAUUUGAACUCAACAAAACAACAAAUGUAGAUAAAUACGUAAUAAUACAGUAAACUAGUUUACAGUCCUGAGUGUUUCUAGAGGUAUGCAAGACCCAAAAUAAACAAACCGCCCCCUCAGAGAUAAUAAGACGUCCUGAAAUGUAAAAUGUAAACAUUAGAUGAUGUAAACGAAGAUGAUAUGGUUGAUUGUUGCUUUAGUCUGGUGGCUGCACAGCUAGUUUUGGCUAAACUGCCAAUGCUAAUUCUGCCAUCAGCAGUGACAGGCUGUACAGACUCCGCCCACAUUUUCAUGUUUUCCUCAUAAUCACUUGGGAAGAACUUCUUCAAAUGAUUAAACAGAUGUGUUGCGUUGCCAGUUUUUGAGGCACCGACUGCUGACAUAUUUUACACAUCGACGUCACUUUAGAGAUACCCGAACCACCACCACACAUCCGAUGCUGAAUAAGUUAUUGACAAUAUCAUCUUCGAAGAAUGACUCAAAGUCACAGCUGACAUCUAUUGUGCUGCCCUCAGCUCCGCGUUUAGCUCCUCAUUCGGUCAUCCUGUUUACUCCCUGUUUACUUCUCUGGCAACUUGCAGAAGUGAGCAGGAAAAGCUCAACUCUGAUUGGCUGUUGUCAUGCACAUUUCCGCCAUGUUUGAUGAAGUAAAUAUGCUCACAGCUGAUCACCGUGAUCAAACUGAAAACUUCACGAUCAUAUAAAUGCCCAGUACAACAUUCAAGAUGUUUUUACUCUAAAAUUUGAGGAAAACGAUGAAAACUGUCCUUUUAUCCACAAGUAAAUCCACGUGUUUUUGGUUGAAUGUGUUUUAAACUGAGGAAAAGGAAGAAACUUGAAAAUUUUUUAGGUUAAAAACGAAGUCAGAUCUGUUUUUGUUUUUUUCUAAAAUGUUCAGACACUGAACAAAAAAAAACUUCAGGCCACAAUUUGAAUUUUUCUCCAAACUAGUUUCGUUUUUUUGUUUCAUAAAGGGCUGAGAGUCCUGAUUGGAGAAAUGCAGAGCCCACCUGUUGUCAGUAAUUCAUGAAUGAGCCUCCGUCACUUUAUCGCCUUUGUGCUUUUACAUCUGAACACCUGGAAACAACACUGUGUUUGUUUGUGUCCCGGUGUGUUAUUGGACUCCACAUUAUGGCGCCGCAGACGCUCAAGAGGCUCCGCUUGUUAACACACAGCUGGAGCUCCACUCUCACACACUCAUGCAUGUCCACAGAGCUGCAGGGGCCUGAAGGCUGAAGGUGAGCGCCCGUGUCCACCAACUGCAGAUGGGCCAAGCUCUGCAGACGUCUUCAUGGUCUCUGUAUCGGUCACUUCCUGUUAGCUCUGUUGUCCCUUCGUGUCUGAAGAUCCUCCACACCCUGAUCUCCUCCAGGUCAGAGGAAGGUUAGAGCGACCGACCCGCCUCAUGGUCUUUGACAGGAAUCUUGUUAGCCGGCUAUUUUUGCUAAUACCCGAGGCUAAUAAGGUGAAGUCUCAGAGGGGAGUCCACGCCAACGGCCCGUGUCACUGGGUUCCUGCGCUUGUCUCUCCUCAGGUGUCUCUGCUGUCGGACUCGUUCUGAUAGUUUGAUCCUUAACUGUACACCUCAGCACCAUCACACAAACACACACACACAGCCUGUAGCCCAAGAGGUAAUUACCAUGGCAACAGUGGGUCUCAUCCAUGCAGGCCCUUCCUCCCCUUCAGAUAAUGUUUCCGUGAGUGUGGAUUUGACUGAACGUGACGAGAUGAUUAUCCCCGUCAGUGCGUUUGAGAGUGACACAGAGUGUGUCAUUUUCCUCCAAUGAUGCCCACUGCCUUCUUCUAUAAUUAUGAGCGCUCUUUGUGUGUGUGUGUGUGUGUGUGUGUGUGUGUGUGUGUGUGUGUGUGUGUGUGUGUGUGUGUGUGUGUGUGUGUGUUUGUGUUUGUGUAUGUAUGUGUGUGUGUGGGUGUGUGUGGGUGUGGGUGUGUAUGCGUGAGUGUGAGGGUACAUUAGCAGGAAGCAGCAGAGGCUCUGAAUCGUCCGCUGAAGCCGCGUCAGUUAGAACAAGACAACCUCGAUCCAUUAUUGAGGCCAAUACCGUAAAUGGAGCAGCCGCUCGUUAGCUUAAGAUGUCUUUGAGUGUGUGUGUGUUAGUGUGUGUGUAGAUGGACACACUGACCAGCAUUGAUGUUAGCUCAGUUGAAGUUUCUCAUAGUUCUGUGUUAAUAAAGCUUCUCUGUGGAGUUGGUUGGUGGAUGUAAACGCACUGACGCUAACGAACAGAUCGUUUUCGGCGUUGAUUUUAGGGCUGCACGACAAUGGAAAAAACUAAGAUUGCAAUUUUUUUCAAGCCUGCAAUAUUAUAUUAUUAUAUAUAUUGCAAUGCUAAAACAUACAGGAAUUUUCAGCAGAUGACCUGAAUAUCACUUUAUGCUGAAAUCUUGAGGACAGUUAACCUGCACCGAUCUUACCUCUUUCAGUGGAUGUUAGUAGAAUGGCUUCUGUCUGUCUUAAGGUCCUUACACACCGGAACCAAUGCAAAUAAAACCAAUGCCGCGAAUUUACGAAAUAUUCUGAGGCGAAUUUUGACACGCCUGACUACACACAUCAAGCCCGAUGCGAUUUUGCAACUUUCCGGGGGGGGAAAUUAUGCAUCCUGGGUGGAAGCGAGAGGACUGACACAACAGCAGACUGACUGUUUUUCAGUUCUGAUUAGACACUAGUGUUGAGAUGACUGUCUGUCAUGAGAGCAUGUACCACCAGUACCACAUUAAACUAUAAUCCAUAAACAUAAGGUAACAACUGAGACCUAAUGGUGCUGUGACAGCAACACUGUGAUUGAGUUUGAGACAGUGAAAAUUAAGGCUGCAACAACAAAUCGAUUAAGUAGAUUCGUCGUGACGAAAAAAUUCGUUGCCAACUAAUUCUGUAAUCGAUUCGUCGGGUCUUUAGAUAUGUCCAUGGACACCGGCGUGUAAACAUCAGCAGGACGCACAGAAAAGAAACAGCUAUGGCCGAGGCAGCGGCUGAGAAAAAUAUGGAUACAACCCAACCCAAAUCCCGACCUAAAACAUCAGUGGUGUGGGAAAACUUUACCAAGACUGAAAAGGAAGGCGUUCAGUGCAACAUUUGCAAAGCCCGUUUUGCAUGGCACGGGAGUACAUCGAUGAUGCGCGAGCACAGGGCUCUCAAGUCUCACGCAUUCAGCGUAUGACACACGCAUUCCCACUCGUUCACACGCUCACACACCACACAUUGUAUUUCUCACGCAUUUAAAUGAACACGGUGAUGUCCAUCAAGUUGCACUUCUUUAACUAUGGAACAGGGGGAAAUCAACUGAGUUCCUCUGAGAGUUCAGAAGCUGCGUGCCACACGCAAGCCAAUCAAAUAAAGUAUAUCUACUGAACAGCCAAUCAAAAAGCAGCAUUGCUGUAUCCGGGUGGAUUUUGAUAUCUUGCGGUUUGACUACAGAAGAAGACAGACACUCGCCGAAAUAGAGCAGGUUUUUAUAAGGACGAGAUAGACCCGAUGAUUACAGUAAGUCAGUAACCUACACAUGCAGAGACCUCAACACCUCAUGGCAGAUAAACUCAUAUGAUAAACUAAAGCCCUAUGCUAUUGCUAUUAACAGCUGCAUUGAUGAAUUUAGCCUGUUUAUCCGAUUAAUCGAUUAGUUAUUAAAAUAGUUGACAGAUUAAUCGAUUAUCAAAAUAAUCGUUAGUUGCAGCCCUAGUGAAAAUACAUAUGGUAUGUUGUAUCUGAACAGGUUAGCUUACGAGCUAAAGUUAAUUAUCACAGAUGAAAGUUAAAACAAAGACGUUAAGCAAACUGUUAAAGCACACAAACCAUCGUCAUAUGAGUAAUCCGACGCUAUGAAUCUCCACAAGUUGUCCUUCAGGUCGUUAUCUUUGUAAUGUUUGUGUUUUUUUUAUCAAAAAACACUCUGUUCUCUGACAUGUAAACAAUCAGCCAGUCAACCAUGUUGGAUAUACCAGUGAAUCAGACGUCGCAACAACACGGAAUCUGAUUGGUCAGAAGUGGACACACAGUAUGCGAAACUUUAGAAAAUUCUACUGUGAUCUGAAAAAAUAAAUGCCGCAAUAUCACAGUACGGGAAACCGUUGCUGAUGUGAAUGCUUGUAUUGACAGGAUAUGGGUUCGAAAAAAAAUAUUGACGUCCAAAAUAAUGGCACGAUAAAAAUGGUCCGAUGGACAGAUGAACACAGAACACGUGUUUUGGUCAACAUCAUCCUUCUUGUAACCGAAAUAAUUCCAGAUAACUAGAGUUGCGUAUCAUUUGAUUCUGAACGAUUACAAUUCCUCGUUUCAAUUCUGGUUCCUAUUGAUUCUCUAUUCCAAUUCUUUGUAAAGGCAGGAUUCUAAAAAAAAAAAUGCAUGGUUUAAAUGAGGGUGCUAACUGGAGUUCUUCUUUUUGGAUGAAAUUUCUGAACUUCUCCAUGAAUUGUUGAAUUAUAUUAACUUUUUUAGAACUUAACUUUGAAUUUCUCACAGGGUUGUUUUCAAUCAGUAUAUCAAUAUCAAUUUUUGUUGUCAGGUCGUUUGUCUAUGAAAAAGUACAAGGGCUAACGUUUGUUGAAUAUUUAAGUUGACCCACCGCACACAGUACAAUUUGUUUGCCAUUUCAAUGUUAGCAGAAGACAGAAGUAAUUUAUUGUUUCACUUAUCUGAUUAUGGCUGGUUAGCAGAAGACCGGCGAAGCACGUCAAAGACGGGCACUCAGGUAUUUCUCCUCCAUGAAUCCUGAGGUGUUUAAUCAUGUUGGUCGUUCACCCUCCUUUGCAUGACAUAACUGUGUAGCUAUUGUUGUGCUGAAAUAAGAGUUCAUUCUUCCUGCUAAAGUUAGCUAAACUUUUGACCGCCGCCGCUGUGGGUUGCAAUGCAAUCUCUCUCUCUGUCUGUCUUUUCUCUCUGUGUGGCUUCGUCUUAUCAAUUUGAAGGCGUCUUCCUCAUUGUUGUUCGGAGGCUAUUUCUUCCGGUCGGUGGACUCCGGCAUCGAAAGUUGGAAUCAAAAUUUUGCAAUUUGAACAGUUCGGGGAGAAUCGGAAGGUUAGUCCUGGUCCCCAUCGAUGUUCGAGACUUGAUGCCCAACCCUACUGAUAACUGAUGUGGCUUUUCUUUUUGGCAGCAAAUCUUCAUUUUCGGUGGUUUUCUCUUGUUCAUUUCCCAUUUUGCAAUCAUUGUUGUUACCGGUGUUGUGCUGAGAAUGCAUGUCAGCCGAAAACUGCAUCCACCUCGCAGAAACACGCACCACUUAUAGUAGAGUGGUCUGCGGACAUGUACCAUUAAAAACCCAUACAGUUCUUAUUUGUGGGGCUAAACAGUGAUGAGUAAUGUUCCCAAAGUAAUUCUCAUCAGACACGCUUUUCUCGGCACAACACCGGCAGCAACAGUGACUCGCUCCAUGUGCAGGGGCGUGGUUUCCUCCUCUCUGAUUUUGAUUGAUGGCUGGCAGGGUAGUCUGAUUGGCAAUUGAGUAAAGAACGAUUGUUCUUGCAGAGUCACAUGCAGUGUAUCUCAGUCAGCUACCCUUGAAAUUAGAUGAGUUCAUUCACCUCCGACAUUGCAGGCUCUGUUAUGUGACUAUCGCGCACAUGUACAUUGCGAUGACGAUGCUCAAACAAUAUAUUGUCCAUUUCUAGUUGAUUUGACCUUCAGAUGAUUCAACAGAUGAUUGUUGUCCAUAUCACUUCUCACUUUGAGGUUUUAAUCCUUUAAGUCGGACCGCAGUGAGCACACAUGUCUCCAGUUUGUUGAAGUCAGAAGGAUUCAUCCUCAGGGGACCUUGAAUCUGAUCCAGACUUCAUCCCGAUGCAGCUGCAGGUUUCUGUCGGAUCGUUUUUGUGUGUUUUUGUGUGUGUUUGUGUGUAUUUGUGACUCAGUGUGUGUGUUUGUCUCCUGCAGGAUUCCUCCUCUUCAAAGACUUCUGUAUGAAUGAAAUCGACGAGGCCGUGCCACAGCUCAAGUUCUACGAAGAGGUAAGUCCCAGGUGUCCCUUGUGUGUGUGUUUGGGAUUAGACGGUGUCAUGGGUUCUGGGUGAGAGAUUAGGAUCAUGUAAUCCUGCUUGUUCAGACUCAGGCUUCCUGCUGUGGUGUUAAUCUGACCUGGUGUUGUCCCCCUCUCAGAUUAAGGACUACGAGAAGCUGGACUCUGAGGAGGAGAGGCUGAGCCGCAGCCGGCAGAUCUACGAUGGAUACAUCAUGAAGGAGCUGCUGUCCUCUUCACACGUGAGGGCGCUGAGACACACACACACACACACACACACACACACACACACACACACACGCAUGUAGGGACACACACUACGUCACUGAUAGACCUCAGGUCAGGCGUGCACCUGUUAGACCUGAUCCCAGUUUGAACCAGAAGGUUGUCCAAAUUUUUUUUUUUGUUCACCUUUGACCUUUUUUCUCUGAACUUAAAGUCGGGAUUAAAUAAGGCGGACUUUGUUGAUCCUGCAGAGAAAAUUCAGCUCUUUAGUUUCACAGGAGGUGUGAGGAUAGGAGUGGGAUUACUGAUGAGAUUACUGAUAAGGGGCAUCAGAUUCCUGUUUGUCUUGAUUAUAACAUGAUCGUUUUGUGAUCACAACCCUCGGACGUCUCAUAGGAUAUCAGGAGGUGGCGCAGCAGUACGGUUCCUCAACCUCAACCAAAACACCACCAAACAUAUUUUUAACUUUGACUAAUUUCUUUAGCAAAGAGACUAAACACAAUUCACCUACUCUCUUCCAGCAGCCGCUUGUUUGUAGUGAGACCUCAGGCCAGUCCAUUAUGGACUACAGCGGGGUGACGCAGCUCAAGGAAGAACAUUUAUGAUCAUUUCUUUACCAUUUCCUUGAAGUAAUAAUCACCAUAUUAAUCGUUUUGCACUGCAGACGCAAUAGUUCUUCUGCCUUAGUGUCUCGGUCUGAUUGUAUUUCCAUGAAGAAUGAUCAUAACGUAACGGUCAGCAACAUUUAUCUCUGGAGGGGGUGUCUAAACGAGGUGUUACGGUGUGUUUGACCCUAAAUUGAUUUUACGCCGGAAUAUCCCUUUAAAGAUGCAUCUACAGAAAUGUGUUCAUUAUGAGCUAUAUAAGGUGGGUUUGUAAGAAGAAAAUGUUAAAGUGCACAAGGAGGAAUUCAGGUGGUCAGUUUGUUUCUAGGGUGGAUGAAGGUGUAAGGAGGUCUAGUUAAAGGCUGAACUCAGUCCUCCUCCUUUACUUAGAGCAGUAUUAGUAAUCACACUUUAAACCAGUUCCUAAAUAAACAAUUAUAAACCAGUGCAGUAUGGAAAAAAAAUUAGCAGGACAAAGACGAGCUGGUUAACCAAGGGAGACUCUGAGACCGUGAUGUGUUCAAAUGCAAGGUCAAGAAAAUGAAAACUCAUGUUUUGGUGCAAAACUAGAAUAAAACUCAAUUUCAGAGUAGUGAUAAUAAACAGAUGUUUUAUUCAGAAGUGUAAUCAGAUCAAUUUAUGAUCAUAAGUUUAAAGCCGAUUUUUCAAAGUGAGCUGUAGAUAAAAACAUGUAAAAAUGUGUCGUCAGUGUGGGGUUAGUCCUGACUUUAAAAAUAAUCGUUGACUAAAGAGAAACGUCUGAACUGACUGAGUUCACCUAGAAAAAAAAGUCUGAAUAAAGUUUGAUAAAGUCUGAUUGAAAAAGUGUGUAUGUUCGUAUCAGUGAGGAGUAACUGCACAUUUACACAGCAGACAGUAUUUAUGAGUUAUUGUCCGACUCUGCUGCUAGUUAAUGAAAAGUCUCUGAAACAGGUAACAGUCCUCUUCAGACAUUUCCCUGAUCCCUCACUGAUUCACAUUAAACCCUGAAAACUGUGUUUAAAAAGUCAAAAUAUGGAGAGUUUAUGUAGUUUAAUUUAAUAACAGGAGCAGACACAGAUCAUCCAGGACAGAACACAUUCAUGUCGAUAAACUUGAGUCCAGGUCUGUGAGUACCUGAGGACUGAACCCGCUCCCCGACAUUCAGCUGCUGAGGAAACUUUUCCUCUGCUUGACUUUUGCAGAAAAGUCACCACAGCUGCGUCACCAUGACAACAUCAGAAAAUGAAGACAAAGCUUCCUCUGGGUUUCACUCCUGUCCAGUAUGGGGCGAUGUGGUGCAGAGAAACUGUUUUUAAGACGCCCUAAAGAUAAAAAUACUUGUGUGAGAACAAUGUAUGAAUCUUUAACCCUGAGUGUGACGUCACAGGAAGAUGGUGGCUGUGGGAGCUGCUCUGUUUUGAUUUCUUCUUCAUUUAUCACAGUCCUUCAUGAUCAGGCUGCUCCAGAAGAAGAAAUUAACUUGAUGUUCUUUCUCUAAAUAAGUUUUGUGUCAUCCGUCAUAUUUGAUCCGUUUAGCUUCAGUCUGGGCCAAAUAUUUUGGUCCUUUUUAGUGGUUUCAUCAUUUAUGAAUUAUAGAGUAAAGAAAGCUGAACUAACAGGCAUCUCCUCUGUCUCUGAAAGAACCACUGAGCUGCAGAAUAUCACAGAUUUUAAGUCCUGUGUGGUCGAGUUUGUCCUUUUUAAAAAAAAACAGCAUCUACACAGAGCCAUGAUGUAAAAUCUUGAGGGAGUCAGAGCGAACAGCUCACCACAGCACAGCUUUGUUUUCCUGCAAGACAAAACUUUGGGACUGGGAGAAAAGUCUGAGCCCUUCGUCUCGUCUGAAGGGAAGAAGAUAUUAAACACACCGCCUACACACUGACGCACUCACGCAGAUAUUAGUCUGUUAUUGGUGGCGGCCUCUCAGCAGCAUAACGUCCUGGUCAUUGCACACUUGGGGAUGAACAUCCUCCACACACACACACACACACACACACACACACACACACACACACACACACACACAAACACAAACACACACACACACACACACACACACACACACACACACACACACACACACACACUCAGAAGGAAAGAAAGAAAGAGAAGUGAAACUUCUGGUAAAGCUGCAUUUCUUCUGAGCUGCUCUUGAUUUCCCCCUCUUUGUCUCUGCAGCCUUUUUCUAAGAAAGCCGUGGACCAUGUGCAGAGUCACCUCAAGAAGAAACAGGUUCCCCCAACCCUCUUCCAGGUAACCAUGAAAAAAAAAACACAAAAUCACCUCUGACACUCUUCUCACUGCUGAGAGAACAAAAACUGAAAGUCUGUGUGUCGUUUCCUCAUACCUUUAUGUUCUAAGUAACUGAAUCUAAGUAUCUGUACAUCUAUCUCUUCAUUUCGCGGCUCGAGCCGAACACUGACCGGUUUAGAGAAACGUUACAGUUGAAAUGGAAAUAUUCUUUUACACAUAAAUACAUGUAUACACACACAUAAAUUGUAGCCAAAUGUCACAGUAUUCAAGGUGCAUACGCAGUCCAUUUUUCCCAGUAUUCCAAACAUUUUUCCAACUGAAGUCUUAAAACAAAAGUAAGUCUCUCCAUACAGUGACUUUCUUGAAUAAUCCCGUGCCGCUGGUUCAAUGUUGGAGAAUCUGGUUGCAACCACCUUCUUGUUAUGACUUUCCUACCACUUGCCAAAAGAAUCUUCAACAGGUACCUGUCCUUAUGUAGGACUGUUUCUGGGAUUUUACCGAGAUAUAAAACAACAAAAGAAAAUUCUAAAUCCCCAUUAUUUUAUUUAUCUCAGUUGACACCUCCCUCCAAAAUGUUCUGACAGGUCCAGAAAACAUGAAAGUGCUUCGCCAUAUGGGUUCCACAUUGUCUCCAGCAGUAGCCUCGGUUCGGUGUGCCUGUUUGCAGUGCUGUUAAUUUAGGGAUUAUGAAAAAUCUCACCACAUUCUUCCAGCCGAACUCUCUUAAAGAUCUUGAGUUUGCAGUGGUCGCUUGUGUCUCACAUAUUUCUAUCCAGGUCUCUUCUGAUAUUUGUACUCCUGAAUCCUUCUCCCAUUUUUGUUUAAUGGAUAACGUAGAAUUAUGCUUGUAUACUUUUGUAUAUUCUUGAGACCAACUUUUUAUCUUCUUUCUUUUUAUAUGCCUCAUGAAAUAUGGACAUUAAAUUGUAUUCCUUUUCCUCCUUGAAUUGUAAUUUUUUAUUAUAAUAGUCUCUGACUUGCAGGUAUCUAUGGAAGUCCUGCUUCUCCAGUACAAAUGUGGCUGAAAUUGACUCAUAACUCUGAAAUCCACAGUCUGAGAUGAGGGUACAAAAGGACAUGGUACCUCUCCUAACCCACUGUUUAAAGCCCCCGUCCAAUCUAGCAGGUUCAAAUUCUGGAUCAUAUGCUAUUCAAUUCAAGACUCUAACUUGUUUCUCUAUUUGUAACUUCCUCAAAACCUUAAACCAUAGCUGAAGAGUGAAUAUAGUCCAUUAACUUUUCUGAGUUUGAAAAAAGUUUGACUUUUUUAACCCCGCCCCCUUUUUCCAUAAAUUACCAGAGUUACUUAGUUUUGUUUUUCUUUUAGUUUACGUAAAGAAUACAAUUAAAUUAGCAGAAAAGUCUCAGAUUAGCUUUACUGCAUUAAUUCAUCUUAUUUCACACAAACCCUUAAAGCUGCUGUAUUUUCAACAAGCCUCAACCUCUAGAGAAAAAAAAAAACAGCAGUACCUCAUGUGUCCACUAUAGGCUGGCCUGGAAACACCUGAAACCACACACACACUCAUUGAAAAAAAGCUCUUCUUUAAAAACAGGUUUGUUGUGGACAGCUAAUGGAAAUGUUAGCGCCGUAGUAAAACUCUUGCUGAUUUUUCGGAGCUUUCACGUGACAAAUAAUCUGUUUUGACGAUAAAUGUUAGACUCUGUUAUUAUUCCCUCUCUGAAGUAGAAAAGUUCGAACACUGACUCUCUUUUUAAGUUAAUAAACCGUUUACUAAUAAACAUGUGCUGGUAAACCCUCUGUUGUGAAGGACUUAAAGAGACCGCAGCCUCUCUCAGUUUCUUGUUUUGGUUGUUUUCUAAUCUAAUCCACUAUAUUUAGAGAUCACAUUCAAAACAAAGUUCACCACAGUGGGUGAAAAAAGCAGCAAAUAAAUCAACAGUCAUCCUCUCUACCAGACCAGCCGAGGUAUAAAGAGAUUUUUGUCUUCAAACCGUCUCAGUCUUACUCCUCCACCACCAGAACCACUUAUUUUCCACCUCUGGGGGUUUUAAGGUUUAUUAUCCCUAUUUUUAACCAACACAUGUAUAAAUAAACAGGCAGAAUGACCCUUUAACUCUCAUGAAAAGAAGUGUUUGUGUGGAAAAAUCUCCAUAUGUGACAUUAUAGAGGGAUCCUUCGCAUCGUUCACGUCACCCUGUCUAAAACCUUGUAGUAUUUUUCAACGCUGCGGAUCACGCCGUUGGUAAUUAAACUUUUAUUGAAGAGCGUCGACCACCAAAGGGCCACCCAGGAAAACCCGAUCCUGAGAAAAAAUGAGGGAACAGUUGUUUCCUUUCAGCUCCGUAAAUCUAAUCAAGCAUCUCUGUGUUUAGACUGCAGCACGCCUCUGAUUCUGGGUCUGAGAGCGUCCCCGCAAAGAUAUGACAUCAACCUGUCAGGAUUUUCUGGAGGUUUGAACGCUCCUCAGACUCGGACUCUCAGCUGGAGCUUUAAACAGAAAAGCUCAAUGUCGGUCCGGCUCAGUGGUCAUAACAAUAGACAGAGGAGAUAUUCACGUACAAUUGUAAAGAAUUUUUAUUACAUAGUUACUGAGAGGAUCCCUGCCUGAGCUGCUGUUUCUCUGUCUGUCCCCCCGCAGCCCUACAUAGUGGAGAUCUGUGACAGCUUGAGAGGGAAGAUCUUCCAGAAGUUCAUCGAGAGGUGAGCGAGCGAGCAAGUGGAGGACUUUCCUGUUUUUUUUUACAUCACGUCCAGUAAAUUCACAAACUCCUCUGUUCUGUCUUUCUGCAGUGACAAAUUUACUCGUUUCUGCCAGUGGAAGAACGUGGAGCUCAACAUCCAUGUGAGUACGAGCUCAAAGUUUUCAGCCGCAUGAACCCGGCUGCCUGUUAACCCAGCUAGAUCACCAUGGUAACAGACUCUGAGGCGUGUCUUGAGGAUGCAAAACCAAACCUGAAAGAUUGUUGUUGUUAAAUCAGGACAGGUGUGGAUCCAGGUUUGUAUCAGAAACUGCAGUCCUAUAAUCACAGCUCUGUUGAAUGAAUUUAAAGUUCUCUCAGACGCCGUCGACCUGAUGACAUUGGCACAGGAAGAGAAAAAAUGUUUAAAAGUUCAAGAAUCAUCUCACAGACUUGAGCACAAAGUUCCUGAACUGAUCCUGUUAGUGAUCUGAACGUAUGAACGGGUAUGUCAAGUUUUUCAUCCUGAAUCUUGAUACUCAAGUAUAAAACGAUCGCAGGAGGUGUGUGCCUUAGAGCGUCGGUAUCCUCUAUGGCCCCAUACAAGGUCGAUAAGCUAAAAGGUUUAAGAAGAAUCAUCUUCAGCCUGAGUCCUUCAUGACCUGGGGUCAGGACUAGGUAACAACCAGAGAACUGUCCUUCAAUCAGCCGUCAUCAUCAAUCAUCAAUUUUAUGUCAGUGAAAAAACAAAAAAAAAAGAACAAUCCCAGCAGCAGCGAAGGAUUCUGGGUAAUGUUUUAGACUCGAUCAAAGUCAGAUGAAACUGAGUUUUUAGCAGAUCCGACCCAUCCUGUCCAACAUGAGUGAACUUCCCUUUGACAGGCUAGACCAGGGGUCGGCAACCUUAAACACUCAAAGAGCCACUUGGACCAGUUUCCCACAGAAAAGAAAACACAGGGAGCCACAAAACCUCUUUGACAUCUAAAAUGAAGAUAACAUUGCAUAUAUCUUUUUUUUUACCUUUAUACAAAAUAUAUAAAAAACUGUAGCGAGUUGCAUUUAUGAAAUAAAUGAACUAUUUCGGCGAGUGUCUGUCUUCUUCUGUAGUUAAACCGCAAGAUAUCAAAAUCUACCCGGAUACAGCAAUGCUGCUUUUUGAUUGGCUGUUCAGUAGAUAUACUUUAUUUGAUUGGCUUGUGCGUGGCACGCAGCUUCUGAACUCUCGAAGAAACUCAGUUGAUUUCCCCCAGUUCCAAAGUUGAAGAAGUGCAACCUGGUGGACAUCACCGUGUUCAUUUAAAUGCGUGAGAAAUACAAUGUGUGGUGAGUGAGCGUGUGAACGAGUGGGAAUGCGUUUGUCAUACGCUGAAUGCGUGAGACUUGAGAGCCCUGUGCUCACGCAUCAUCGAUGUACUCCCGAGCCAUGCAGAACGGGCUUUGCAAAUGUUGCAAUGAACGCCUUCCUUUUCAGUCUUGGUGAAGUUUUCCCACACUUCUGAUGUUUUAGGUCGGGAUUUGGGUUGGGUUGUGUCCAUGUUUUUCUCAGCCGCUGCCUCGGCCAUGGCUGUUUCUUUUCUGUGCGUCCUGCUGAUGUUUACACGCCGGUGUCCAUGGACAUAUAUAAAGACCCGACGAAUCGAUUACAGAAUUUGUUGGCAACGGAUUUUUUCGUCACGACAAAUCUACUUAAUCGAUUCGUUGUUGCAGCCUUAAUAGUUUAUUUAAUGUUACAAGAGCAUUAUAAUCUUUGAAUUUAGAAUUACAAAAAUAAAAUAAAAUAAUAAAAUAAAAUAAAAUGCAAUUAAGUAUUUAUUAUUUAUUUUCCAAAUCCAUUGGGAGCCGCAGCUUAGGGAAGAAAGAGCCGCAUGCGGCUCCAGAGCCGCGGGUUGCCGACCCCUGGGCUAGAUUUAUGUUAGACAGCACCUGAGUUACCCCCAAUUUUAGCCGGAUUGGCUACAAAAAGGGCGUAUCCGACGAUCGUAGCUGAUCAUAACCAUUCAAGUUAAUGUGUCGAUUUCCACUGGCUUCUUUCUGUUCCGCUGCGGAUUGCAGGACUACGCACCGGAUCGCGAGAGUUUUAUUUUUUCUGGACGCCUGGGCAUGCCAGAUAAAUUCAGCACAGAUUAACCCGUGCUGGAUAGGAAGUUGGGCACAGACACAAAACAAAACAUCCGGCUUCUUUUCAAAAUAAAACACUCCGUGUUUUAGGCGGAUCGUAUUUCACACCAUGGGAACGGUCGGAGACGAACAAAUGAAAGGUUUUUAGACAUCAUUUCUCCCUGAUGACACCAUGGAUAAGGAGAUGCUGCUUCUAGAAGUCUAGAAGUAGAUUUCCUCCUCUGGAAAGACACAAUCUACAGCUUAGGAACUGGCGGACGGUGAAAAUGGCAGCCGUUCUGGAUGUGGUGGAAAUUUGGGGUAAGAGUUAAUUUCACUUCUUUGGUGACUGAAGUGUUAAAGCGUCGUCGUCCUGAUAACAGCUACAGUCAUCUCUGCUGAAAUCUUGUGUCUCUGUUGAAGUUCGAUCGUGUGUCGCUGCCACAUAAGAAGGAAGCGAUGAGAGUUUAUCAGGUGUUAAAACCAACAAACUCAGAUAGGAAACAAAACAGGCGUCCUCUUCCUUUUUUAGCUGGAGACUUAAAACAUCAGAGAUAUCUUUACGAAGCCAUCACACAGACACUGAAGACGAAUAACAACAUAUUAAACUGAUGAUAAUGAGAAUAAAUCAGAUGAGCUGUUUAGUAGAAAGAGUUUUCCAGUCAGGGGAGGACGGAUCUGAUAGAAGCAGCAUGGACUCUGGGAACAGCGGGGGUUCAGAUCUUGUUAUUGGAGUCUUAAAAAGGUCACCUGCUGUCUUUAGAUCCUGGACCCUGUGGGGCAGCAGUGGUCCUGUUAGAUCCUGAAUGCAGAGGGUCCACCGUGAGCCUCAUCUCUUCCUGUUGUUUCCAGAACACCUGCGUGCACCUGUCCCUUUCACCGCCGCGUCUUUGUCCCCCCGUCCUCCCCGUUGUGUUUGUGUGUGCGCGCUCACAUCAAAAGAGGAAACACUGAAAGCUGCUCUUUAGUUCCGGUCCAUUUCAUGUUCACAGCCGCGUUUUAAAAAUUAACAAAAAGUCGUGAAAACAUGACAUCACACGCUCUGGAGCUGUCACUCAUUCACGGAAUGGCGUUACCCACUCGCUCUGCGUCACCUGCAUCACCAGCUGUAUCCUGUAUGUGAGUAAACCAGGAUCCAGGUGAGCGUGUAAAAACCCCUUAUCACCAAAACGCCUCCUGUCAGUCUGCUUUUAAAGUUUUUAACGAGUGUGUGCUCAGAUUAACGAGGAAAACGCCUUUAUUUAUUGAAUCAAUAUUUGCUCCAAACUGAACUUUUUCUGUAGAUCUGGAUUCACAUCUUUCACAUCAGCCUGAUUAAAGGACACUUCCCCUCUUUUUCUUCUUCUGUGUCUCCUCAGCUGACUAUGAACGACUUUAGCGUGCAUCGGAUCAUCGGCAGGGGCGGCUUCGGAGAGGUGUACGGCUGCAGGAAGGCCGACACGGGGAAGAUGUAAGAAAGGCCUGAUUAAGAGUGAAGUGAGGCUUUGACGGACAUGUCUUUUAAUCUGUGCUGUCUUCUGUUUGGACGUCAGGUAUGCGAUGAAGUGUUUGGACAAGAAGAGGAUCAAGAUGAAGCAGGGGGAGACUCUAGCACUCAACGAGAGAAUCAUGCUGUCGUUAGUCAGCACAGGGGUGAGUUAAACACACUCCAACUAAGACUCAUGAAAGUGUCGACACAGACGACAUUUAAGCGUCAUUAAACCUGCUUUUGAACCUACACAUUUCUGAGUAACAGUGCAUAUGAUUCGUCAGACUCCUCCAACAGUUUAAAAAAGGUUUGAAACGAUUAACUGAGUAAUUUUCUUAUGAUUGUUCACAUUUAUGCAGCAGGAACCAACCGUCGGGUUUCUCCUGUAUGUAAAGGAGCUGUGCACAAACAUUUCUAAAGAGGUCAGGAUGUAAACACAUGACGUGAACACAUGAAGGAAGCAGAUUUUAAUGUCUGCCCCUUAGCUGUCAUUUCAGUUUUGUACUGAUGCUGAACAAAACAAACUGUUGAUUAAAACAACCGUUUCAAUUUAUUCAAUUCACACUAACACCAAAAAUUUACCGUUAGACUCUUGGAAUAAUGCCCUGAUAUCACUAAAAUAAAAAAAUAAACAAUUAAACAUACUGUGCUUUUGUUUUAUCAAGUCGUGCCUGGCUAUGGGUCUGUCUUUUGAACUCCAACCCCUGCUGCCGUUUGGGUGGAGUGGGUGUGUACUCGCUGCUUUAACUCUCGGUCUCAGAUGCUGUGUUACCUUAGCUGCUAACUUUGUUGAAAUCUGCCGCUCCUCUAGGUGCUUCAGUAGAUUGCUGUUGCUGUUAUUCACAGUAGAAAGGAUUUUUGACCCGGGACACAGUUUACAUGUCAUCAAAAUGUUGUUUUUCCCUUUGCUCUCGAGUUGAAAAUAAUGUGAGUUUAUCCAUGAGGAGAAACUGAUCUCCCCCUUCUCGCCAUACCCUGACCUGUCCGGUCCUCUUCAAGGCAUGUUUUUGAUUACGUGUGAUGCUGGAGAGUGACAAGUACUUUGUAAUUUCAAUUCAAUUAAACUUUAUUGAUCGCUAAAAUGUUAUGGAAACUGUAUGCUGUAAAACCUCACCAAAAGGAACAGAGUAAUGCAGCAUUUGGUGAUUGAAACUGAAUUUAAAAAAAACAACGCCUUACAUUAUUAGUGACUGAAUAAAGGAACAGUGUUACGUAACGGCAACACUGCUUAUCAGUUAUUAAAAUUUACUACAGUGUCAGAAACAUGUUUCUAAAAAGUUUUUAUAGAUAAGUCGACCAAACAUGUAAAAAAAAAAAAAAAAACAGCUGGAGGAACAGUUCCCUCCCCAGAGUCCAGAACCUGGUCUCCUGGGUUCACCAAGAUUUUCCACAAAGUUCCUCUUGUGUCUGUGAUCCUUCAUUUAGACGGACUCUAAAUGAAGGAUCAUGGUACCUAAUGUUUUGGUUUGUGGAGAAGAAGCCCAAGUCUUAAAGGUUAAUUUCGUAAUUUUUUGUUUCUGACUCCCUCUCUGUAGGAUUGCCCGUUCAUCGUGUGUAUGACGUACGCCUUCCACACCCCCGACAAGCUCUGCUUCAUCCUGGACCUCAUGAACGGUACGCUGACCUCCCUCCCUCUCGCCCAGAUUCAAUUCAAGACCCCCCUGUCAGUCCAUCCUGAGCCUCAGAUUGGAUUACUGACCCAUCUGCAGCCUGUUAGGUCUCUGUCCUGAUGGGUUUCUGACCCACGUGUUUGCUGCAGGCUCUGGUGUUUCCUUUCUGAUUUCGGAGCCGCUGCUCCUCAAAUCAAAGCCUGAGUCAGAGUCACCUCCUAAAGUCAACACAGUCAUCAUCAUCAUCAGCACACUGUUCCAGCUCCAGGACUUCUAUAAAUACAACUCGUCAAUACAUCUAAAGACAGAGACAGGCGGGAGGAGCAGAGAGUCACAAAAGGCCUUCUAUUGAUUCUCAUUUUCUCCCCUGAGAAGAUUACCACAACAUAUCGACGCCUAUCGAUCCAGGCAUGAGGUGUUAUGAGGUCAUGCUUACCAGCUCUUAUUAUCUGUGUGCGUGUGUGUGUGUGUGUGUGUGUCUAGGGGGUGACCUGCACUACCACCUGUCUCAGCACGGCGUGUUCAGCGAGAAGGAGAUGCGUUUCUAUGCGGCUGAAAUCAUCCUGGGCCUUGAGCACAUGCACAACCGCUUCGUCGUCUACAGAGACCUCAAGGUAAGACCCCGAAGACACCAUGAGUGAAAACUUCCGUGUUAAAGGUGGGGUAGGCAGGAAUCCGUUAAAGAAGCAUCUUUUGUUCUGGUGUUUAUACAAAAAGCUUUUGAUAUCAGUCAAUAGAUAGCAGUUAUUGAUGACCUUUGGUAAAAUAAUGAUAUCACUGUGUUGCCUGUGUAGUCAACAUUUUACAUUUUUGAGUGGUCCGCUCUUUCUGACGGUAAACAAAGCCGUUCUCCACCUCCCCCGACCUGAUUGGUUGUGAGGCAGACGCUGCUCUCUUGUGUUGUUCAGAAGCCCAAACAAAGUUAGCGUGCUACAAUAUCAGACAGUAGAAACCAACCAGAAAGUACGGAAAAUUGUCUGAAUCCUCCUUUGGCCACGACUGCCAACACAAGCAAGAAAACAAAGUAACUCCCGGAGACUCGGGAGUUACUUCGGCGGAAUAACGGGCGCUUAAAAAGGAGGAAGACUGGACAAGAGCUAAAAAGCCGGGUCAACAUAAAUGAUGGGGGACGCUUCAGGAUCUUGUGGACACUGUAACCUUUCUGCUUCUCCACCUCCCUGACCUGAUUGGUAGUGAGGCAGACGCUGCUCCCACGUGUCGUUCACGAGCCCAAACAAAGUUAGCAUGCUAUAAUAUUGGAAAGUAGAAACCAACUAGAAAGUUCAGAAAACACAAGCAAUAAAACAAAGUAACUACCGGAGACUCUGGCGGAAAAACAGGCGCUUAAAAAGGAGGUAGACUGGACAAGAGCUAAAAAGCCGGGUCAACAUCAAUGAUGGGGGACGCUUCAGGAUCUUGGUGACCCUGUAACCUUUCUGCUGGACAGGUAAACUGCUUUAACAAGGUAAGCCAAGUGUCUGUAACAGAAGUUUUUCUGGUCAAAUGGGACCUGCUGUGUGUUAAACUGUUGACCUCGGGUCCUGGACUAUGUUACUUUAUCGUAGUUGUAGAAGUCCUGCAAACAUUGUGUUUGCUGGUAGUCUGUUGGCAUCUACAGUAGCACCAAUGCUUUUGACUUUCACGUUGACUGGGCCCCAUUUGUAAUUAUCUGAAGUAUUUAUCUGCAUUAUAUCUGAAUUUAAUCGGAAAGAUACGAGUGAGCAGGAGCGUCCGUUUGUGGGCGGGGCUUGCUGGAGCAGAGAGGGAGGGGAGAGGAGGAGCUGAGGGGAAAACUGGUUGGGAACUGGAACUUCCUCAGAUCCUGACUACCCUACCUUUAAUAAGUUCAUUAGAUAGAUGGAUCACUGCUGUAGAGCUCUGUGGUCUUUAUGUUCAUCACAAACACAUGGAAAAGCUCCAUAAAUGUGGUGAACCUAAACUUCCUUAAUUAGAUUUCACAGAGAUGGUAGUAAAUUAAAAACACAGAGAAACCACGCUGCUGUACGAGACGUGUCUGUCCUCUGUGCUUCUUUACAUCCAGGUAGUAGAGCGUCAUCACGAUUGAUUAUUAAAGUUAAUACAGUGAGAUCAACAUCAGGAUCUGGUUGGUCGUGUGCUGUGCUGCCACCUUUGAGGAUGCUGUGGUCUUUAUAAUUUUCCUGUGAACAAUGUCUGAGGUUUCCUGCUACAGUUAACCUGCAGUUUGAGGAUGAGGAGGGUUGCCAGACAAACUCAGAAUUAACACCAGAGUAAUUUCCUCUACUGUUGUAUAGAUCCACACAUCUGGUUCGAGUAAGUCGAGUAAAUUUACGAUUCUGCUCACGCUGCAGCGGGACGUUUCAGCAGACGCUUUUAACUACAGCGACGUACAUACGAAUCAAACACCAGAGGAGGACACACACUGGGAGCAAGUCGGUGAAGUGUUUUUCCCAAGGACACAAAGGACAGACUAGGGAUAGGAAAAAUCGAACAGCCAACCUUUCAGUUAUUGGACGUCAGCUCUACCUCCUAAGCUACUACUGUCCAAAGGACUCGUCUACCUCUGACUAGAGCGUCUGCAAACAUCGCACAAAAGAUCCCACCAAACUCCAUUGACUAGAAACAGUGUUUUUAUCUCACAUGACUCCACAGCUGUUUUACUCUGUGUUAGUGGAUGCGUUUGUUUGUUUAAACGUGUUUAUCACAAAUAUUGAGUUUAAACUCUUCAGAAACUAAAGUUACUCAGAAUCAGCAGUAAAAGAGUCCUCAGUGAAUCAGGAACUCCUCCUCGCUGCUGUGAUGUAAAGCUGCUGUUUUCAUACAUGGAGUCUGGUGUCUCUGAGAGAGCGCUGGAACAGCUGUUUCUGUUUCUGCUGUGAAAAUCCAUCUUCCUCUUUUUUUUUUUAAUUUCGUCCUCUCUGAUUGUGACUCAGUCUGCUGAUCCACUGUCACACCUUUAUUUAGGAGCCGUAGAUUCCUGUGUUCAGCUGUGUUUUCAGCCAUCCUCUGUUUCCCCCUCUGAUCCCUCCUGUUUGGAGCGGUUGUCAUAAUAACAGAAAUAUUCUGCUGAAAGUCAGGGAGCAGUUUUAGGGCUUCAAUAAACAGAGCAGCACAAUGCAGAUAAUACUCUGAGGCUGAGUUUUGGACAGGACUGAGAGAGUCGGGGGAGUUUGCCAAGAAGCGGAGGAUAACCAGAUCUGGGGGAUUUCUUUGAUUAUGUCGAUCCUCACAGAUUUUUCCCUCGCUGGGGCGGAAAUUGUAACUUAAGUCAUGAAUAAGUGAGGUCCCCGGCGCCUUUCCUCUCCUCCGGAUCUUAUCUUUUCUACUCUUCGUCACUUUCACCCUCUCUAUCCUCUCUCUCUCUCUCCGUCGUCCUGCAGCCAGCCAAUAUCCUGUUGGAUGAACAUGGUCACGUUCGGAUCUCUGACCUCGGCCUCGCCUGCGACUUCUCCAAGAAGAAACCCCAUGCCAGCGUGUGAGUAUCGGUGUUUGACCCUUACCUCACAGGAGGCGGGGCUUUAAAUACAACCUCAACUCCAAAAAUGAUUGGACGCUGUCUAAACUAGAAAUAAACUCAGAGUUGGAGGGUUCAUGAAUCAUUUAAAAUCCUGUUUUAGUGCAAAGAUAACCAAGAAGAAGGUUUUUUAAUAUAAUGUUUAUGAACCCAGGAGACCAGUUUUGGAGUUUUGGAGUUUUGGAGUCAUGAAAUCUGUUCAACGUGGGACAAGUCAUGACUGCAUCAGUCCAGUUUCUGAGCAGGACUCCUCCAGAGCCAUGCUGUUGUCAGGAUGUGGUCUUGUGGUCUCUUGAGGAGUCCAGCACAAUCAUAAAGAGCUGGUGUUGGAUAUCGGUCUCACAGCAGUAGGCCUCGUCUUCGCCUUGAACCUUUGACUCUUUAUUAUCCAAUCCAAUCUGCUUUAUUUCUAUAUCACAUUUUAAAAAACAUUCAAGUUAACCAAAGUGCUCCACAGAGAAAUUUAAUAGAACAGACACUGCAGAAAACAUCAAGAUGAAAUAAAUAAAAGCAGGUAAAAGACCUUUAAAAUGAAAUAAAAUAAAUGUAAUAAAAAAACAAAAGCAUAAAAGAAAUAAAAAGUGAUAAAAGGACAGAGAUCACACAACUCUCAUGCUGAGCUAAAAAGCAAAGGAAUAAAAAUGAGUUUUAAGACGUGAUUUAAAAGUAGAAAGAGUGGGGGAUAUUUUAAUCUCAAGUGGCAAAUCAUCCAACAAUUUGGGAGUCACAGCUGAGAAAGCUCAGUUGCCACAGGUUUUUAAACGAGUUUUAGGGACGACGAGUUGGAGCUUAUCAGCAGACCUUAAGGAACGUGGGAAGGUAUAAACAUUUAAGACGUCAGUAAUGCACUGAGGUGCUGAUCCGUUUAAAGAUUUAAAAAAAAACAAAAUUUUAAAAUGAAUUCUAAAAUGGACAGGAAGCCAAUUGGGACACCAGAAUUGGGGUGAUGUGGUCAUGUUUUCGUUAACCUGUUAAAAGACAAGCAGCAGCAUUUUGGACGAACUGUAGGUGUGUGAAACCUGACUAACAUAAACGUAAAGAGCGUUACAGUAGUCCAACCAUCGUGUGAAAAUAAAAGCAUGAAUGACUCGCUCAAAACCAUUAAAAGAUAAAGCCUAUUUAAUCUUGGCUAAAAGCCUCAGAUGAUAAAAAUUGGAUUUAAGAACAGAGUUGAUUUGUUGAUUUAAAAUCAUUGUCAACUUUUACACCAAUUUUUAAAACCGUGGGUAUAAAAUAAGGGACAAGAGAGUCCAGCUCCCUGAGAGGGGUGUCCUGGGACCCACUGGAGCCAAAGAUUAAUAAUUCCAUUUUCUUUUCAUUGGAAUUUAAAAAGCUCAAGGCCAUCCAGUCUUUUUAUGUCCUUAAGACAAUCUAGUAGAUGUUUUAUCGCGCCAACUUCUCUGCAGCUUUCAAAGGAAUCAAUAAUUUGACGUAAAUUAUUGAUUCGAUAACGAUUUUAUCACUCAGGAUGAAGUAAAUACAGAAACGGUGUCCAUGGCAACAGCUCAUCGUCGUUAGAACCCUCAUCAGCGAUGAUAAGGGUCUCUGUUUGAUUGUUCCUGGUCUCCUCUUGUAUUAGUCCGGUCCUCAUCCACCUCCUGAGUCAUAAAAACUAACGAUCGUGUUUUUGACCUGAGCUCUCUCUCUCUCUCUCUCUCUGUGCUGCUUUCAGGGGGACUCACGGCUACAUGGCUCCCGAGGUCCUUCAGAAGGGGACAGCGUACGACAGCAGCGCCGACUGGUUCUCCUUAGGCUGCAUGCUCUUCAAACUCCUUCGAGGGUAACCACUUCAGCUGUGCUCUCCUCCUCCUCUUAUCUUCGCUCUCUCUCCUGUCUUGUCCUCACUUCCUCCUUGCUUUCAAACCUCCUCUCCCUCUUUAAACCCCCCCCACACACACACACACUCACACGCACACACCUCUCUCCUGCUUCCCGUCUCUUUGGAGUGUGUUUGAUCUGUUUUGUGUGCGAGGCUGUGUGUGUGUGUUUGUUUGAUCUGGAGUGUGUAAAUGCCACAGGUCUGCGCCCAGUAGGUCAGAAAUCAGGUAAAAGGGGGAACAGAGAGAGAGAGAGUGUGUGUGUGUGUGUGUGUGUGUGUGUGUGUGUGUGAGACAUGUCUUUCCAUUGAAGUCUGUGUGUUUGAACACUUUAAAGAGGAGAAGUGUGGGGGUCUUUGCUGAAAGGUGGGUGCUGAAAGGAUGGAGAGCUGGACGGGUUCUCAGGCUCAGGUUUGAUUCAAAGUGAAGCUCAGGAGCGUGAACUUAAAAUCAGCCAAUCCUGAUCCAGCUCAUGCUUUAAAUCAACCAAUCAAUUUUUAUUUAGAUAGCGCCAAAUCAGAACAGUCGUUAUCCCGAGAUGCUGGUCCAGACCACGCUAAUUGUUUGACUCAAAAUUAAGACGGGACAGAUCCAACCCAUCCUAUCCAACAUGAGCUAACUUCCCUUUAACAGGCAGAAACCUCGAGCAGGACCGGAUUCAUGUUAGACAGCACCUGAGUUACCUCCAAUGUCCACCUCAUCCGGAACGGCUACAAAAAGGAUCGUAGCUGAUCGUAACCAUUCAAGUUAAUGUCACGUGUCAAUUACCACUGGCUUCUUUUUUUCUUCUUCGUUCUGCUGCGGAUCGCCAGACUCCGCAGCUGAUCGCAAGAGUUCUAUUUUUUCCGGACGCCGGAGCAUGCCGGAUAAAUUCAGCACAGAUUAUUCCGUGCUGGAAGGUAGUUGGGCACAGACACAAAAUAAAACAUCCGGCUUCUUUUCAAAAUAAAACACUCCAUGUUUUAGGCGGAUCGUAUUUCACAUUGUGCAAAUGGGCGGAGACGAACAAGUGAAAGGUUUUUAGACAUCAUUUCACCCCGUUGACACCAUGGAUGAGGAGAUGCUGAUUCUAGAAGUCUAGAAGUGGAUUUCCUCCUCUGGAAGGACACAAUCUUCUGCUUAUAUGGUUAGCCUUUGUGGCUAGAGCCAACUCAUUAUCGAACGAUUGCAUGUGAAUCCGCAGGUUCGUGUGAGUUCUCGCGAUUCCUGCUGUCUGAAAUCCGCCAUGAAAUUUGCCUCAGAAAUGGAUCCGGUAGGAAUUGGCGGACGGCAAAAAUCGCUGUUCCGGAUCUGAGCCAUUCCAGACGCAGUGAAAAAUCCCAGGUUAGAGACAGAGAAAGGCCUCAUAAACCACAAACACUGAGUCAAAACUUUUCCUGUUUUCUGGACGAUCUUUGUAUCUUGGAAGAGAAAAUCGAUAAAAUGACUUUGAUCUAAUCUUAAGGAGGUAAUCACUUGGAAGCUACCUAACCCCUCAGCAAAAACUAACAGGAUUACCUGCAGGACCGGGUCAGAGACUCCGGACUUGGCUCUCAUUUGUCUGAAGGGGGUAAUCAGGGCACUCAAUUCAAAGCUUAGAUAGGCCGGGUUGACUCUGCUCUUAAUCGUAGAGGACAGUUAACCCCUCACAGAGACAGAUAAUGGAGCAUCUGCAGGAUAAAUAUACACUGCUUUAAAUCCUCCUUCCUCCUGCGCCUUUAUGUUUACGUCAUUCAGGCUUUUUAAUCAAACGCAGAUGUGAAGAAAUUUGGAUCUAUCCAUUCACAUCCAUCCAUCCGUCUUCAGCCGUACGUUCAGCUCUCAUUUUGCUCCGACUGAACAAUUAAAGUCAUCGAAUGAAAGCAGUGAGGAAGGUCCCCCCCCAUUAAAGCUGUCAGAUGUUAUUUGAUCACUUCCUCUGCGUGGACCGCAGUGCUCAGUGAAUCAUGAGAGGGGAUGCUCAUCUUCAGUCCGGCUAAGGCAUCCUCUGCUGUAGUCAGUGUUCAGAAGAACCAUCGCGUCUCGAUUGAUUCAUUCAGCUCAUCGAACCGUCCAGAAUCGUCAGGACUGAUCAGAGUUUAUUGAUACCAGUAUCAUCACCAUUCUGCUUAUCGAUCCAAAACUAUAGGUUUUAUCAAUUAGAGGUCAGCCAUAUUGAACUGUUUUUCUCAGGGCUGAUAGCAGCACUGAUAAUGAGUUGUUCAUUAGACUGAUAUGAAGACCCGAUACUCCAAUACCUGGAUCCUUCAUGUGAGGUAUAAAAGACGUGACAAAGACCUACAGAGUCAGACCCUGACCAGAAACAAACUCAUUUGUGUUUGUAUGAUAUUCAAAUGAAAAAGUUUUGUUUCCAGUCUCAUAAUCCAGGUUCAUAUAUGAGGAUAUCAAUGAGAAAAUGAGGAUAUCAGUGACGAUAUAAGAAUAUCAAUGAGGAUAUCAGUAAGGAUAUGAGGAUAUCAAUGAGGAUAUGAAGAUAUUAGUGUAGGUAUGAGCAUAUCAAUGAGUAUAUCAAUAAGGAUAUGAGGGUAUUGGCAAGGAUAUGAGGAUAUCAGUGAGGAUGUGAGGAUAUCGAUGAGGAGAUGGGGGUAUCAGCAAGGAUAUGAGGAUAUCAAUGAGGAUAUCAAUAAGGAUAUGAUGAUAUCAGUGAGGAUGUGAGGAUAUCAGUCAUUAUAUCAAUGAAGAUAUCAGUGAGGGUAUCGAUCAGGAUAUAAGGAUAUUAAUAUGAGGAGAUCGAUAAGGAUAUCAACGAGAAUAUGACGAUAUUGAUGGGGAUAUGAGGAUAUUAAUAUGGAUAUGAGGAUAUUAAUGUGUUAUCAAUAAGUAUAUUAAUGAAGAUAUGAGGAUAUCAAUGAGAUUAUCAAUGAGAAAAUAAGGAUAUUAAUGAGGAUAUCAAUGAGGAUAUCAAACACUAACUGCGGUUCGAGUCCCAACCUGCUCUUAAUGAAGCAGCAGCUGAUAAUACUGAAAUAGCAGAACUGUGCAGUCAUUGGUCGACUCUGUGCUCACUCACAGUUUCUGCGAUUAUCCUCCCAUCCUGGACUCUCUUUCUGGCGCUCUUAAAGCUCCGAGUCAGCACUCGAACACGCAGCUGGUUAAUUAGAAGGAGUAAGAUCUGGGUCAGUUCAAAUUACCAUUUCUUCAUUUACGGCGCUCUAAUAUUUAUGAGCGCGCUGCUUCAGCUUGAACAAAGAGCGAUGAAAUAUGGAGUGCUCUGGAAGGUGUGACAGUCUGAUUGAUUCCUUGGUUUUCCUUCACUCACCUCCUCUUCCUCCCUCCUCUUCCUCGCUGUAAUGCUGUCUCUCUCUCUCUUUCUCUUUGCAGGCACAGUCCCUUCAGACAGCACAAGACCAAAGACAAACACGAGAUUGACCGUAUGACGCUCACCAUGGUAAGACACACGUACACGCCGACAAACAUGCGCUCCGCAGCGGAUGAACAUUUAACAAGAAGUCUUUAUGUAAACAGGCUGUAACAAAGAGGCAAUAAGAGUCUUUACUUAACCCUGAACACAUGGGUUUGGCCGUGUUUACCUUCAAGUAAAACAAAGUGUACACAGAUGUUAAUAUCCCUUUGCAUACUGUACUUUUGUUUGUGGACAGAGUCUGCACACGGGUUCGAGGAGUGAGAGACACCUGUAGGAGAUCAAACUGUCUCUGAAGGUGUUGGCUGCUCUGACACAGACUGAUGUCUUUGUUUUGGACUCCUCUCUCGCGCUCCCUCUCGUUCUGCUCAGCUGUGUUUACUCUGUGGUGUCAUGUGAAGACACAGCAGAUGAAGCAUAUGACAGAAACUCGGCUUAAAUAAACCGGACCGGCAGCCAAGUUGUGAAAGUUAAAGUACACCCUCCAGGUCAGGCGGGGUUUAUGGUCAGGUUUACUCUGGGAAACUUGGAUCAGCGGAGCAGCAGCUCUCUGACAAAUAAAGACUCUUGAAGACACACGCUGCAUCAAAAUUUCAUCUGCUCUGUUAUCUCCCUUUGGAACCUCUAAAAUCGAGCUUCUCUUAGAUGUUUGAGCUCCGUGGAGCAGAGCGGCGCCUGUAUGUGCAGAAAAGAAAGUUUCUCUGAGCUGGAAUGACUUUAAUGCAGUACCUGUACAAACAACAUAGACUGUAUAUACUAUGGACAACUUGGUUCCGCCUACCGCUCUUCAUUUCCUGAAACCAGCGCUGGGCAGUAGCGUUGUACGCAUUCAGGCGUGCAGUCGCUGAGAGUUGCUGUGAUGACAUUCGGCUCAAAUAGUGUAUCCCCUGAGAGAGCUACGCAAUCCCUGAAUGCUCAUAGGCUGUACCAGGUGUCAAUCAUAGAAAACAUGAACCCCCUAAUAACUUUUGAAAAUGGAGCUGUACAGAAAAAAGAGGACUUGAGCACAAACCAGUCUUACAAUAACUACAUGUCAACAUCACAAGCAGGGGGGAGAAAAAUUUAUGUUCUGUGUAAUAAAUUUCUAAAGUUUGUCCACAGUCCCAUAAGCUUUGCUGGCAGAGGCGGGAUUUAUGACCUAUACUGCAGCUCAUCAACAGAGGGUGCUGUUCUUGGAGUGGCUUCACCCAGCAAGGAGGCAGACUCUGUCCAUUCUUUAUACAGUCUAAGACAAACAAAAAAGAAUCAUUCCUCAGCAUCAGAAUGUGAACCCCAGGGCCCCAAAGAGGGUUACUUCUUCAUUUCUGAUCCUGAUACAGGCAGAUAUUUGGCUGAACCUGAAACAAAGUACCUAUUCUGAGUGAUCCUUCAUAAUCCGGAGGUGUCUGUUCCUGCAGAGAGUGCGUUUCAGCCUCAUUUUCCUGCUAAUUUGGUCGUUUAACAGCGCCGGUCAUUAUGCAGACAUGUGAAGGUGGUAUAAUGGUGUCUCUCCUCUGCUCGCAGUCUGUCUGCUGAAGACAUGAAAGCAACAUUUGUCCCUGUUAGAGCUGAAAGGACUUCACAAAGGGUCUUCACCCUGAGCAUGAGAAGAGUUAGCGUGUGUGUAGUGUCUGUAAUGGAAGGGGGAGCAAACACACACACACACACAACUGUAGUACACUGGAAAACAACAACUUUCGCUGCAAAUGAACAAGAUCCUGCAGGUUAAUACAAGAUGUGGACAUGUCAUUAAGUUUCUUCUCCAUCUUUAGGUUUCAGGGUUCUUGAGGAUCUUUGAAGGAGGUCUCUUAACUCAUAUUUUCACCUAAGUCCCUAUAACUAGGGAUGUCCAGAUCCAAUAUUGAUAUCAGAUAUCGGUCCGAUAUCAGCAUUCCAGACUCUGCUCCAGUAUCUCUAUCUAACAGCGCCCAUUUCCAGCAGGCAGAGCCCACGCGAUUACAACAACAGUGUGUACUUAAGUAUGAACAAAGUACAGAGGAGUAGGAGUGAUGUCGGCCCUGUGGAAAUAUUUAUUGUCAAAGCACGAAAUAGACAUUGCAGCUUAGUGCAAAACUUGUCGUGCACAAGUUUGUCCCAUUAUCUGAUCAGUAUCGGUAUUAGCCAUUACUGAAGCCUACACUAUCAGUAUUAGCCAAUAUUGAAGGCUGCAAUACCGGUAUUAGCUAAUACUGAAGGCUAUAAUAUUGCUAUUAGCCAAUACUGAAAGCUACAAUAUCGGUAUUAGCUAAUACUAAGGGGUUUACUAUUGGUAUUAGCUAAUAAUUAAGGCUACAAUAUUGGUAUUAGCCAUUACUGAAGGCUACACUAUCAGUACUAGCCAUUACUGAAGGCUACAAUAUCAGUAUCAGUGAAUACCAAAGGCUACAAUAUCGGUAUUAGCCACAACUGAAGGCUACAAUAUUAUUAUUAGCCAAUACUGAAGGCUACACUAUCGGUAUUAGCUAAUACUGAAGGCUAUAAUAUUGGUAUCAGUGAAUACCAAAGGCUACAAUAUCGGUAUUAGCCACAACUGAAGGCUACAAUAUUAUUAUUAGCCAAUACUGAAGGCUACACUAUCGGUAUUAGCUAAUACUGAAGGCUAUAAUAUUGGUAUCAGUGAAUACCAAAGGCUACAAUAUCUGUAUUAGCUAAUACAGAAGGCUACGCUAUCGGUAUUAGCCAGAACGGAAGGCUACACUAUCUGUAUUGCUGAAUACUGAAGGCUACAAUAUGGGUGUUAGCCAAUACUGAAAGCUGCAAUAUCGGUAUUAGCCAAUACUGAAAGGCUGCAAUAUCCGCAUCGGUGAAUACUGAAGGCUACAAUAUCAGUAUUAGCCAUUACUGAAGGCUACAAUGUUGGUAUUGGUGAAUACUGGAAGUCGGAAAAUUGGUAUUAGCCAUUAUUGAAGGUUACAAUAUCAGUAUCUGUGAAUACUGAAGGCUACAAUAUCUGCAUCGGUGAGUACUGAAGGCCACAAUAUCGGUAUUAGCCAAUACUGAAGGCUACAAUAUCAGCACCAGUGAAUGCUGAAGGCUACAAUAUCGGUAUUGGCUGUUACUAAAGUCUACUAUAUUGGUAUCAGUGAAUACUGAAGGCUACGCUAUCUGUAUUAGCCAGAACUGAAGGCUACAAUAUCGGUAUUAGACAGAACUGAAGGCUACACUAUCAGUCUUGGUGAAUACUGAAGGCUACAAUAUUGGCAAUGGUGAAUACUGAAGGAUAAAUGUAGGUAUUGUAUUGGAUGAAGAAAAGUUGUAUUGGGACACUCCUCCCCAUAAAGCAGUUUUGUUUGAUCCCUUUGAUCCAUACUGAGACGAUAAAACUCCUCUAGCAGAAAAAGAAUAUUUUUUAGUGUUUUAAAUCCAAAGUUUGUAUUAAACAUGUUCAGCACAAGUGUCUCAGAGUCCUGCUGAGUUAAAAUCUGGAGAUGUUCAUGGAUUCCAGCAACGCUGAAGAGACAGUGAAGCAGAAUCUGUUUGUCAUCAAAUGAUCAUCAUCUUCUUCUUGAACUGAAAACUCUGAUUCUGGCGGGCUUUGACGAACAAUCAGAGCCUGUUAGCGACUUUCAGAGAAUAUAAUCAAAGCCUGCAUUCAUAUAUGAGAAAAACUCACUGUUGAUAAUGCUGAAACUGAAGCUGGGAUCUGCUGCAGGCUGUUAAACCAAAGUAAAUGUAGUAAAACUCAGGUCGUUUUUUUAACAUCAUGGAUGUUUUUAUGACCGCUGAGUUUGUAGUGUUCGCCUGUUUGUUUACAGCCUGUCUGACUUUUUUCUGCUCCUGUUUGUCGGCUCGUCGGGAGUGUUGCAACUUUUCCUCGAAUGCAUUACACAAUAACCUGAGUUCAGAGUCAGACAAACAUCAUAAAACAAAUGUUUGAAGAAAAAAAAAUACACAGGUACUAGAUUUUAGCAGAGGAGUUUGAACAAUUCAGAGAUUUGGACUGAGGUUCAUUUUCGGUUUUAUUUAGACAAAUUUAUUUUAAAGUAACUCGACUUAAAUGUAAUCUGAAAAAAAUCAAUGAUUGACUCCAGGAAAGUAAGUUUAUUUAUUCAGUUACUUCAGCACAAAGAAAACUCGGAGCGCUUUACACAAGACGAUUAAAAUGUCAUGAUGUCAAACCUGAACAAAAAACUAAAAACAAACAGUUGAAAAAGUGAAAAAGAUCAAAGGAUGAAGUCUAACAGGGCAACCAGGGCUUGACUCUUAAUUUUUUUCACAAGGAGCACAUAUGCCCCUAAAACGAAAAAGUAAGGAGCACACAAAGAACUUUAGGGGCACAAUGAAAAUUGAUCAAAUAAUGUUUGUCUUAUUGUCCGAUCUUAGUACUAUUAUUUGAAAUCAAUUUUAGGUCUUUUGGUCACAUGACAUGUAAGCUAUUGAAGAAAAUGUUUGCCUUUACAUUUAACACAAACAUUUUUAGAGGACAAAUUAGGGAAAUAAAGGGGUGUGUCUUAUUGGUUGACAUAAGUACUAUUAUAUGAAAUUAAUUUAAGGUCAAUUGGUCACAUGACAUGGAAGCUCACACACAUCUAUUUUUAGUCGCAAAUUCGAGUGAAACAGUCGCACUGUCGAACCCUUGCAGCUCUGAAAUACGAGAGUUAAAAAACCUUUAAAAGACUUAAAGUGAGUUUAAAUCAAAUGUGAUUAUUGAGGUUUAUUUUUUAAUAAUCCUGACAUUUGUGUUUUUGUUGAACUAAAACAUCUGAAAGCGCCGCUCUCACAGAGAGAGUGGAUUUUGUUGAACUCUUCUACUUUUAAAGCUGAAAAUACGACAUUCAUGACCGUGUUAGGGUGAGUAUUAAGAUCAUGUGUUUUUUAAGAAGAAAUCCCGUCUUAUAUGUAGGGCCCGACCGAUAUGGAUUUUUUGGGGCUGAUACCAAUUAUUUGGCGGGGAGAAAAAUCCGAUUAAUCAGCCGAUUUUUUGAACUUAUAAAAAUAUAUAUAUACUGUAAAUACUUACAGUAUACUGUAGAUAUACUUUAGGCUACUGCUCUUCGUGCCGACAGGAAGACCAACUGAAUAAACUCAGACCAGAAAAGCAUUUUCUGUACUGCUACCCAAGAUUGUCAUGAGGUUGCUGCGCCAUCUACAGGAUAAGUCGGGGAACUUUUCAAAUGGCGGAACAUUUUCGAAGUGAAACUGAAUAUUCUCCGCAUUUUAUUUCUGAAAAUAUCGGCUGAAAUCAGCGAGUUUUGGACGAUUACCAGUUAGUCUCAAACAGGCUAAAAUUGGCCUUUUUAAUCGUCUCGCUGAUAAAUCUGUCGGGCCCUAUAUAUAUGUCUGAUUUUUUAGACUGCCACUCAUUCAAGAUUGACCUUUAUUAAUUAAACAUGGACAUGCAGGUUAGCAGGAUAAUCAGUAAAAGUUUAAAAAGCUUAUUUAGAUCCUGCAUUUGUCUCCAAACUGUCCUCCUCCUUCUCUGCUCUAAUUGUUUAAUACCGUAGAGUCGGUUUUUAUUCGCUCGUAAAAAAAAACUCUGACCCCGGUCAUUAUCAGGCUGCAGAUUAAAUCCUGCUUCUUUUGGAGGUUUUAUGGGGGGAUGAUCCCACUUUCUCAGCAGAGCCUGGACUCAGGUCAGUGUUGCACAAUAAUGACUGAACUUUAGUCUGAACCAGAACUUUUGUUUAUUGGACUCAUGGUCAGGAAUCACCUCAGUAUCCUCUCGUCUCUGUGAUCUGACAGAAACAGAUUCAGAGUACGAAGAUUUUUCGUUAAUCCAGGAAUCAGAUUAUCAAGAAGGAAGUCUAGUGUAUAAGCGUGAGAGGAGCUAGCCGCCUGACCUUUGGGCAUCCCGGGUCGGACUCAGCAAACACUCAGGGUGAGUAGCGUCCAUCGAGCCCACCCGGUGACAUAUCUGCUCUCACCCACUCUUUGAUUUCCUCUGCGUCCAGGCGCUCUGUGAGGGUGGCGGGUUGUGUUAGAUCGCCGACCCGCUCGUGAUGACAAAUUGCGGAGGGAUUUCAUCAUCACCGCGGCGGCGACAGCAGCAGCAGUUGUCAAUGUGGAGCUCGUCCAGAUCUGCGAGUCCGUUUAUGUGUUUAGUCGGGACGUGAACACACACACACACAGGCAGGCCUCAUUCAGCAGAGCAGGACCUUUAAACAGAGAAAGCAUGAUCUUCCAUAUCACAAUAAAUCCAGAUUAGGAUUAUAAUCUGGCCACUUAAUCUGGUUUAUCCUUUUAAUCCCUGUCUGUGUGUGUGUGUGUGUGUGUGUGUGUGUGUGUGUGUGUGUGUGUGAGAGAAAGACACAGGCCUGAGUGGUCUAAAAAUAGUCCUCUAUAUGUCGGAAUGUUUAUUAAACAUGAUGAACGGUCGUCUUACAUAAACAUCAUGGAAGCAGAGCAGAGAGGAACCAGGACAGGAAGAGAUGGAUCGAAGAGAAGACCACGUCUGAAACCUCUCCUCGGAGGAGCAGCUGACACCAGGGGGGCAGGGCUGACUUUAAGAGGUCCUUACAGGCUGAAAUGACCGAUCCGCACUCGUUAUAGACCCAGAAACCCGACCAAACAUCCAACAGAGAUGUAACUGGACUGUUCCUGCGUGGAUUAAAACCAAAGUUUUUUUUGUUGUUGUUCUUAACAGGAAUAACACGGUCAGCAAACCAUUUGGUGGAAGUUUUGGCGCUGUGGGCAGGUGCUAAAACGAAAAAAAAAAAAGCAUUUCCAUGGAAGUCUCUAAAAACCUCCUGGUAGACUCAAAAACACAGGAGAUGACACAAGACCUCAGGCCGUCACAGACUGUCAAAACUUAACUCUGGACUCCAAACUGUUUGGAUUCUGGGCCUCUCUGGUCUUCCUCCAGACUCCAGACUCUCGGACCUUGGUUUCUGAAUAGUUCUCAUGUUCAUGGUGAACACCAGUUUGAUUGUUUGGAGUUUAUUUGAACAUAUAAAAUAAAAAAAAGAUGAUAAUAAAAAUAAAAUAUACAACAACAAAUGACAAAAAGGCUACAUUCACACUGCAGGAUAUGAUGCACGAUUCAGAUUUUUUGUUAAAUCCGAUCUUUUUGUGUGGUCGUUCACAUUACAACAACGAAUGCGGCAUCUAAUGUGAACGGAAUGCAUCUGUAAAGUGACCCGCAUGCGCACAAAGCACAAAUUGCUUUCCCCGCCUGUUUGUGUUGUCAAACAAUGGUGACGUUUGGCGCAUAUUGACAUAUCAGUCAGAUGAACACGACCUGAGCAUCCACACUGCAGUCACAUCGGAUACAUAUCCGAUUCAUAUCCAUAUACAAAAGAGGCCUGGGUCGGAUUUGAAAAAAUCUGAAUUGCACUGUUCACACACAAAAAUCAGAUAUGUGUCACAUAUGGUUAAGAAAUCGGAAUUGACCUGCAGUGUGAACAGAGCCUUGGUUAUUCAAGUUCAAAAAGGAGUGGGAAGAAGUCAAGACUUAUCUAGUCCCACCCUUUCUCCUACACUUAUGGUUUAAAUAUAUAUAUAUCAUAAUAAUAGCAAUAAAAAUAAUCACCACAGUGAAAAUAACAAAACAAUGAUAAUAAUGAUAAUAGUUUCUAUGAUUGUACACCCCUGUAUCCUGUGAAAACAUAUUCCUUAUACUUUGUUUAACUUGUUUUAUGUUGAGACCUUUUUUUGAACUCCUCACCUUUACUGUUCCACAGUCUCAGCCCACAAAAUAAAAUGCAGAAUCGUUUUCUGCUUGUGCGGAUUUUAUUAAUUUUGAAGUAAUACUUCCCUCUUAAUUGAUAACCCCCCCUCUCGAUCCCCAAACAAACUCUAUAUUUUGUGGUAGUAGGUUAUUUUUAGCUUUGUCGUGGCAGAUUCCUCCCUAAGAGUCUUUAAAGCCACUUGCAUGAGAUGAGCCCCACAAUUGUACUGACUCCAGUUCUCACAGGUCUGGUUUUUCCGUUGAUUUGGCUGAUCGCGGGUUCCAUACAGCUCACAACUUCAGAAAUUGUACAAAAAUCAAAAGUCCUAUGGGGAUUGCGUCUCUACCCAUAACAUCCUCUAGACAGGUGUAUCUGAAUCUACUGAUCAAAGCAAACAACUUGUUUUUUCUAAUUACUUUGAAUUCAUAUAUUUUUGGUCCUUACAAUUAAUAAUAUUAACUGAGACUUUGUUUGCUUAAAAAUAAGAUUUUGACAAAACUAAAAAACGGCUUGUACAAGCUUUAUGCUGUUUGGAAUUUCGCAAUGUCUGUAAGUUACAAUAAUUUUGACUGCAAGAAGACUGGGGGAGUGUGAUCCAGAUAACUGACUGAUAACUGACAGUUCUUACGAUAAGAGAGACUUAACCGGUCGAGGUAAAACUGACGUUAACAAGCUCAUGUUCGUGUGGUGUUUGUUAAAAAACUGAAUCGUGUAAAAUUAGGGGACAUGUUUGAAUCCUCCUUUACUUCAGAACCAGACUAUUCUCACUUUUCCUCCCCCUCCCUCUGUUUCCCUCCCCUCCUCCCUACCUUCCCCCUUCUUCUCUUGCAGAAUGUGGAGCUGCCAGACUCCUUCACUGCGGAGCUCAAAGACCUGCUGGAGGGGCUGCUGCAGAGAGAUGUUUCCAAGAGGCUGGGCUGCCAGGGCCGAGGGUAUGCACACACACACACAUAAACACACACACAUUAACCUCUGUCCCAUAUCAGCGUCCAGUUCAUGACCACGGGCCGAGAAUGAGUCGUUCAUCAUGAUGCUGCAAAUACUGGCUGGUGAAAUCUGAAGUGGGACUCAGAGUGGUCCAAAAGAUCAGGACUCAUUUCAUCAUCAGUGUCCAGCUGCGGCUCACUGAUGGAUCUCUGUCCACUCUGGCUGUUUGCCCAAACAACAGGAUUAUGAGUGUUUGUCAGGGGGGAGUACGGUGGCCAAUACCGCCACCUAGUGUUCAAAAGGAGACUGACAGCCAAGAGUCAUAGCUGAGCUCCUCUCUGUGUUUCUCUGUCUGCAGAGCCCCGGAGGUGAAGGAGCAUCAGUUCUUCAAAGGCAUCGACUGGCAGCAGGUUUACCUCCAAAAGGUGAGUGAGAGCGUUGACCAAUCAGAGCCGACCACCACCACCAGGAUGGACGCCUCACACAAAAAAAACGUUUAAAAAGUGAAAAAAGUUCAAAGGAUGAAGUCUAACAGGGCGGCUCUGAAAUACGAGAGUUGAUCAUACAUUUUAAAGACUUAAAGUGAGUUUAAUAAUCCUGACAUUUGUGUUUUUGUUGAACUAAAACAUCUUAAAGUGCUGCUCUCACAGAGAAAGUGAAUUUUGUUGAAUUGUCGUAACAAUAAUGGACAUUUAUGACCGCAUUUGGGUGAAUAUUAAGAUCAUGUGUUUUGAAGGGAGAAAUCCCAUCUUAUACGUCAUUUUUUUAGACUGACCCUCGGUCAAGAUUGACUUUUAUGAAUUAUACAGGGACACAGAUUUAGAUCCUGUGUUGACGAAUCAGAGCCUCCACCAAGACGGAAGUGCGUGAAGAGAAGUCGGCUUGGCGACCGAGUGUCAGCUGUGUGAUGUAGAAGUUGAAAAACAGAAACCGUGAAAAAUCUCUAAAACAGACUUUGAAUUGAUUUUUUUUAAGUGUUUCUUUAUCUUAAUUCUUUGUCAAAGACUUUUGUACUUUAAGCUGAUGAAAAGAGUCGCUACCUCGCCAUCAAACGAUUUAAAAAACGCUCAAAGCUCUCGUCAAUACCGGACUAAAGGAUCCGGUUUGUUUCUUACAUCGAUCUCUUUGUGAUUUUCAAAGUAAAGCUGCUAAAACUAGAAGACAGAAAUGAGACGUUAGAGUUUUAUUCUCUUUGAGGUUUUUUUCUUCAUUUCUGAGUUUUGAUUUUCUACUGUGUGGCGUAAACUUAAGAUGCUCUGAAGCGGCGAUGAAAUUUUGGACUGCCGGCUAAUCUAAGAGUAAAUAAACACUUAAAAAACAACAUUUAUUUACUCCGGAUCAGGAUCUUUAUUAUCGAUCACUGACAUUUGUUUACUCAGCAGAGUAGACACAGAUGCAGAGUGCAGACAAAAACACGCCGUACAGUCCAGACUGAAUCUGCCUCUGAAAGCAGCAUCACCAAAUGUUUGAAGGAUCAGGAUCUGCUAAAAAAGAGAGACACCCGAGGAUCUGAAGGGCUGUCCUGCUUCAUAAACCACAAACCUCUCUGAGGCGUUGUCCGGUUCAAGGACAUUAAGGGCCGAAUAGACCAAUCAGAGAGUUUUAUAAUCUUGAAGAAAGCGAAGAAGCAGACGCAGUAGCGGUUUUAAAACUGGGUCUGAUUUAGUCAGCGCUGUGGGACCGAUGUUUUUCCGUCACUCCUUCUCCUCCUCUUCUAGUACUCUCCUCCCUUAAUCCCUCCCCGAGGAGAGGUGAACGCCGCAGACGCUUUCGACAUCGGCUCUUUUGAUGAGGAGGACACCAAGGGCAUCAAGGUAAGAGGACGCUCUCUCACUUUUAUCACACACUUCCUCUCUCUGUUCGUCUCUGUGAACAUGUGACUGACUCAGCAGCAGAAUCAGGGGAGGAUGGCAGGAACAGCAGGGGGGAGAAAAGAAAGUCCUCGUCACAUGGAGGUUCAAGUUUGGAGAACUGAGGAGAAGCUGGAGAGACCAGAAAACCAGAGAGUUUUCAAAACUUUAUCCUUUUUACAAACCAUCCACUCUCUUCUGCAGACGUUUUUUUUCAGAGCCUCAGGUCCAGCCGACAGUGAGAUAAACACCAAGACUUCUUCAGUGUUUCCUGCUCCUCUUUGUAAAGCGACCUUUGAAAGAUUCAGUAUAGUAUUUUUAUGAUUUGACUUCAAGUAGUAAGAACGGAGUGGAGGAAGAUCUCAGAGUCGAUUUUUCAUGUGUCUGUCAACCUCCAAUUUCCAAUGCAUCCGGAACAGCUACGAAAUGCCGUAUCCGCCACCCGUAGCUGAUCGUAACCAUUCAAGUUAACGUGUCAAUUUCCACCGGCUUCUUUCCGUUCCACUGCAGAUCGCCGGACUCCACAGCUGAUCACAAGAGUUCUAUUUAUUCCAGACGCCGGAGCAUGCUGGAUAAAUUCAUCACAGAUUAACCCGUGCUGGAAAGGAAGUCGGGCACAGACACAAAAUAAAACAUCCAGCUUCUUUUUUAAAUUAAAAUACUCUGUGUUUCAGGCAGAUCGUAUUUCACACCAUGUAAACAGGCGGAGACAAACAAGUGAAAGGUUUUUAGACGUCAUUUCACCUUGAUGACACCAUGGAUGAGGAGAUGCUGAUUCUAGAAGUCUAGAAGUAGAUUUCCUCCUCUGGAAGGACACAAUCUAUUGCUUAUAUGUCUAUGUGGCUGUUAGAGACAACUCAUUAUUGCGCGAUUUUACUUGAAUCCGCAGGUUCCUGUGAAUUCUUGCAAUUCCCGCUGUCCGUAAUCUGCCUCACAAAGGGAUCCGGUAGGAAUUGGCAUCUGGUGAAAAUCGCCGCUAUUCCAGAUUAGAGCCAUUCCAGAUGCGGUGGAAGUCCCGGUUAAGACCUGCUGAAACGCUAAAGUGUGCUGACAACAAACCGGGUGAUCCCACUCCAGAAUUUCCAAAAAGAGGGUCAGAUUUGGUCUCAGGUCCAGAGAAGUCUCUGGAAGUCUCUGGUCUCCUCUUUGCAUGGUUCAGUUUGAACUUCAUUUUGGGAGUUAUUCUGGACCCAUGCAGUGAUUUCCAUGACAGAGCUCUUCCUUUUUUUCUAGCAGACUUCCUCUGAACCAACAUGACACAGUCAUCUCUGAGAUGUUCCCACUCCAGAGAUAAUGUGUUUUUAUGAAUUUCCUUAAACCAGAUCGAUCCAUGAAGUUUCUGCUUGUUUCUGUGCAUGGACAAAAGUUUUUGCCUGCGGCCAUGAAACCCAGAGAGCGGUUUUAAUCAUUCCCUCAUUACUCUCUUUCUCUAUAGGUCUAUCUGCUGCUGCUGUGGUAUUAAAGCGGUUCGUUUCCCGCCCUGCAGCAGCUGACGUUUCUUUUUUCAUUAACGUUAAUGUUCCUGCAGUUUCUCUGAUCCAUCCUCUGAUGCUCCUGUAAAGAGAAAUAAAGGCGCUGCUCACAUUUCCCCGGACAAAGCGCUUCAUUAACAGCUGUAAUCAUCUGCAGCAGAGUUGGAGAUCCCCCAACAUUAAUUUAGAAGAACACAGAGAUCCCCCCCGUCUAAAAAACACCACACAGAUAAUAAUCAUAAAAAUAAUAAUGAGGAUUAUUACUGCGGUUAUCAAACACUCGUUCUCAGAGAAACAUCAUUGUCUGGAUGGACACAGAUGUUGCUCCUAAACAUGGAGAUACUUAGUACAUUUACAUGACACUCAAGAAAACAGAAUUAUCGCCUUAUUCCAAUCAAGACUGGACAACUGAAGUGCAUGUAAACACCUUAAUCGGAGAACUCUGAUUAAGACACCCAGAUAAUGCGAUUGAAAUUGGAUUUUCUAUACCAUGUGUAGUGUAGUCGGAGUAUGAUCGAACAAUGCAUGUGCACGUGCGCCACGCCCCUGUAACCCCUGAACAAAAACACCAUAGAAGAGGAGUAUCGUGCGUCUCAUCUGCAGAAAAAGUAGCGUGUCCAUCAUGUAGGACAAAAACAAUGCUGUACGAUGCUCCAUCUUCUUGCUCCAAAAUGCCCAGCAGCAGUUGUAGACACUUCUGAUGUCUGGCAUGGACCUGCUGUUGUUGUUGACAGUUGUAUGGGGUCGGAAACAGCACAGCUGAAAUGACCCAUAUUGCCCCCUAGUUUUGGGGAGGAGGACACGUUCACGUCAAUAAUUCAAUUUGCUCAGCCGCAUGUGUACGAGGACAAGGAGAGAAGUCUGAUUCUGUGAAAAAAAUGAAUUAUGAGCUUAGACUGAUUAAGCUGUGCAUGUGUUUAAAACUGAGGAUGCAGCAUCUAUGAUUUUCAGUACUAAGGCGAAACGUCUCAAGUAAGUCCAGUUGUCCUUUCAACGAAAAAUAUCAGAUUUUGAUCAAUCAGAUGACAAGACAGUUUUCCUCAGUCCACGUUAAAGGGACUCAGGUCCAGAGAAGCCUUCUGGUUUUGUCUGAACCUCAUUAGUAGAUGCAGUGAUGAACUGUGUUCACAGUCACUGUUUUUUUAAGUGAUUCUGAGUCCAUGAGGUGAAUUCCACUCCAGAGUCCUGUCUGUUUUUAAAAGGAUAUUCCAGUGUAAAAUUAAUUUAAGGUCAAACACACUGUAACACCGAGUUAGACACCCCCUUGAGAGAUGAAUGUUAUCGACCGCUUGCUUCUCUAGUUAUACCAACUUUAGUAACGACCACAGGAUAGCAAUACACAGCAGUCUGAGGAGCCAUAAACAAACCUCAACCAAAACACCACUCUAUAGCCACAAAUAAUACUCAGAACAGCACCUAACUUCAUCAACAGGACAUAUAGGGUCCCAGCCACAGUACUAGCCACCAAACAUCUUUUUAACUUUGACUAAUUUCUUUAGCAAAGAGACUAAACACAACUCACCUACUCUCUUCCAGCAGCCACUUGUUUGUAGUGAGACCUCAGGCCAGUCCAUUAUGGACUACAGCGGGGUGACGCAGCUCAAGGAAGAACAUUUAUGAUUAUUUCCUCAUGGAAAUGCAAUCAGACCGAGACGCUAAGGCAGAAGAACUACUGCGUCUGCAGAGCAAAAUGAUUAAUAUGGUGAUGAUUACUUCAAGGAAAUGAUUAAGUAUUGAUCAGAAAUGUUCUUCCUUGAGCUGCGAAACUCCACUGUUUUCUGUGAUCAACUCUGAAAAUCCCCUCUCUCUCUCUCUCUCUCUCUCUCUCUCUCUCUCUCUCUCUCCCUCCCUCCCUCUCUCUCUCUCUCUCCCCCUCUCCCUCGCUCUCUCAGCUGCUGGACAGCGACCAGGAGCUGUAUAAGAACUUCCCUCUGGUCAUAUCGGAGCGUUGGCAGCAGGAAGUGGCGGAGACAGUCUACGAGGCCGUCAACUCGGACACGGACAAGAACGAAGCUCGGAAGCGGGCCAAGAACAAGCAACUGGGCCAUGAGGAGGGUAAGGUGGACUCAGAGUGAGGUAAAGUCCUGGUUCUGGUGCAGAGGUGUCCUGACUCUUUGUCUCUCUGGAUGCAGACUACGCUUUGGGGAAGGACUGUAUAAUGCAUGGAUACAUGCUGAAGCUGGGGAACCCCUUCUUGACUCAGUGGCAGCGUAGAUACUUCUACCUGUUCCCCAACCGUGUGGAGUGGAGGGGGGAGGGCGACACACGGGUGAGUUAACCCCGCAGCUCUCACUUUCACCUCACUUUCAUGUCCGUCUGUCACUGUAUGAAUGUUGUCUGUCUGUCUGUCCUGACGCCACACUGCAUGAAGGAGUCGUGGUUAAAACAAUUUAAAAAGAGAGACGGGGUGAGUGUCAACAGGUCCUGCUGUCCUCAGAGUCCAUGUGUAGAGCUGUAGACCCCCUCCUCCUCCCCCCAGGAUCUUUAGUGCUGCUGCUUUUAGACCAAGAGAGAGAGAGACAGUAAAGUCCUCGUAGUCUGGUCUGAAACAAGAAGGAUGAAAAAGGACGAAACCCGGAUCAGAGGAGGACCGACGUCCAGAAACCUGAGAGUGAAGCUUUAGAUCUCGUCUGUCGUCUGUGCUUGUUUAGAGCUUUGUGGUGUCAUGGUAGCAGCCACCAUCUGAAGCUACAGCUCCAACUAGUGGUAGGAGGCCGCGUUACAGCGUCUGAUCAUAUUUUAAUGGUCAUAAUAGUGGUCAUGAGUCAUUUCUGCUGCUCAGUGACCAUGUAGUCCUCAUGUCCCUGUUCUUAAACCUUUAGCCCUGAAAGUGUUUCUGUGCAGACUCAUGAUAACCUUCAGGUCUGACAGGAAACAUGUCUCCAUAAACUCUGGGCCUGAACGCCUCACUUAGGGCUGGGCGAUAAACUGUAAAUUUACCGAUACUGAAAUUUAUGACAGUAACCAACGUCCUUGGUUGGGCGGUAUGUCGGUAUAAACCGUGUGAUGGUAUAAAAGUGUCAGAGAGAGAGCGCAGAUGUCUGCUGCAUCUCUCUGAGUCAGUGUGUAGUUGCCUGCACUCGCUUACAGGAAAGCCAGAGCGCAUCUGUUUGGGUGUGUUUCCGUUUAUUCACCAGCGUGUCCAGCAGACUGCUUUGCAUAGUUUUGACGAAGAAAAAACAGCUUCACUAGUGGUGGUCGUGGCAGACGUGGAGAUUAGUGGCGGUACCGAGCAAACAGAGGCAGCCUGACCCACCCUUGGCAGAGUCUUUCGCCAAAGGUAUGCCAUAUGACAAAAAAUCGCCAGACUGGUCUGACAUUUUUUUGCAUAUGUUUACAAAUCUGAGUUUAAAAAUAAAAGUAAAAUGAACAAAUGCGACAGUUUGAGCAUUUGAGCAUUGUCGUCAUGAUGUACGUGUGCACGAUGGUGACAUUGCAGAGCCUGCGAUGUAGGAGGGAAAUGAACUCAUCUAAUUUCAAGGGUAGCUGACUGAGAUACACUGCAUGUGACUCUGCGUGUGCUGUGCAGCGAUCCACCAAUCACAUUCGUUCUUUACUCAGUUGCCAAUCGGACAACCCUGCCAGCCGUCAAUCAAAAUCAGAGAUGAGGAAACCACGCCCCUGCACAUGGAGUGAGCCACUGGUGGUGCCGGUGUUGUGCCGAGAAACGCGUGUCCGCUGAGAAUUACUUUGGGAACAUUACUCAUCACUGUUUGGCCGACAAAUAAGAACUGUAUGGGUUUUAAUUUGUACAUUUACAUGGACCACUCUAAUAUGAGCGGUUUGUGUUUUGCGAGGUGGGUGCAAUUCUCCGUGGGCAUACGUUUCUCAGCAAAACAUCGGUAACAAUAACAAUGAUUGCAAAAUGAGAAACGAACAAGAGAAAACCACAGAAGAUGAAGACUUGUUGCCAAAAAGUAAAGCAAAGUCAGUUAUUUGGAAUUAUUUCGGUUACAAGAUGGAUGAUGUCGACCAAAACACGUGUUCUGUGUUCAUCCGUUGCCACAAUAACAUCCCAGAACAAUAAAAGCUAAAAAUAUCUCUGAGACAGACAGAAGCCACUCCGCUAACAUUCACAAAAAAAGGUAAGAUCAGUGCAGGGUAACUGUCCUCAAGAUUUCAGCAGAAAGUGCUAUUCAGGUUAUCUGGUGAAAAUUCCUGUAUUUUUUAAUGUCUCAGUAUAUUGCUGGGUUGGAAAAAAAUUGCAAUGUUAAUUGCAACGAUUUUUUCCAAAAUCGUGCAGCCUUAGUAGGUAGGCUAUGGUCCCCUGUCCCUUUAAGACGCUGUCCUACGUCAGAGACGUGACUCCAACCCAUCCAGUCUGUAACAAAGAGGGAAAGACAGAUGAGGAGAUGGAGGACGGUUCAAAAGUUGUAACUGCUGAAGUAGACGAAGUUAAUGUGGGAGGGGGUGAGCAGCAUGUGGAGUAGUUAUUGUCCAUUUAUUGUUAUCGAAGUGAACUGAUCAAUACAUCGUGAUAUUGAUUUGAGGACAUAUCGCCCAGCCCUAGCCUCACUUUUCCUGUUCCUGGAUUUAUCAGAGUUUGAGUUCUGGUUUAAUUCCUGCAGAGAGCAGAGUCCAGUCCGGAUUAUCAGCUUCAGCUUUUGCUCAUUUUUUCCAUUUCCUUGCAGCAAAACCUGCUGACCAUGGAGCAGAUCGUGACGGUGGAGGAAACGCAGAUUAAAGACAAAAAGUGCAUCCUGCUGCGUAUCAAAGGAGGGAAGCAGUUUGUGCUGCAGUGUGAGGUAAGAGCGGCGCUCCGGGUCUGAACCCGAGUAUAAAUAACAAACGCAAACAGCUGAUCUCUUUAUUUUCCACCUGUGUGUGUGUGUGUGUGUGUGUGUGUGUGUGUGUGUGUGUGUGUGUGUGCGCAGAGUGAUCCCGAGUUCGUGCAGUGGAAGAAAGAGCUGACCGAGGCAUUCACAGAAGCGCAGAAGCUGCUGCGCCGCGCCCCCAAAGUCAUCGGGAAGGGCCGCGCCGCAGUGGUGGAGCUCUCCAAACCGCCGCUCACACACCGCAACAGCAACGGCCUGUGA